GUUGGAGCAUUCCCAGCCUUGCCUCGGGUGUAGGGAUUGUUUCGGAAAAGCAAAACUACACAUUCAGAGUGUAGUUUUGUUUUUUUGAGUUACUUUGAGGCUCAACUGUUCUCACAUUGGAUUUCUGUCAACAUUUCAGGAUAAGGAAUUGUUACUGAAGACAUCAAACUUCUGGGCUUAGUCCCAUCAAUCUUAGGCACCCUUGUGGAUACAAGGUGUCUACCAAAAUGUCGACACAGGCGCCAACAUUUACACAGCCGUUACAAAGCGUUGUGGCACUUGAGGGUAGUGCCGCAACGUUUGAGGCUCAAGUUAGUGGUUCUCCAGUUCCUGAGGUGAGCUGGUUCCGUGAUGGCCAGGUUCUCACGGCUGCGGCUCUGCCCGGCGUUCAGAUCUCGUUCAGCGAUGGCCGCGCUGUUCUGACGAUCCCUGCUGUGACAGCCGCACACAGUGGAAGAUUUUCUGUGAGAGCUACCAAUGGAGCUGGACAAGCCACUAGCACCGCUGAACUCCUUGUUACAGCGGAGACUGCGCCACCCAACUUUAUUCAAAGACUUCAGAGUAUGACCGUGAGACAAGGAAGCCAAGUGAGAUUGGAUGUUCGUGUGACAGGAAUCCCAACACCUGUGAUUAAGUUCUACAGAGAAGGAGCUGAGAUACAAAGCUCCGCUGACUUUCAGAUUGUUCAAGAAGGAGACCUUUACAGUUUGUUGAUUGCUGAAGCUUUCCCAGAGGAUUCUGGAACCUACUCCAUAAAUGCUUCAAACAGCAGUGGACGGGCUACCUCCACUGCUGAACUACUAGUUCAGGGUGAAGAAGCCGUACCUACCAAGAAGACAAAAACAGUUGUGUCAUCCACCCAGGUCUCUCAGACUCGCCAGACCAGGGUUGAGAAGAAAAUGGAGACUCGUUUUGCGUCCUCCUCCAUGAUGUCGAUGCAGGUCGAGGGGGGUGUUAUGACCCAGCAGUUGGCACACAAGACCCCCCCUCGUGUGCCACCAAAGCCAACUUCAAAGUCCCCACCUCAAUCAUCCCAGGUGGCCAAGGUCGCAGGAGGUCGUCACCAGUCUCCAUCACCUGUCAGACACGUGAAGGGGCCCACUCCCACCCCUGUCAGGUCCGUAUCCCCAUCCUCCAGACUGUCUGUCUCCCCCAUCAGACCUGUGAAGUCACCAUUGACCACACGUAAGCAGAUGGCCAUGGGAGCAGAUGUCCCGCCCCCCUGGAAGCAGGGAGGCUUCGUGGGAGAGUCCAGCUACACCAUGACUGCUGGAGCCACCCGCGUCCAGACCUCUGCCUCCUCUGUUCACAUGGAGCAGAACUGGGAGGGCUCAUAUGGAGUUCAGCAGCAGGUGUCUGGCCAAGUUAGAGAGGGUGAGGGGGGGAAAAAGGCUGAGGCGGUGGCUACAGUACUGGCUGCUGUCGACCAAGCACGUGUUCGGAAGCCUGUGCAUGCAGAGGGUGGUCAUGCUGAAGAGGAAACUAUAGAAACAGAUUUGAAACAGCAGCAAAUGCUGGCCACAGAGCAAUAUGUGACCAUGAAAAGCCAAGCUGAUGUAAUGCCCACUGCCUUACAAACCUCUGGAGAACAGAGCAUUCAUAUCUCUCAGAUGCAAAGAAGUGCAGAAACAACUAUUACAACUCAUAUGGAUACUGCCCUUGCACCAUCACCAAUUCCACAUUUCACAGUUUCAAAAGUUACUGUUCCUAAACCUGACCAUAGCACUGAGGUUUCAAAGGCAGGCUCUGCUAUUGCCACACUGCAGAAAGAGCUAUCUUCUACCUCUGCACAAAAGAUCAUCAAGCCAGUCAAGGCUCCAUCUCCGUCUCGUAAGACUGUAGAGACGAGAAUGACACCAGCGCCAACCCCGUCUCCGUUCAAAGACACCCCUGAAAGAUACGAGGCGCAUUUCGACACUCAGUUACAGAAGCAGAUAGGGCCUGCAUUUGCAGAGGGCAUUGAACAAAAGCAUGAGGAUUGGGAACAGCAGGCUGUUGAGGCCACCAUGAUCACGUCACCUGCUCGGGAGCCAGUUGUACCACCUACUCUUGUUGCUGCUUUGAAGAACUUGACUGUGACAGAGGGUGAAUCUGUGACCCUGGAGUGCCAGAUCAGUGGUCACCCAGCCCCUGGCAUCAUGUGGUUUAGAGAGGACUACAGAAUCGAGAGUUCCAUUGACUUCCAGAUAACCUAUGAGGGUGGAUUUGCUCGUCUGGUUAUCCGUGAGGCCUUUGCUGAGGACAGUGGUCGCUUUACCUGCACUGCCACCAGCGAGGCUGGAACAAUCAGCACAUCCUGCUACCUACUUGUUAAAGUGUCAGAAGAAAUUGAGAGCAGAGAAGAGACAACAGUCACUGAAUUUGGAACUACACAAGAUAAACACUUUACGGUUGAAACAAAGGAGGAGACCAUGUCGGAGGUGAGUGGCGUUGCAGAGUCUGUGGAAACUGCAGCUGCUGUUGCUCCCUUCUUCAUCAAGAAACCUACUGUACAAAAGUUGGAGGAAGGAGGAUGUGUAGUCUUUGAGUGCCAGAUUGGAGGUAGUCCAAAGCCCCACAUUUUCUGGAAGAAGAGUGGGGUACCUCUUACAACUGGAUACAGAUAUAAAGUUGCCUACAAAAAGGAGACUGGGGAGUGCAGGUUGGAGAUCUCUAUGACAUUUGCUGAUGAUGCGGGAGAGUACGCCAUCUUUGUCAAGAACCAGCUUGGAGAAGCCUCAGCCUCAGCCAGUCUGCUUGAGGAAGAGGAAUAUGAAGCCUACAUGAAGAAACAGGAAGUGACAUUCAAGACUGAAGUGACUACAAUGGUGCAGGAGCCCAAAGUGGGAGAUGUGCCCCCCGUUGUUGUGAGCGAAUAUGGGAUGGAGCAGAGGGGCAUGCAGACCCAAGUGAUGCAAACAUAUGUCUCCGAGCAGGAAUUACAAAUAUCUUCCUUUGAGGAGAGGAUAAUCCAUGAGAUUGAAAUCCGUAUCCUGAAGAUUACAUACCAGGAAAUUUUGAUUGAGGAUGGCGAGCAGAUGGUUAUGAAUGUGUCAGAACAGGAGGCUGUACAGUCAUCCUUUGACACUCCCGUCAAAAGCUACAGGAUUAUGGAAGGAAUGGGAGUCACUUUCCACUGCAAAAUGGCAGGAAAGCCAUUGCCCAAGAUUGCAUGGUACAAAGAUGGAAAGCGUAUCCGUCAUGGCGGCCGUUACCAGAUGGAGGUUCUCCAGGAUGGUCGAGCCAGUCUACGUCUCCCUGUGGUGUUGCCUGAAGAUGAGGGUGUUUACACUGCAUUUGCCAGCAACAUGAAGGGCAAUUCUGUGAGCUCUGGGAAACUGUAUGUGGAGUCCUCUUCAGUAGGGGGGCCUCAGAGAUAUACACCCCAGCCAGCAGUGCAGAGAAUUAGGUCCACAUCCCCACGGUCUUUGAGCCGCUCUCCUGGUCGCUCUCCUAGUCGCUCUCCUGCUCGCAAGCUUGAUGAAACAGAUGAGAGUCAGUUGGAAAGGCUGUACAAGCCUGUCUUUGUCCUGAAGCCUUCCUCAUUCAAGUGUGCUGAGGGGCAAACUGCAAGAUUUGACCUGAAAGUUGUUGGUAGACCAAUGCCUGACACAUAUUGGUUCCACAAUGGACAACAAGUGGUCAAUGACUACACCCACAAGAUUGUUGUGAAGGAGGAUGGAACUCAGUCGUUGAUUGUGGUUCCAGCAAUGCCCCAUGACUCAGGAGAAUGGACAGUUGUCGCACAGAACAGAGCUGGAAAAACCACUGUUUCCAUGACUCUUACUGUUGAAGCGAAAGAAAACUUGGUCCGACCCCAGUUUAUUGAGAAACUGAAGAACAUCAGUGUAAGACAAGGCACUCUGGUUGAGUUGGCGGUCAAAGCCAUCGGAAACCCCCUGCCUGACAUUGUUUGGCUGAAAAACAGUGACAUCAUUUCACCACAGAAGCACCCACAUAUCAAGAUUGAAGGGUCAAAAGGAGAAGCUAAAGUCCAUAUCCCUUCAACAUCAGGCUCUGAUAGUGCCUGGUACACAGCCACAGCCAUCAACAAAGCUGGAAGAGAUACCACUCGCUGCAGGGUCAAUGUUGAGGUGGACUUUGCUGAACCCCAACCAGAGAGAAGGCUUAUUAUUCCCAAGGGAACCUACAAGGCCAAGGAUAUUGCCGCUCCAGAGUUGGAACCCUUGCAUCUCCGUUAUGGUCAAGAUCAGUGGGAGGAGGGUGACCUUUAUGACAAAGAGAAACAACAGAAGCCCCACUUUAAGAAGAAGCUGACUUCGGUCAGGCUCAAGCGUUUCGGUCCUGUCCAUUUUGAAUGCAGACUUACCCCUAUUGGAGACCCCACAAUGGUGGUUGAAUGGUUGCAUGAUGGCAAACCCCUGGCAGCUGCAAACAGGUUGCGCAUGGUUAAUGAAUUUGGCUACUGCAGUCUUGAUUAUGAAGUUGCUUAUGCCAGAGACAGUGGUGUCAUCACUUGCAGAGCAACUAACAAGUUUGGAGUUGACCAGACCUCAGCUACCCUGAUUGUCAAGGAUGAGAAAGGCCUUGUUGAGGAAAGUCAGCUACCUGAGGGUAGGAAGGGAGGACAAAGAAUUGAGGACAUGGAACGUAUGGCUCAUGAAGGAGGUCCUUCUGGAGUUAGUGUAGAUGAAGGAUCAGAGAAGACAAAGCCAGAUAUUGUUCUUCUUCCUGAGCCUGCCAGAGUGCAGGAAGGUGAGAUUGCAAGAUUCCGCUGCAGAGUGACUGGUUAUCCAAUGCCAAAGGUUAACUGGUACCUUAAUGGUCAGCUUAUUCGCAAGAGCAAGAGAAUGAGACUACGCUAUGAUGGCAUUUACUACCUAGAGAUUGUCGAUAUCAAGUCAUACGAUUCAGGAGAAGUGAGAGUGGUAGCAGAGAACCCCAUUGGUACAGCUGAACACACCGUUAAGCUGGAAAUUACACAGAAAGAGGACUUCAGAUCUGUCCUUCGUCGUGUCCCAGAACAUAAAGCUCCAGAGGUCCCCAGCUCUGAACAAGGCAGAGUUUCCUUUGACGUUGUGAAGGUCGACAGACCCAGUGAUAGCACACAGUCCAAGGAGGUUGUAAAACUGAGGAAGACAGAGAGAGUGAUCCAUGAAAAAUCCACAGAGGAGACAGAUGAGUUGAAAAGCAAAUUCAAGCGCAGAACAGAGGAGGGUUACUAUGAGGCCAUCACUGCUGUGGAGCUCAAGUCUCGCAGGAAGGAUGAGUCUUACGAGGACAUGCUUAGGAAGAGGAAGGAGGAACUUCUUCAUCAUAUGAAAGAGAAGUCUGAGGCUGAGAAAAAGAAGAAGGAGGAAGAUGCGAAACUCACCAUCCCCAUAAUCAAACCAGAGAGGAUUCAGCUCUCUCCCAGCAUGGAAGCUCCUAAGAUCUUGGAGCGCAUUGCAAGCCAGACAGUUUCCCUGAUGGAGGAGGUUCGUUUCAGAACCAGGGUGGUCGGUAAACCAGAACCUGAGUGCCAGUGGUUCAAGAAUGGUAUUUUGCUUGAGAAAACUGAUCGCAUCUACUGGUACUGGCCUGAGGAUCAUGUAUGUGAAUUGGUGAUACGCAAUGUCUCCGCUGACGAUUCUGCUAGCAUCAUGGUCAAAGCCGUCAACAUUGCAGGGGAAACUUCAAGCCACGCAUUCCUUUUGGUGCAAGGCAAGCAAGUUGUUAACUUUACUCAAGAAUUGGAAGAUGUCAGUGCCAAAGAGAAGGACACCAUGGUUACAUUUGAAUGUGAAACCAAUGAGCCUUUUGUCAAAGUCAAAUGGCUGAAAAACAAUGUGGAGAUUUUCUCUGGAGACAAAUACAGGAUGCACUCAGACAGAAAGGUCCACUUCCUUUCUGUGCUCAUCAUUGAAGUGAAGGAUGAUUCAGAAUACAGUUGUGCCGUUGUUGAGGAUCCCAACAUCAGAACCACAGCCAGACUCUAUGUUGAAGGGGCCGCUUUGGACAUGGUGAAAACAUUGGAUAACAUUGAGGUACCAGAGACCUACUCUGGGGAGUUUGAAUGUGAGCUGUCAAGAGAAGAUGCUGAAGGUACCUGGUACUUUGAGAAAAAGGAGAUCACUCCCAGCAGCAAAUAUGUUAUCUCCUCCCGUCGUGGAAGACAUUCUCUAUCUGUGAAAGACGUGAAGAAAGAAGAUCAAGGCAAAUACACAUUUGUUGUUGGUGAAUUUAAGACAAGUGCUUCCCUGAAGAUGAAAUUGCGUCCUGUGACACUGAUGCAGCCACUUACUGACCUUACCAUCUGUGAGGGUGACAUUGCUCAGUUAGAAGUGAGGUUCUCUCAAGAAAACGUUGAGGGGACAUGGAUGAAGAAUGGUCAAGCCAUUUCUGCCUCAGAUCGCAUCCAUAUUGUAAUUGACAAACUGGUCCACAAGCUUCUGGUUGAGAAUGUAAGCAGAGAGGACACUGGAGUCUACUCCUUUGUUGUCCCUGCCCAGGAUAUCUCCACCUCAGGAAAACUGACUGUUCAAACCAUCGAUAUUUUGGUACCACUCAGUGAUGUCACAUCAGUUGAGGGAACCAAGGCUGUUAUGGAGGCUAAGAUCUCCGCUGCAGAUGUCAGCUCCGUGAAGUGGUACCAAAAUGACAAGCUCAUUAUGCCCAGCGAGAGGAUCCAGAUGGUUGCAAAGGGAACCAAACAGCGCCUGGUGUUUAACAGGUCUUUCGCUUCAGAUGAAGGAAACUACAAGCUUGUUGUGGGCAGAGCUGACACAACCUGCAAAUUCACUGUCCAAAAAAUUCAAAUCGUAAAGCACAUGGAGGAUAAAGUGUGCACCGAGACUCAAAAUGUCACCUUUGAGGUUGAAGUUUCACAUCCUGGCAUUGAUGCUGUCUGGACCUUCAAGAAGCAGCCCCUCAAAGCUGGUGCAAAAUACAAGAUGGAGGCAAAGGGCAAGCGGUAUGCCUUGACUGUCAUCAAUGUCAUGAAGGAUGAGGAAGGAGAAUAUGCUUUCGCAGCUGGUGAAAAGACAUCCAGCGCAAAGCUUACCGUGUCAGGUGGAGCGAUUAACAGGCCACUUCAGGAUGUGACAGUAGCCGAGUCACAGACAGCUGAGCUGGAGUGUGAGGUGGCCAAUGCGAACACCGAGGGCAAGUGGCUGAAGGAUGGACAGCCUGUGGACUUUAGCGACAAUAUCAGGAGUGAAACACUUGGUGCUGUCAGGCGUCUUGUUAUUGUCAUAACCAGACCCCAGGAUAUCGGUGAAUACACCUACCAGGUUGCCAAUUCAAAGACAACCGCCAACCUCAGAGUUGAAGCUGUGAAAAUCAAGAAGACCCUGAAGAACCAGACUGUCACUGAGACACAGGAGGCAGUGUUCAGUCUGGAGCUGACCCAUGAGAAUGUGAAGGGCUCACAGUGGAUCAAGAAUGGCGUUGAACUCCGCACCAGUGAGAAAUAUGAGGUUACUGCUGAAGGCAUGGUCCACACCUUAAAAAUCAAGAACUGCACAACUCACGAUGAGUCGGUUUAUGGAUUCAAACUUGGAAAGCUGUCUGCUAGUGCCAGAUUGAAUGUUGAAACCAUUAAGAUUGUGAAGAAGCCCAAGGAUGUGACUUCACUGCUAGAUGACACAGCCUCUUUUGAACUGAGCCUGUCCCACGAUAACAUUCCGGUGAAAUGGAUGUUUAACAACGUGGAGCUGAAAUCAAGUGAAAAGUGCAAGAUACUGUCUGAGAGGAAGGCUCACAAGCUGGUCAUCCAGAAUGUGAGCACUCACAAUGCUGGAGAGUACACUGCAGUGUUUGGCCAUCUCCAGUGCAGUGCACAUCUCCAUGUUGAGGCUCUGCGUGUCACCAAACCACUGAAGAGUGUUGAAGUCCCAGAGACACAUGUGGCCACUUUUGAGUGUGAAGUUUCACAUUUCAAUGUCCCUGCCACCUGGCUGAAAAACGGAGUUGAGAUUGAAAUGAGUGAUAAAUUCAGGAUUGUGGUCCAGGGAAAACUUCACCAGCUCAAGAUCAUGAAUACCAGCAGACAAGACUCUGCAGAGUAUACCUUUGUCUGUGGAAAUGACAGGGUCUCUGCAACACUGACCAUUAGUGCUAUUUUGAUCACCUCCAUGCUAAAAGACCUCAAUGCCCAAGAGAGAGACACCAUCACCUUUGAAGUAAAUGUAAAUUAUGAGGACAUCACCUACAAGUGGCUCAAGAAUGGUAUUGAGAUUCGGUCAACAGACAAGUGCCAGACCCGUUCAAAACAGCUUACGCACUCCCUCACAAUCCGGAAUGUUCAUUUUGGUGAUACUGGAGAGUAUAAAUUUGUUGCUGGCUCUGCAGCUACAUCCGCAAACCUUUAUGUUGAAGCUCGUGUGAUUGAAUUCACCAAGCAUAUUAAAGAUAUCAAGAUAACAGAGAAGAAGAAGGCCAUCUUUGAAUGUGAAGUUUCUGAGCCAAACAUCCAAGUGAUGUGGAUGAAAGACGGACAGGAGCUGGAAGUAUCUGAGAGACAUAAAGUCUCUACUGAGAAGUUUCUGCACCGCUUGAUGAUCCAGACUGUCCACAUGUCUGAUGCUGGGGAGUAUUCUGUGGUCGCUGGUGCAAGUGUGUCAAAAGGUCACCUGACUGUAGAGGGACGGGAUGUCAGGAUCUCAGAGCCAGCCGAGAAAGAAAUCACCGUUGUUGAGAAACAACGAACAACGUUUGAGUUUGAAGUCAAUGAGGAUGACGUAGAAGGCCGUUGGCUUAGGAACGGUGUUGAGAUCAAGUUUGAAGUUGAAGAGAGGUUCAGUUACGUUUCCAUCAGAAAGGUCCACCGCAUGACCAUCACUGAAACCUUCCGAACGGAUGCAGGGGAGUACACUUUCAUCGCUGGGAAGAACAGAAGUGUUGUCACCCUCCAUGUAAACAUCCCUGAGGCACCAAAGAUCAUCCGACACAUGCAGCCACUGUCUGUGGGGUCAGGCAAACCUGCUCGCUUUUCUGUAGAGGUGACUGGCAUCCCACAGCCUCAAGUGUCUUGGUACAAGAACUCCCAGGCUCUCUCUGCUGGGUUCAAGUGCAAGUUCCUGCGUGAAGGAAAUGAGCACACACUGCUACUGAUUGAGGUGUUCCCAGAAGAUGCAGCUGAUUACAACUGUGAAGUUAAGAAUGAUGCUGGCAUGGUCACAAGCUCAGCUGCACUUAACGUGGAAGUUUCAGAGGUGGUUUCCCCUGACACUGGAGCACCCAUGACCCCUCCUGUGGUGGUGUCACCUAUCAGCAAUGCCUCUACCAAGGAGGGAGAGUCCGCCAGGUUCCAAUGCCGUGUCUCUGGAGAAGAUGUGAAGAUCAGCUGGUUCUGUGGUGAGAAGGAGGUCAAACAGUCUGACUUCUUCAGGAUGUCUCAGUUUGGUGACACCUGCCAACUAGAGAUUGCCAAGGUUUAUCCAGAGGAUGAGGGGCAAUACAGUUGUGUUGCCAGAAACUCAGCAGGAAUGGUGUCUUGCUCCGCAACUUUGAAACUAGAUGGGAAAAGACAAACUGUGGAUAGCACAUCUGCAUCUCAGCUGCAUGUCUCAACAAGCCUGACCAGUCUUAAGAAACCCCCUAUUGGUCAAAAACCUACUUUCAUUCAUCCAAUAGAGAACUGUUCUGUGCCACAUGGGGAAGUGGCUAGGUUUCAUGCAUGUGUAUCUGGCGUGCCUAAGACAGAGAUAAGCUGGUUUCACAACCAGAAGCCAAUCAGACCCACAACAAACACUGUCUUUCAUUUUGAUGAAUUGACAAACACUGCCACCCUAAUUAUAGUUGACACUUUCUCUGAGCAUGCGGGACAAUACACUUGCAAAGCAACCAAUAGUGCUGGAGCAGCUGUGUGCACAGCUACCCUUGAAGUAAACGAAGUAUCAAGGGAAGCAAUUGAAGCCAAGAUUGAGGAAGAAGUCAAAGAACGUUCUAGCUUGACUGUCACCACCAUGGAAGAGGAACAAGAGACUUACCACACUGGCGUCCAGUUACCUGGAAAAACUAAAACACUUGAACUCAAACCAGAAUCUAAACGUUACUCUAGUACUUUAGAAAAGAAAAAAGAAAAGCCAGUUUUCAUCACCCAACUCUCAGCAGCAGCUGUCACUGAUGGAGAGACGGCUAAAUUUACUGUCACAGUCUCUGGCUUCCCAAGGCCUAAUGUUCAGUGGUUUCACAAUGGCCGUGUCAUAACUAAUUCAUCAGUCUACAAAAUGAUUCAAGAAAAAGAGGAGUACACUUUAAUAAUUACUGAGGUAAAAACUGAGUAUGAAGGGGAGUACUCUUGUACAGCCAGUAAUAGAUUUGGACAGACUACUUGUACCACUUACCUCGAGGUAAAAAAGAGUGAUAUUAGCACAGCAGAGAAAUGGAUUGAAAAGAUGUUCAAAGUAACAGGACAGCCUCCUGCAUUCACUGUUCAGAUUGAACCUGUGAGGUGCACUGAAGGAGGUGAGGCUUUGUUUAGGUACAAUGUCACAGGGGAUCCAAUUCCAGAUGUGCAUUGGUUAAGAGGUGCUUUUCGUAUUCAGCCUAGCAAAUAUUACAUCAUGGAGAACAACCGUGAUGGGUCAGGCUUCAUCAACAUGAAGAGUGUUAAACAGGAGGACAGUGGGGUCUAUACAUGCAAGGCUUCCAACCCAUUUGGGGAAGCCUCUUGUAGUGCUGAGUUAGUUGUAUUCAAAGAGCCUGUCUCUGUAACUCGACAUGAACAACACAUGGUAGUUCAGAAAAAAAAAGGUUAUAAAGUAUCCAUGACUGAACAAGCUACAGAAUCCCGCUUGUACAUGGUCAACCUUCCAGGAGAUGCCGGGGCAAGUCUUCAGGCAGGGCAUCAGAUGGUGUAUACCAUUGGUACUGAGGACAGACAGGUUGUUUCAAGUGAGCAGGUGGGCACGCUUGGAGAGGUGGACAUCUCUGCUGCUUCUCUUCAUAGAGAGCAGGUCACCCACCAAGCUGCUGUGCUGCAGUCUCAUGAAGUAGAAGAAAGAGUGUCUGUAGCUCCCACACAUCCACUCCAAGUUGCGGCUGUUCCCACAAAACAACUAAAAAUGGCUGCUUUUUCAUCUGCAGUUCAAGAGAGACAAGAUCUGACAGAGCAGCACUGCGAUCGUAUUAAAAGUCCAGAGGUUGUAGAGCUCCAGUCUGCCAGGGAGAGAAAGUCAAAGGUAAUGUCUGCCAUAGCAGAGGAGGUGACAACUUUGUCUACGGUUAGCACUGAACCCUUGAGUGACAGGAAGCCAGCUCAAGUGCAGCCAAUGUCUGAGCCCAAGCAUCUAGUCAGUGGUUAUCAGGUUGAAUCCCAGCUAUCAAUCUCCAAAGAGGAGUCACAAGACAUCCCAAAGCCACAGGAAGAAACAAGUUACAAAGUCAAAGAAGGGAUUAAGAUACUGUAUUCUGCCACAUCAUCCAAAAAGCGUUUAAUUCCUGAAGGUCACACCACUGAUCUUUCCUCCUCUGACUCCGCUAUACAGUCUGCAAUGACCAAAGAAUUAUCCAAACCUGUCAUUGCCUCAGUUAGUGAGACUAAACAUACACUAUCUAAAGAAGAUCAAUUUUCCAUGCAUCGGCCAGAUAAAGAGACUGCGCGUCUUUGCAAGGAUGUUGUUGUUAAAUCUGCUCUUACAGCAGAGGAAAAGCAGGCACUACGUGCUGAGCACACAGAGCAGCUGCAAAGUCUGGACAGUGCAAUCUCAAUUCCAUCUCAGGUGGAGGGUGAGCAGGUGUUACAUCUGCAGGUGAUCACCGACCAGGAUGUACUUCCAACAGAGGAGAGGUUCACUAGUGAGAGACCCGCAGCUGAGCAAGCUGGUGCUAGGAAAAGCCCAACAUUUUUACACACAGUGACCCAAGAUGAACAAAUCUCUGUCAUUUGUGAGGAUACAUCUGAGUUUUCAGCAAAAGAAGACACAAUGUCUAUUCAGCCUCAAAAAGAGCCCCACACCCCGUUACAUCUCCAGUCAGUCGAGCCAGUGUCUACAUUACCCAAAGAGGGUGUAAUCGUCAUAGAAAAGCCAGACCAGCAGAUGGCAGCACAGAAACAGGAAAAGGCCAGAAAACAUGCAGCGACAUCUGAAGAUAGAAGAGCACUUACUGCUGAUCAUCAUAAAGAUCUUGACGUUUCAGUGACAGGCCUUCAGUCAGAACUUAAAUCAGAGCCCAAACCUCAGAAUAUUCUUCAGGUCUCUUCCAAGCCCAUGCAACUACCAAAAGAAACACCAUUUACCAGUGAUAUGAAACAGCAGCGUGCACUAGUCCAAAAGGAGGAACGCUGGAAUGUCAUGCAUGUCACUAGUGUGGCAGCUAAUCAAGCAUUACAGGAGGGACAUACUGAGAGCUUAAAGGCUGUGGACAAAUUUAUAUGUCAAACUGGUGUAGAGCCUAAAGUGCCAACAGAACCAGUGCAGGUGGAGGAAAAGGAGAUCUCAACUGAGAGUAGUGCCCCUCUGGAGGCUGCAGAGCAGGACUUUGCGGUCCAAAUUCAGGAAGGCCAGUCAGUUAGACAGUCAAUAGUAAUGGAUGAGAAACGUAUCAUGACUGGUGAACUUUCUCAAGAAAUAACCAAAUCAGAGUCAACCAGUGUCCGUGUGACAAACCAGCCCAAACUGUCUCUAAUGGUGUCCGAGUCUGGCGAGAGUAGACCCCUUCCAAAGGAGAUGACAUUUGUUAUUCAGAUUCCCAAAGCAUCAAGUUUGAACAUCAGACGUCAGUUGAAAGAUGCCCUGCAGUCUGCUGUGGCUCGUGACCAGCCACUGUUACUGGCAGAUGUUGUGCAGAGUUUAGAGGCUGUUGAAGUACAAGAAGUGAAAGUUCAGAAAGAACCCAAACGUGCCAUAUUCACAUACCUCAUUACAACACCAGGUGCUCCCAUGGAGAUCACUCUGGCUUUUGAAGGUGAAUACCCUCAGACUGCUGAUCUGAGGACUGAACUCAAGGCAGCUUUCCACUCCAUUGUUUAUCAGGAGCAGCAUGUUCUUACUUCCGAGCAGCCUGGCACCAUGCAAAUUGAUAGGCCCCAGAGAGUUCAGGUCAGUAGUGCUCGCUCCAAAGAGAUGAUGUCAUCUGUGGUUGAGACGGUCAGAGUCGCAGAGAGUACGGUCGAUUUUGCAACUCCCAAGUCUCAGUCUGCUGCACUCAAGACCGAGUCGAAAUCCGCAGUUGAAAUCCAAACAGCCGAGCAACAAAUAAUAUUACAGGAGUCAAAGGCAGUGCAAAUCAAACAAUCUGAGAGUGCUCAAGUGGGGAAGAUGUCCACUGAAUCCCGUACUGAGUUUCAGCAGUCAGUUCAGGUGGCCAAAAGGGAGGCCAGUUCUGUGAUGGUAAAAGGCCGGGAGAGAGAUGUAGGUGCAGCUGACAUUACCACUGAUCUGCCUGUUACAUCCAUUCCAACCGAACAAUAUGUAGAAAUGCACAUCCAGAGAGAACACAGGGAGGAGUUUUACUCAGAGGAAGUAACUGUCUCCAGACAACAACAUAUUGAAGGCUAUCCAAUUAUUGAAACUACACUUGAGGAUAUUUGUACAGAGGAGAGCAGUAAGGUUACUUUCAGUGUGACCAUAAAGUGUGUUAAAAAGGUGAACUGGCUUUUCAAUGGACAAUUGGUGAAAUCUGGCAAAGAGUUCAAGUGUUCCAAAGACCAUGACACAUACACGUUAGUAAUCAACAAAGUUAUCAAAGAGAAACAUCAAGGAGAAUAUGUCUGUGAGGCUGAGAAUGAAGCCGGCAAGACCACCACAUCUGGAAGACUCACAGUAGUCUCAAGAGUGCCACCUGUUUUCAGGUACAAAAUCCUGCCCAUGGAUAUCAAUGUUGGCAACAGUGCCAAGUUUGAAUGUGAAACUGAAGAUGCACCUAACGUGACCUUCAAAUGGUUCAAGUCUGGCACUGAGAUCAAGCAGAGUGAGAAGUACAGGAUCCUUAGUCGGCAUCAUUCUUCUUCACUGGAGAUCUUGAACCCAACCAAAGCAGAUAGUAGUGAAUACACCUGCAAGGCGUCCAACCAGCAUGGCAGUGACAGCUGUUCCACCUCUCUGACAGUAACGGAAAUGUACCCACCAGUAUUUAUUAAAAAACCUGAUCCAAUGACUUUAUAUGUGGGCAAGCAAGCUGCUUUCCAAUGCACAGUCACUGGCUCCACACCUAUGGAUGUUGUCUGGCACAAAGACAACAUUGCCAUCACUUCUGGAGCAAACUAUAAUGUAACAAGUGACAAAAACAAACAUUCUCUUCAAAUCAAAAGUCUUCAGUUAGAAGACCAGGGGGUUUACCUGUGUAAAGCAUCAAACAGUGUUGGCACUGCUACAUGCAGCACAGAGCUGAUUGUUAUCAAGAAGCCCAGCUUUAUAAAGACCUUUGAGUCAGUGUCUGCAGCUGUUGGCAAUCUAUUACGUCUUGAGUGCCAAGUGGAUGAGGAUACUGGAGUGACCAUCACCUGGACAAAGGAUGGCAAAAAAAUUCAUCAAACAAUGGAAAGUAAACUUUCUUUUGAAGAAAAGGUCAUUGUUCUUGAAAUUUCUAAGGCAAAACUGAAAGAUUCAGGGAGAUAUGUCUGUACAGCUUCAAAUGAUGCUGGGACUUCAGAUUGCUCUGCUGUGUUGACAGUGCAAGAGCCUCCUACUUUUGUGAAGAAAAUGGAGUCUAAGAUUACAUGGAAGCAGGGCAUUGCUGCACGAUUACAGUGCACAGUCAAAGGAUCCCCUGAACUUCACUCAAGCUGGUUUUUAAAUGACAAGGAACUCAGCGAUGGAGAGAAAUAUAAAAUCUCUUUCAAGAAUGGUCUUGCUAUUUUAGAAAUAAUCAAUCUUCUUGUGUCAGACAGUGGAAACUACACCUUUGAGGUGUCUAAUGAAUCGGGUAGUGAAAGCUGCAGCACGCAAAUAUCUGUUAAAGAGCCCCCUUCCAUCCGUAAAGAACUACAAAUGGUCGAGGCAGUGAAGGGGACUGCAGCUCUAAUGGAAUGUGAAGUUGUUGGAACAGCUCCUUUUGAAAUCACCUGGUUCAAAAACAAGAAGCAACUAGCCACAGAUAAAAAGUACAGGGUAGUCUCUCAGGAAUCUAUGGCCCGUUUGGAAAUCUGCUCAUUUGAAAGUGCAGAUGUUGGGGAUUACCAAUGUAUUGUAUCUAAUGAUGUUGGUAAAAUAUCCUCCAAGGCCCUAGCAAAACUGAAAGAACCUCCAACAUUCUCAAAGAGGAUUGACAGUACUACAGCAAUUUUGGGCACUGCUGUAAAACUGCAGGGCACCAUAAAAGGCUCAACCCCCAUCACAGUAAAAUGGAUGAAGGACUCUGAAAUACUGAGAGAUGAUAAUCCUAAUUUAAAAAUCUUUUUUGAGAACAACGUUGCUAGUUUAUCAAUAGCAACCGUUGUAAUAAGUCAUGGUGGCAAAUAUACCUGCCAAGCAGAGAAUGAAGCAGGACUACAGAAAUGUGAAGCUACUUUAACCGUUCAAGAACCAGCUAGAAUCUUAGAGAAAGCUGAGUCCAUUAGUGUGACAGUGGGGGAUUCAGCAACCUUGGAGUGCACUAUUGCAGGAAGUCCAGACCUCAAAGUCAAAUGGUUCAAAGAUGGAAAGGAAGUCACAGGGGGUCGAAAAUAUAAGAUGACUCUUAAGGACAAUGUUGCUGUUUUAAAAAUUCUUGCAGCAGAAAAAGGAGACAGUUCUGAAUUCAAAAUGGAAGUGUCCAAUCGAGUUGGAAAAGACGAGUGCUCUUGUUCUAUCACUGUUCUAGAUCGGAUCAUGCCUCCGUCUUUCACUAAGUCUCUAAAAAGAGUUGAUGGAAGCAUUGGUAACAAUGUCUCAAUGGACUGUAAGGUCUCUGGGUCUCAGCCCAUGACCAUUUCUUGGUUUAAAGAUGACAAGGAAAUUAAGAGCGGACAGAAAUAUCAACCUGAGUUUAAAGACAGUUCAGCUGUACUGAAAGUCAUUCAGCUGGAGAAAGAUGAUGCUGGAGUGUACAAAUGCCUGGCAACAAAUGCUGCUGGUUUUAAAGACAGCAGUGGAACUUUAUACGUCAAAGAACCUCCGGUCUUCACAUUGAAACCUAAUUCUCAAGAUGUCAUACCAGGAUCUGCUGUAAUCUUGAAGGCAGCUUUCUCUGGAACAGCUCCUUUUACUGUUAAAUGGUUCAGAGAGGACAAAGAGGUAUCAUCUGGAGGCUCAUGUUUUAUCAAGAAAGACGCCUUGUCAAGCAUCUUGGAGCUUCACUCAGUAAAACCUACUGACUCUGCUACAUACACUUGCCAAGUAAUGAAUGAUGCUGGAAAGGUGUCAUGCACCGCAGUCCUGUUUGUCAAAGAGCCACCAAUGUUUGUCAUGAAGCUUGAGUCUUCAAAACUUGUAACCAGUGGCAGUGCUUUAAUGGUGGAGUGCAAAGCUACUGGCAGCCCUGAAAUCACUUUUAAGUGGUUUAAGAACGAAAUCGAGAUCAGUUCUAAUCAGAAUUAUAAAACGACUGUGAACAACUUAGUUGCUUCAUUGGAGAUAGUCAACUGCACUGUUGAGGAUAGUGGAGAUUAUGUUUGUGUGGCGUCAAGUGAUGCUGGUAGUGACCGCUGCAGCAGCACAGUCACAGUCAAAGAACCGCCUGUGUUUUUGAGGACUUUUGAACACAAAGAUGUUAUCAAAGGGUCAGAUGUGAUGAUGGAAGGACAGGUGUCGGGCUCUGCUCCUUUCAGUGUAUCUUUUUACAAAAGUUCCAAGUUAAUCAGAAAUGAUAAAAGGCACAAGAUCAGUGUGACAGGUGACAUAGUUGCCCUCCAGAUACUUACAGUUGAUGCUUUGGAUACUGGAACGUGUCAAUGCACUGUAGAAAAUGAAGUUGGGAAAACUUCUUGUGAUUAUGAAGUAACCCUAAAAGAACCUCCGUCAUUUGUGCAAAAGGUAGAGAACACAAUUUCUCAAGUAGGCAGUGAGAUUUCUCUUCAGUGUGUGCUGAAGGGAUCUGAACCAAUGACAGUGUCAUGGCAUAAGGAUGACCACGAGGUCAGAGAGGCUGAACACAUGCAGAUAUCCUAUAAAGACAGGACUGCACUGCUGCAUAUCACAAACGUACAAGCCCAAUAUGGAGGAAAAUAUACAUGUCAGGCACAGAAUCUAGCUGGUUGUCAGAAAUGCUCAGCUGUCUUGACAGUCAAAGAACCAGCUACAAUCACUGAGGAAGCCAAGUCCAUCAGUGUUACAUUGGGGGAUCCAGCUACUCUAGAAUGCAGGUUCUCUGGAACCAAAGUCAUCAAAGCCAAAUGGCUGAAGGAUGGGAAAGAGCUAACAUCAGGUCAAAGAUACAAAGUCCAAAACACAGAUACAAGCUCCAUUCUGAAGAUUCUAGCCACAGAGAAAAGUGAUAGCGGGGACUACAUAUUUGAUGUUUCAAAUGUUGUUGGACAUAGUUCUUGUGAGGCUACAGUCACAGUUCUCGAUCAAAUACUUAAGCCCUCGUUCACAAGAAAACUGAAGAAAACAGAAAGCAUCAAAGGAUCAUUUGCCCACUUGGAAUGCCUUGUGUCAGGGUCUUUGCCCAUAACUGUACAUUGGUUCAAAGAUGAGAAAGAGAUCAAUAUUGAUGACAAACACAAAUGUACCUUCUUUGAAAAUAACGCUUUUCUCGAAAUUACUCGUCUUGAUAGUGAGGACAGUGGCAGUUAUACCUGCAUUGCUAAAAACAAAGCAGGAAGUGACCAGUGUUCUGGUGCCUUGAUUGUGAAAGAACCACCAUCUGUCCUUGAAAAACCUGAAUCAAUGGACGUUGUGCCUGGAUCAAAGGUCCAGUUUAAUGUCCUUGUGUCUGGUACUCCACCCAUGACCAUAAAAUGGUUUAAGAAUAAAAAAGAGAUUAUGUCAAGCUCUGACUGUUCUGUAAUUAAAGACCACACCUCAAGUUCACUGGAACUGUUCUUUGCCAAAACAUCAGACUCUGGAGACUAUGUCUGUGAAAUUAAGAAUGAUGUUGGCUCUGCUGUUUGCCAGGCAACUCUCUUUGUCAAAGAGCCUCCAAAAUUCACUCGCACUCCAGAUAGACUGUCUGUGGUGAGGCCAGGGCAGAGUAAGAUGUUUGAGUGCCAGGUGACUGGAACACCAGAGAUAGACAUCUACUGGUUUAGAGAUGGGAAUGAAAUCAACCCUAGUGACAAAUACAAGAUGUCUUAUGUCAACUCCUUGGUAACUCUAGACAUAUGCAAUGCCGAUAUGAAAGACAGUGGAAUGUACUACUGUGAGGCACGCAAUGAGGCUGGUAGUGAAAGCUGUAAUAUGGAAUUGAGAGUCAAAGAGCCACCAUCCUUUGUAAAAAUGUUAGUACCUUCGGAUGUUGUGAAGGGCUCAAAUGCAUUUUUUGAGUGCCAAAUCAUUGGGACCGCUCCAUUAGAAAUUACAUGGCACAAGGAUCUGAAGGAAAUCAAAUCCAGCACAAAGUACAGUUUUUCACAAGUUGAUGACAUACUGAGACUUGAGGUGCAAAGAUGUGAUGUAAUAGAUGUAGGUGAAUACCAGUGCACUGUUGCUAAUGAGGUGGGAAGCUGUUCUUGUAAGACUACACUGAACACUAAAGAACCACCAUCAUUUGUGGAGAAAAUCCAGAGUGUUGCCACUGUGUUGGGCCAACUAGCUCAAUUCCAGUGUGUUGUGGCUGGCUCACCAACCUUGUCCGUGCAAUGGCAAAAGGAUGAGAAUUGGAUCUUGGAAGAUCCUAAGAUUGAAAGGAUGUUUGAAAAUAAUGUGGCAACUUUAAAGAUUCCUGUUUGCGAAGCCUGUCACAGUGGGAAAUAUACCUGCCAGGUCCUAAAUGAAGCUGGACAAGACAAGUGUUUUGCAAGCCUGACUGUGCAAGAGCCCCCACAGAUAACAGAGAAGCCAGAGAUGAUAAAGGUGACCAUUGGGGAUCCAGUCAGUUUAGAGUGUAAAGUGACCGGCUCCCCUGAGCUCAGGGUUAAAUGGAUGAAAGAUGGCAAAGAGCUUCAGUCCAAACCACAACAGAAGCUUAGCUUUGAGAACAACGUCAGUUGCCUUAAAAUUCAAUCUGCACAGAUGGAAAAUGGAGGGGAUUAUAUCUUUGAGGUGGCUAACCACAUUGACACCUGCCACUGCAAAGUCAAACUGGUUGUACUAGAACAAGUGAUCCCCCCAAGCUUCAUCAAGCCUUUGAAGGACAUGCAGGAAAUACUGGGUUUGUUUGUUCAAGUUGGAUGCAAAAUAUCAGGAUCACUUCCUAUAUCUGUGGAAUGGCAGAAAGAUGGGAACAGAAUUUCUAGUGGUGGACGACACAAGCUUCUUCAGGAGGACAAUUCAGUGUCUCUGGAGAUGGAGCAGCUAGACAGAGCUGAUGCAGGCACCUACUCUUGCAAACUAACUAACAAAGCAGGGAGUUGUGAAUGCAGUGGAGCCUUAAGGGUCAAAGAGCCUCCCAGCUUUGUGCUGUCGCCUGAAUCUCAGGCUGCUCUCCCGAACACCAAUGUACGCUUUAAGAGCACAUUUAAAGGAACACCUCCCUUCACAGUGAAAUGGUUCAAGGAUGACACUGAACUCAUGACUGGACCGUCAUGUUUUACUGGACUGGAAGGCUUGUCAUGCUUCCUAGAUCUUUACUCAGUGGGAGUUUUACAAAGUGGAGUUUACUCUUGUCAAAUUAGCAAUGAUGCUGGCUCGGCAAGAUGUAGUGCUGAUUUAACAGUGAAAGAACCCCCUGAGUUUGUCCUGAAACUCCCACCCACUAAGUUCGUGAAGCAUUCCGACCCCCUCCGCCUCGAGUGCAAGGUCACUGGUUCCGCACCCCUCCGAAUGACCUGGUUCAAAAACGACAAUAAGAUAACAGAUGGUGGUAACUACAGAACGUCAUUUGUCGAGUCAAUGGCGGUCCUUCAGCUCCUUACAACACGAUUUGAUGAUAAUGGAGUCUACACCUGCGAAGCUCAGAAUGAUGCUGGAAGUGUUAGUUGCAGCACCACUCUUACUGUCAAAGAUCCCCCAUCUUUCCGCAAAGUCCCACAACCUAUUGAAGGAAUGAAGGGCAAGGAUGUCAGUAUGUCAUGUGAAAUUAAUGGCACUGCACCCUUUGAGAUUAACUGGUACAAGGACAAAAAGCCUCUAAAAGAGAACAGAAAGUACAAGAUGGUGAAUGAGGAUAGCUCUGCUACUCUUCAUGUCAUUGGAUUAGAGGACUCAGAUGCUGGUGAAUACGAGUGCAAGGCAGCAAACAGUGUAGGAAGUGAAACCUGCCGAACGACAGUUAGACUCAGAGAGCCACCUGCAUUUGUGAAGAAGUUAUCUAACAUGACAGUCAUAUCUGGCAAGGAGGUGACUCUGGUGGCCACUGUCAAAGGCUCUCAGCCAAUGACUGUGUCUUGGGUUCAAGACAAGGAUCACAUACUCAGAGACGGUGACAACCGGAAAAUAACCUUUGAGAAUAACCAGGCCACUCUUACAGUUUUCCAAGCAGACUCUACCACAGCUGGGAAAUACACCUGCCAACUCAAAAAUGAUGCUGGCAUUGUGGAAUGUUUUGCUAACUUGACUGUCCUAGAGCCUGCAAAGGUAGUGGACAGACCAGAGUCUCUUAGUGUCACCGCAGGUGAUAUUGCUGCCCUAGAGGUCACAGUAUGUGGGACACCAGAGCUAAAACCAAAAUGGUUCAAGAACGGUGUUGAGCUCUCAUCUGGCAAGAAGUACAAAAUCUCCUUCUCCAAGAUGAUCUCCAGCCUGCAGGUUCUGUCAGCGGAGAGAAUUGACACAGGAGAAUACACGUUUGAAGUUGAAAACGAGGUUGGCAGAGACCUGAGCAAAAUCAACCUCACUGUUCUAGAUAAGACCAUACCUCCCACAUUUACACGGAAACUGAAGGAUUCUAAUACAAUUGUUGGGAAGCCUGGUGAGAUGGAAUGCAAAGUGUCAGGUUCUCAACCUUUCACCAUUACCUGGUACCAUGAUGGGGAGGAAGUCAGGAGUGGACCAAACUAUGAGAUUGCAUUCACUGACAACAAUUGCACACUCAAAGUGCCCACUCUUAAGUUGUCCGACUCUGGAGUGUAUAAGUGCAAAGCUGUGAACAAAGCAGGAGCAAAUGAAACCUCUGCGUCUUUCAUUGUGAAAGAGCCUCCCUCUUUCGUGGUGCAACCUCAGCCAAUGGAAGCAAUGCCCGGAACAAAUGUUACUUUCUCAGCCAUUGUUAAAGGAAGUGCCCCCCUGAAACUCAAAUGGUUCAGGGGCAGCAAAGAAAUUGUGUCUGGAAGGGACUUUAUGAUUGCUUUACGGGACAAUAAAGCCACUCUGGAGUUGUUCAAAAUCGAUAAAUCCCACGCUGGAGAGUAUACAUGUCAGAUCAUUAAUGAUGCUGGGAAGGAGAGCUGUCCGGUUCACUUGUCUGUUAAAGAAUCGGCACGCUUCGUUAAAAAGCUGAAGGACCUCUCUGUUGAAAAAGGGAAACCUCUGGUUCUUGAAUGCACUUAUACUGGAAGCCCAAAGAUUUCAGUUAACUGGUCUAAGGAUGGUCAACAGAUUUUUGCCUCUUAUAAGUUCAACAUCACCACUACAGAGAGCUCCUGUAUCCUGGAAUGUUUGAACACGGAUGACAAAGAGGCAGGAGGCCGAUACUCUUGUGAAGUAUCCAAUGAUGCUGGAAAUGAUACCUGCCAUGCACAAGUGUCAAUUCUGGAACCACCCUAUUUUAUUGAAAAGUUGGAGCCCAUGGAAGUGACUGCAGGUGAUGCAGUCUGUUUGAAAUGCCAGGUUGGAGGAACACCUGAAAUCAAAGUGUCUUGGUUUAAAGCUGAUGGAAAAGUGAGAUCCACUGCAACCUGCAAAAUUGAAUAUUCCAAAGGCACUGCCUGUUUGAAGCUAAGCAAAGCAACUAAGUCGGAUAUCGGCGAAUACACCUGCAAGGCAGAGAACACCAUAGGCUCUGCCUCUUCAAGCUGCAGACUCAAUGUUCAAGAGGCCAAAACACCACCUUCCUUCCCAAAGAAAAUCACGAGUCUUCAGCAGACUGAGGGUCAGGCAGUCAGGUUUGAAUGCCGUGUGGCUGGGUCUUCUCCCAUCGAAGUCUCUUGGCUCAAAGACGGUGAACCUCUGAAAAACCAAAAUGAAUUCUCCAUGUCUUACGAUGAUAACACAGCUGCCCUGCAAAUCCACAAAGGAGAGAUGAGGCACUCUGGAGAGUACACUUGUGUUGCUACCAACAGUGUUGGAACAGCAUCCUGUAGAGCCAAACUCACUCUUCAAGAACCAAGAUACCCCCCUGUGUUUGACAGAAAGCUCUCACCCCAGGAUGUAUCAGUAGGGGGCAGUGUUGAGCUGGAAUGCCACAUGACGGGGUCUUUGCCAAUAAAAGUCACUUGGUCAAAGGAUCAUAAAGAUAUUCGAUCUGGGGGAAAUUAUAAGAUUUCCUGCGAGAAUAAUACCCCCUAUCUUACUAUUCUGAAGGCUGAUAAAUCUGACACUGGACGCUACUUUUGCCAGGCCUCUAAUGAUAUUGGGAAGGACUCUUGUGCCGCAGACAUUUCUGUGAAAGAGCGUAAAAUCCCUCCCACCUUCACCAAAUUGCCGGCAGAAAUCAUUGAAGAAACAGAGGGCAAAGUGGUUAAGAUAGAGGGUCGUUUAUCUGGAUCUCAGCCCAUGACUAUCACCUGGUAUAAAGAUAACAGUGAAAUCCACAGCUCUGAAAAAUAUGACAUUUCCUUCAAGAGCAAUGUGGCUGUGCUGUGUAUCAAGAACUCCCAGGUCUCUGACAAUGGCAGAUACAGCUGCAAAGCUACCAAUGAAGCUGGAACUGCCUCCUGUCCAGCCUCAGUUGCCAUUUCUGAGCACAAGAAACCUCCAGUAUUUGAUGUCCCUCUAAAGCCAGUGACUGUGAAUGAGGGAGAGAAGUUGAGCCUUAGAUGCCAUGUUCGUGGAUCUCCUCCCAUUAAGAUUCAGUGGAUGAGGGACAGGAAGGAACUGCAGUCCUCCACUAACACUAAAAUCACAUUCACUGAUGGCACUGCCUGUUUGGAUAUCAAUCAAACGUCUAGAACUGAUGCAGGGGACUAUCUCUGCAAGGCUACCAAUGAUGCUGGCAGUGAAUUCUGCAAGUCUAAAGUGACAGUGAAAGAGAGAGCUGGAGGAGCAUCUCCACCUUCUGAGACAACCCCUGCAGCUACCACACCUACUAAGAAACUGGACAAUCUGUUCUUCAUCGAAGAGCCAAGAACUGCCCAUGUUUCUGAGAAGGGCACUGCAACGUUUAUUGCCAAAGUCGGAGGUGAUCCCAUUCCAAAUGUGAAAUGGAUGAAGGGCAAGUGGAGGCAGAUCACUCAUGGAGGUCGCAUCACUAUUGAGCAGAAGGGCCAGGAGGCCAAGUUUGAAAUAAGAGAAGUGACCAAAUCUGACUCUGGGCAGUACAGAUGUGUUGCCACCAACAAACACGGAGAAAUAGAAUGCAACACUGACUUGAAUGUUGACGAAAGGAAAGACUCUGCUGGUAUUGAAGGAGAUUUCAGAGCAAAACUGAAGAAGACUCCUUCCAAACAGAAGAGUCCACAGGAGAGUAAAGACAUAGACAUCGUGGAGUUGCUCAGAAAUGUCGACCCUAAAGAGUACGAGAAAUAUGCCCGCAUGUAUGGCAUCACUGACUACCGUGGCCUCCUUCAGGCCAUUGAGCAACUGAAGAGGGAGAAAGCUGAAGAAAGUGGGAGACCGGAAGCAGAUCGAGGAGAUAGAGAUUCUGAUGAAGACAUGGCCAAACUAGUGGCUGAUCUACAGAAAAGAAUGGAGCGUACUGAGCCUGUCACUGUGAUAAAGGACAUAGCAGAUCAGACCGUGGUCACAAAUAAGGAGGCGAUGUUUGAGUGUGAAGUCAAGAUCAACUACCCUGAGAUUUCCUUGUCCUGGUACAAGGCAACACAGAAGCUUGACAGUAAUGACCAAUAUGACAUCAGCAUUGUUGGUGACCGCCACAUCCUGAAGAUCAAGAAGUGUCAGUCCAAGGACCAGGGCAACUACCGUGUGGUUUGUGGCCCACACAUCUCCAGUGCCAAGCUGACAGUGAUGGAAGCUGAGGUUGAAAAGCACCUUCAGGAAGUUGCGGGUAAGGAAGGACAAACAUGCACACUGACUUGCCAGUUCUCUAUCCCCAAUGUUAAAACACAAUGGUUUAAGAAUGGGAAGCGUUUAGAACCAAAGGGCAGGUUCUCGUUUGAAGUGAAAGAUAAGAUUCAGAGACUGUGCAUUAAAGACCUGAGACCAGAGGACCAAGGACGUUAUACCUGCAAAUAUGACAACCUAGAGUCAACUACAGAUCUAUGGGUGGAAGCUGAACAAAUUCAUUUCACCAAACGUAUUCACAACGUUGAAGUGAAUGAACGUCAGUCUGCCACCUUUGAAUGUGAGGUGUCCUUCGACAAUGCUAUCGUUACGUGGUAUAAAGAGACUUGGGAGCUUAAAGAGUGCCCAAAAUAUAACUUCAGAAGUGAAGGGCGACGACACUUUAUGAUCAUCUGCAAUGUAACCUCUGAGGACGAAGGAGUUUACUCAGUGAUUGUGAGAUUGGAGCCCAGAGGGGAAGCUAAAAGUACAGCUGAGCUUUACCUUUCAGGCAAAGAAAUUGAAUUAGGAAGGGUACCUUAUGAUGUCCCAGAUUCAUCAGUACAAGGCCCUGAAGUGCCUUCCUCUGUUACAUAUGAAGAAUCCUCUGAAUAUUAUCAUUAUGAAGAGGAGGUGGAGAUGAGAGAAUCCUCUGAAUACUAUUAUGAAGAAAAGAUGGAAAAAAGAGUCCCUAGAGUCCCUGUGGACGAAUCUGUCCAGAAAACCACAAUAGGGAAGAGGGAGCAAGCCCCACCCAAAGAUCCUGAAGCACCCAAGAAACCAGAGGACAAACAUACUAAACCAUCUGUACAGGAUGCACCAAAACCAAGCACAGCCAAAAAAACAGUAGAGGAGAAGAUCUCUACGGUAUUGGCUCCUGAGAAAAAGGAACACCCCUCUCCUAAAGAAUCAGAGCAAGCUAAGAAAAUGGUUCCAAAACCUGGUGCUGUUCCACCUGCCCCAGGAGACAAACUAGAAAAGGUCCCAGUAAAGAAAGAUGUACCUCAACCUGAGCCCAAUCCAGAGGCUAAAAUGGCACCUGGAAUUAAGGCUGAAUCUGAACCCAUGCAUAAACCAGGGAUCAAAACUGAGCCUGAACCCAAGCCUGCUCCUGUAAAGAAACCAGGGUCUCCCUCAGCCAAAGUCCCUGAGGAGUUCAAAAAACCUGAAACUCCAAAAGCAGAAUCAGCGUUCACAAAACCAGAACCAGCCACGAUUGAACCAGCAUUUACAAAGCCAGAACCAUCUGUCUCAAAACCAGAACCAGCAAUUAAGAAACCAGAGCCAGUCAUCUCAGAACCAGCCAUCAAUAAACCAGAACCAGUCAUCAAGAAACCAGAACCAGUCAUCUCAGAACCAGCAAUCGAGAGACCAGAACUAGCCAUCAAGAAACCAGAACCAGUCAUCAAGAAACCAGAAACAGUCAUCUCAGAACCAGAACCAGCAAUCAAGAGACCAGAACUAGCCAUCAAGAAACCAGAACCAGCCAUCAAGAAACCAGAACCAGAAAUCAAGAAACCUGAGAUCCCAGUUAGCAAGCCAGUGCAAGAGGUCUCCAAACCAGAAUCCAAAGUCUCAAAACCAGAGCCUGAAAUCAAGAAACCAGAACCUAAAGUCAAGACACCUGAGCUGGCAGUUAGAAAGCCAGUACCAGAAGUCUUAAAACCUGAAGUAGUAGAUUCAAAACCAGCUGAGCCAGCAAAGACCAAGCCUAAAUUAGAAAUCUCCAAACCAGAGCCAGAAGAAAGAAAAAGAAAGGAGGCUAUCUCUCAGAAAGUGCCAGAAGCACCAACAAAGCAGGGUAAACCUGCACUUCCUUCAGAUACCAUCCACCCCGAAAUGCAUGAAGAAGAUGUAGCACCACAGAAGAAACUUACAGCACCUAAAGAGAAAAUAACACUGGAGCCAACAAAAGCUGCAAGGAAAACUGAAUCAGGAAUUGUUACUCCUAAAGUGGCUUCUACACAAAAAGUGAUGGAGCAUGACUCCAAACAUACACCUGCAGAGAAGGUGCCUCAGACCAAGCCUGAGAGGAUGCCUGAAACAGCACCUGAGAGGGUGUUUGAGGAAAUAUCCCAGAACAUUGAUGUAAGGUUGCCUGAAAAGGUAGCUGAGAGAGUGCCUGAAAGUCUACCUGAAAAGGUAGCUGACAGGGUGCCUGAAAGGCUCCCUGAAAAGGUAGCGGAGAAGGUGCCUGAUAGGUUGCCUGAGAAAGGAGCGGAGAAGGUACCUGAUAGGUUACCUGAAAAGGUUCCUGAGAAAAUACCUGAAAAACUGCCUCGGAGGGAAACAGAGGAAAUACGUGAGAUGGUCCUGAAAACGGUGACUGAAAAGACAACUGAGAAGAUUGCUGAGAAAGUACCCGAUAAAGCCGUUCAGAAAGUGACAGAUCGGAUACAUGAUAAGUCAUCAGAGAAGACAAAAACGGCACAAAAAAGUGACAAGUCAUUGGAGAAGACACAUACAAAAAUGGAAGAGAAACUACCUGACGCACAACCAAAAGUUCAGCAGAGGUUUGCUGAGGCUAAACCUAAAAAAGAGAUUGAGGAAACUUUUGGCAAAGAACCAGAUGUUUUGAAGACUCCAAAGAUAACUCCUGUCCUUCCAUCCACCGAAACAGAAGAAAAGCUACACAGAGAAAGAAGUCCAAAAGACAGAGUACCUAUAAAGGAGCAGGAGUCACCUUCACAGCCCAUACAGCCAAAGGCAAAGACAGCUAGUCCACUUGAAGCACCAUAUACUGAACAAUAUGAUACAGAAGAGUACAGGACAGACAUCCAAGUGCAAGAGCUGGAAGAAACAAAGAAAGUGAGCAAGCCAGUCUUGAAAGUUCAAGAAGAAAUUAGGAAGCAUGCUGAACAAGAGCAAUCUAUGUCUGAAGAGGAAAUGAUCGAUUCACAAGGAGAUACUAAAACAGAUGAAACCAAGGGACCUGUUACAGCACCUGGAGGAGCCAAGAAAGUUCUCCGACAAAAAGGUAAAAUUCCUGUUGAGGAAGAAGGAUUUAAGAUGCCAACGCUGAAGAAAACAUCCAGAAUGUCAAGAGAGAUGGAGGAAGAACAGGAAACUGUGUCACUGAAGAAAGUACCUGGUUUCCCCUCUGAAGAUUUACCACCAGAAACCAAGCCUCCUCAGAAACUGACCAUGACAACUGUUUAUGAUGUAGAAGAAAGAGUUUAUGAAGAAGCUGAGAUGUUAACAGCGAGACAUUAUGAAAUUGAACAACCCACUCAGAAAGAGAAAACCAUCAAGAAACCUGAUGUGGUACCUAGUAAGGACAAAACGGUUGAAUUGAAAGAUUCUAAACAAGACACAUACACUCCUCGGAAGGGCACACCCAAAGAUGAGAAAGUAGAAGAUAAAAUGGCUCUAAAGAAAACCCCUAAAGAUAGGAAGGAAGAGGCUGUUCCACAACCUAGCCAAGCUCUAAAGAAAGUGUCAAAAUUGCCUUCAGAUGAGAAAGAACAAGAAACUGUGAAAUUAAAACCAUUUAAAACACCUACAAAGCCUGGUGUCGCUGAAACGGUAAAGGACAAAAAGGACAAGGAAUUUAUUGAUACUCAGUGGGAUAAGACCCCAAGAGAAAGGGAGACUAAAGAACCUGGCGAUCACGAGAAAGUUAAAAUUGUUCCAACAGAUAAAGAGGAACAGUCAAUGGCAAAGAAGCCUGUGGAUAAAGCCAGAAAAAGUUCUGAACAAGAUUUGAGUUCUGACAAACUGCAGCCAAAAGGGAAAAGAAUUCCCACCCCUGAAGAGGAUAAGGAGAGCAUUAAAUUAAAGCCGUUUUCAAAGACCUCUAAAGGUGAUGACAAGGAUGAGAAAACCCCAUCUAAGCCAGAAGAGCGGAAGCCAACACCACCUGGAAAGGUGCUCAGUAGAACACCAAAAGAUGAAACUCCAACAGAGGCAAGUGUUAAGAAAUAUGACUCUCAGGAAGCACAAGACAAGGAACCUAAGAAAGUGGAAAAGGCUGAAACAACCCCUGAUGAGAAACCAAGCCCUACAAAGCCCUUGGCGGUCAAGAAGGUAGACAAAAGUCCUGAAGAAGGAAAACCCAUGCAACUGAAAAAGGCCGGACCUCCCAGCAUUGCUUCUGAGGAAAAAGAAGGUAAACCGUUAAAGCCUGUGGAACACCUCAAAAAAGGCCUGGAGUUGAAAAAGACUCCCUCACCCAAGGUUGAGAAACCAAAGACUAAAGCAGUUGAGUCUAUUCCAGCAGAAAAGAGGCCAAGUGGAGAUAUCAGCAAAAGAAUACCCAAACAGGUUUCACCAAAAGACUCAUUUGAGGCAGUCACUCUUAAAAAGGUCCCAAAGAAACCAUCACCACAAGAGGAGACGACUGCACCAGUAGAACCAGAGAAGACUGGUAAAGCAAAAAUUCCGAUGAUGAAAGAGCUUUCACCUCAAGCAGUGCAGUUGAGAAAAAUAUCUACUCAACUGGAGGAGGAAGUGGAUGAGGAAGAGCCUGAGGUGGAGGAAGAAGAGGAGGAUGAAGCGUGGGGAUGGGAGCUUGUUCCAAGUGAGAGUUAUGGUUCAGAAGACUGGGAAGGAGAGGAGUAUGAGGAGGGCGCUGUAGAGACCCCGGGUAUGACCAGAAGAGAUGGAAAACCCGCUGAAGAAGCAGCAGGGAGGGGUAGAGGUAGAGGUCUAAAAGCCAAGCAGACUCCAUCCCCUGGAGAAGGAGGCAGGGGAAGAGGAAUGAGACCUGGUGGAGACAAACCACCAGAGGAACCCUUCGGAGGAUUCAAGCUCAAAGCUGUUCCCCUUAAGUUCAUUAAAAAACUCCAGGACAUAGUGUUAAAGGAAGCUGAAUCUAUUGGCUCAGCAGCUGUGUUUGAGUGUGAGGUUUCACCCUCAACUGCAAUAACAACAUGGAUGAAAGAUGGAAGCAACCUAAGAGAGAGCCCAAAGCACAAAUUCACCUCUGAUGGCAAAGAUCGCAAACUGAACAUCAUUGAUGUUCAACUCUCUGACACUGGCGAAUAUACUUGUAUCGCCAAGAAUGCCGGCAAAGAAAUUACAUGUACAGCCAAACUCAUUGUUGAGGAGCUGCCUGUGAAGUUCAUUAAGACCUUGGAAGAAGAGACUUCAGUCCUUAAGGGACAGCCUCUAUACCUGACCUGUGAGUUGAACAAAGAGAGAGAUGUUGUAUGGAAGAAGAACGGUCAGCCCCUCAAGAAAAUCGCAGGGAAGUUGGCCAUCAAUGUCAUUGGAAUGCAACAUGCAAUUACACUCCAAGACUCAGGGGAAGAAGAUGCUGGUAACUACACAUGUGAGUGCGAGGACAUCAAGACAGAAACUGAAGUCAAAGUAAUCGAAAUCAUCAGAGACUGGUUGGUGAAACCACUGAGAGACCAGCAUGUGAAACCUAAGGCCACAGCCACAUUCAAGUGUGAACUCUUCAAAGACACACCCAACUGGAAGUGGUUCAAAGGGGAUCAAGAGAUUUCCAAUGAUCCCACUGACAAAACAGAGGUCAAGAAAGACGGAAAAGAAGUGACUCUUACCAUCAAGAACUCACAGCCUGAUGAUGUAGGAGAAUAUGCCAUGGAAGUUGAAGGACGUAGAUAUGCUGCUAAACUAACACUUGGAGAACGUGAGGCUGAGAUCCUGAAGCCUCUCUCCAGCAUUGAGGUGGUUGAGAAAGAAAACGCGUCCUUUGAAACUGAGAUAUCUGAAGAGGAUGUGGCCGGAGAAUGGAAACUUAAAGGGCAAAUCCUGACCAGAUCACCAACUUGUGACAUUAAAGCUGAGGGCAUGAAACGUUUCCUCACUCUGAAAAAUGUGGAAGUUGAUCAGUCCGGUGAAGUAUCAUAUCAGGCUCUGAAUGCCAUCACCAGCGCUAUGCUCACAGUAAAAGAAAUCGAAAUGGACUUCACAGUCCCCUUGGAGGACGUGUCUGUACCUGAAAAGAAACAGGCUAAAUUUCAGUGUGCCAUCACAAGGGAUGUGCCAAAGGUCAUGUGGCUAAGGGGUUCUGACAUCAUUUCACAAGAUCAAAAAUAUGAGAUAAUUGAUGAUGGGAAAAAACAUAUGUUGGUCAUUAACAACUGUGAAUUUGAUGAUGAGGCACAAUAUACUAUUGAAGUUUUGGGCAAAAGUUCAACAGCUAAGCUCACUGUCGAGGGUAUGAGGCUUAAAUUUGUCUCACCACUAAAGGACCAAACUGUGAAGGAAGGUCAAACUGCUCAGUUUGAUGUUGAGCUUUCUCAUGAGAAUGUACCAGUGACAUGGUACAGAAAUGAAAUAAAACUGCAUCCAAGCAGAACCAUUGUCACCCAAGUUGAUGGAAAGAAACACAUAUUAAUAAUGAGGGAGUUGACACUAGAUGAUACAUGCCAGAUUAAGGCAGAGGCUAAAGGAUUUCCCUCAAUGGCAAACUUGACGGUGAUAGAGGGUGAUGCAUACUUCAUAGUGAAGUUGCAGGACUAUACCGCUGUGGAGAAAGACGAGGUCACUCUGGACUGUGAACUCAGCAAAGACGUCCCUGUGAUGUGGUACCACAAAGAGACGGAGAUCAAAGCUUCCAAGAUGGUGACCAUAAAGGCUGAAGGGAAACGCAGAGUCCUGUCCAUUAAGAAAGUGGAGGAAAAAGAUAAAGGGCAAUAUGUAUGUGACUGUGGAACUGACAAGACCAUGGCCAAUGUCAAUAUUGAAGCUCGCGAUAUUAAGGUGGUUCGCCCCAUGUAUGGUGUUGAGCUCUUUGACGGUGAGACGGCUCGUUUUGAAGUGGAGAUUUCUGAAGAUGAUAUCCAUGGCCAGUGGAAGUUAAAUGGAGAACCCCUUACUACCUCUCCUGAUGUCGAAAUGAUUGAGGAUGGUGCAAAGCACACUUUGACUUUGUACAACUGCAAGGUAUCCCAGACAGGUGAAGUGGGAUACCAGGGGGCUAAUGCUAAGUGUUCUGCUAACCUAAAAGUUAAAGAGCUUCCAAUUACCUUUGUUAUCCCGCUGAGCGACGUUAACGUGUAUGAGAAGGACGAGGCAAGGUUUGAGUGUGAGGUGUCAAGGGAACCCAAGACCUUCCGUUGGCUCAAGGGAACUCAGGAACUACAGUCUGAUGACAAGUAUGAGAUUACAAAAGAUGGAAAAAGGUUCACAAUGGUGGUAAAAUCUUCUGCCUAUGAUGAUGAAGCCAAGUAUGUGUUUGAGGCAGAGGACAAGAGAACAACUGGAAAACUAAUCAUCCAAGGUAUUCGCCUUGAGUUUGUCAAACCCAUUAAGGAUGUCACAGUGAAGGAGCGUGAGACAGCCGAGUUCAGUAUUGAACUUUCACACGACAAGAUCCAGGUCACUUGGUACAAGAACGAUGUGCGUUUGCAUCCCAGCAAAGUGGUGCACAUGUCAGAUGAUGGCAAGUUCCACACCCUGGCCUUCAAGGAAGUGUCCAUUGAUGAUACUUCUUUGAUAAAAGUGGAGGCCAUGGGAAAGACAUCAGAGGCCAUGCUGACUGUUCUAGAGGGAGAGGCCUAUUUCACAACCAAGUUGCAAGACUACACUGCAGUAGAGAAGGAUGAAGUGACACUGGUUUGUGAACUGAGCAAGGCCUCCGCUCAAGUGAGAUGGUUCAAAGACGGACAGGAAAUUGUUCCCUCCAAAAAUGUGUUAAUCAAAGCUGAUGGAAAGGGGCGUUUUCUUACUGUUAAGAAAGCAGAGAAAGGCAACAUUGGAGAAUACUCAUGUGACUGUGGAACUGACAAAACCACUGCCAGGCUGAAUAUUGAGGAGCGUGACAUCAAGAUAGUCCGUCCCCUGUACAGUGUGGAAGUGACAGAGACUGAGACUGCUCGCUUUGAGACAGAGAUCUCUGAGGAGGAUGUGCAUGGUCACUGGAAGCUCAAAGGAGAAACUCUUCACCAGUCUCCUGACUGUGAGAAAAAGGAGGAGGGAACAAAGCACAUUCUGAUCCUGUACAACGUUCGUAAGGAUCAGGCAGGAGGAGUUGAUUUUCAGGCAGCCAAUGCUAAAUCCAGUGCUCAGCUCAGAGUUAAAGCACGGGUGAUCGGCCUAUUGAGGCCUCUCAAGGAUGUUACUGUUACUGCUGGGGAGACUGCAACAUUCGACUGUGAACUGUCAUAUGAAGGCAUUGCCGUGGAAUGGUUCCUUGGGGGUACAAAGUUGGAACCAAGUGACAGAGUGGUCUUCAGGUCUGAGGGCAGAACUCACACUCUGACUCUCAGAGAUGUGAAGAUGACAGAGGCUGGUGAGGUACAACUCACUGCUAAAGAUUUCCAGACACAGGGCAAACUGAUUGUAAACGAGCCACCAGUUGAGUUCACCAAACCUCUGGAGGACCAGACUGUAGAAGAGGAGGCCACUGCUACUCUGGAAUGUGAAGUUUCCAGAGAAAAGGCUGAAGUUAAAUGGCUCAGAGAUGGACAGGAGAUCCGCAAAACUAAGAAACAUGAAAUGCUUGCUGAUGGCCGCAAGAGAAAACUGAUCAUUCAAGGCUGCACACUUGAUGAUUCUAAGACAUAUUCCUGUGACGCAGGGGAAUUCAAAACAUCUGCUUUCCUGAAUGUUGAACCUCCAAAUGUUGAGUUCAGUAAGCCACUCCAUGAUGUUGAGGUCAAAGAGAAGGAAUCUGCGAGAUUUGAAUGUGAAGUUUCACGUGAAAAUGCCAAGGUUCGCUGGUUUAAGGAUGGCAGUGAAAUCAGAAAAGGGAAAAAGUAUGAAAUAAUUGCAACAGGUCGCCAACAUAUCCUCAUCAUCAACAAGUCAGUCUUUGAUGAUGAAGCUGAGUAUGAAUGCGAUGCAAAGACCUCCAAAUCCUCUGGCAUGCUGACAGUUGUCGAGGAGGAGGCUAGGUUCUCAAAGAACCUGUCUAACGUGGAAGGAACAGAGACAGACAGCGUGAAAAUGAUCUGUGAAGUAUCAAAGCCCAGUGCUGAAGUGACCUGGUACAAGGGUGACCAGGAGCUGCCUGAGGGAGGAAGAUAUGACCAGAUUGUGGAUGGAAAGAAGAGAAUUCUUAUCAUCCAGGAUCUCAAAAUGGACGAUGCUGGAGAGUACAACUGCAGACUGAGCAACGCUAAAACGUCUGCUACACUGAAAAUCAAUGAACUUGCUGCCGAGUUCAUUGCCAAACCUCAGAAUCAGGAGGUGGUUGAAGGAGAAAAGGCUGAGUUUGUCUGCUCGGUCUCCAAGGACACCUUUGAAGUCAAAUGGCUGAAGGAUAACAAGCAGCUAGAAGCUGGUGAUAAGUACCAGAUGAUCUCUGAUGGAAAGAGAAGAACUCUGGUUGUGAAAAACUGUGAACCGAAGGAUGAGGGAGGCUACGCUGUGAUGAUUGGUACCACCAGAGCUACAGCUGACCUGUUUGUUCUCGAGAAACUUAGGAUCAUUACACCCCUCAAAGACACAGAAGCAAAAGAAGGACAAGAGAUUGUCUUGAAUUGCGAAGUGAACACAGAAGGAGCCAAAGCCAAGUGGUUGAAAAAUGACGAGACUAUGUUUGAGAGCAGCAAGUUUGUCAUGGUGCAGAAAGACAAUGUCUUUUCUCUGAGGAUCAAGGAUGGUCAAAAGACAGAUGAAGCUAACUACACUAUCACACUAACAAACCAGCGUAAUGAACAUGCUAAGAGUUCUGCAAAACUCACUGUCAAAGAGGAGAGUCUGAAAAUUAUUGCUCCUCUGGAAGAUGUUGACACACAAGAGAAGAAGACAAUUACCUUCUCCUGCAAGGUGAACAGACCAAAUGUCACUGUCAAGUGGAUGAAGGCUGGCCAGGAGAUUACCAUGAGCAAGCGUAUCCUGUACAGGGUAGACAAAGACAAGCACACGUUGACCAUCAAGGACUGUACUCUGGCCGAUGAGGGUGAAUACACCGCAGUUGCCGGUGAUGACAAAUGCACCGCUGAGCUUAUCAUCAGUGAGGCACCCACAGACUUUUCCACACAACUCAAAGACCAGACCAUCACUGAGUUUGAGGAUGCUGAGUUCACCUGCAAGAUCACCAAGGAGAAAGCAGAUGUCAAAUGGUACAGGAAUGGACGUGAAAUUAGAGAAGGGCCGAGAUAUAAGUUCAGUAAGGAGGGAAAGAUCUGCAAACUGCAAAUCAAGGAGUGCAGACCAGAUGAUGAGUGUGAAUAUGCUUGUGGAGUUGACGAGAAACGAUCCAGGGCCAGGCUCUUCGUUGAAGAGACGACUGUUGAGAUUGUUAGACCACCCAAGGAUGUGUAUGAGCCUCCAGGUUCAGAUGUUGUCUAUGAAGUUGAGUUGAACAAAGACAAAGUUGAGGUCAAAUGGUUGAGGAACAACAUGACUAUUGUCCAGGGAGACAAGUACCAGAUGAUGAGUGAAGGAAAAGUCCACAGACUGCAGGUGUGUGAGAUUAGACCCCGUGACCAGGGAGAGUACAGAAUCAUCGUCAAGGACAAGGAUGCCAAAGCCAAGCUGGAACUGGCAGCCAUUCCAAAGAUUAAGACCACCGACCAGAGCUUUGUGACAGACGCAGGAAAGCCCAUUGUGAUGGCUGUUCCUUACAGUGCCUAUCCCAAAGCUGAGGCAGACUGGCUGUACAACACUCUAAGCAUGCCCAAGGACAACAUUCACACAGCCACAGACAAAACUGAGUACAGACUGAAGGACCCCAAGAAAUCUGAUGAGGGACGCUACAAGGUGGUCAUCAAGAACAAACAUGGAGAGGGAGAAGCGUUCAUCAACCUCAGUGUCAUUGACAUUCCUGGCCCUGUCAAAAACCUGCAAGUGGUUGACACUGCAGACGGUGAGGUCAGCCUGGCCUGGGAUGAGCCGGAGAGCGAUGGUGGCAGCAAGAUCAUUGCUUACGUGGUGGAAAGGCGUGAUGUAAAGCGCAAGACCUGGACACUGGCCACAGACCGCUCUGAAGCUCCAGAGUACUGUGUAACUGGGCUCCAGAAGGACUCCAUGUAUCUGUUCCGUGUCUGCGCUCGCAACAGAGUUGGCAGUGGACCCAAUGUAGAGACAGACAAACCUGUACAACCGAAGAAUAAGUUUGACGUUCCUGAUGCACCUCAGAAUGUGAAGGUAGGAAAUGUUAGCAAAUUUGGAGCAACUGUGUCUUGGGAACCUCCUCGGUCUAAUGGAGGAUCAGAGAUCACCUCCUACAUCAUCGAGCUUCGUGAUAGAACGUCUGUGAAUUGGUCUGCCGCGCUGGUCACCAAACCCGAGGACCGCAGCGCCAUCCUUAAUGAUGUCAUUGAGAACAAAGAAUACAUCUUCAGGGUCAAAGCUGAGAACAAAGCUGGAAUUGGCAAGCCAAGCGCUGCCACCAACCCAGUCAAAAUCAUGGACCCCAUCGAGAGGCCCAGCCCCCCUAUGAACCUGGUCCAUUCAGAACAGAACAAGAACUCAGUCCAGCUAUCCUGGGAGACUCCCCUGAAAAAUGGAGGCAGCAUGAUCACAGGCUAUAUCAUUGAGAGGUGUGAGGAUGGAACAAACAAGUGGCUCAGAUGCAACGCUAGGCUCUGCCAGGACCUUUGCUAUAAGAUCUCUGGUCUGAAGUAUGGUCUGAAGUACAACUACAGAGUAUUUGCUGAGAACGCAGCUGGAAUGUCGGAUUCCUCUAACAUUGUUGGACCUCUACUGGCUGAUGAUCCCCACUUUGCCCCCACUUUUGAUCUCGGUGCCUUUAAGGACGGCCUGGAGGUCAUCGUUCCUCACCCUCUCACUAUCCGUGUCCCUAUCUCUGGAUAUCCCAUUGCCACUGCUAAGUGGACCUUUGGAGAUAAGCAGAUGACUGCCGGGGAUCGUGUAUCCAUGGUUACAAAGAGUACCUUCACAGAACUGCUAGUCACCCCCAGUGUGCGCCCAGACAAGGGCACAUACACCCUGCACCUGGAGAACGACGUGUCUUCCGUCUCAGGAGAUAUCGAGGUCACUGUUAUCGCAUCUCCAAGUGCACCCAAGGACUUUAAGGUUGCAGAAGUUACCAGACAACACGUGCACCUGAUGUGGGAGGCACCAGAGCAUGACGGAGGAAGCCCUCUGACUGGCUACCAGAUAGAAAAGCGUGAUGUGUCCCGCAAGACCUGGGUGAAGGUGAUAACUGGCGUUCAGGACCAAGAGUUCACUGUGACUGAUGUCGUUGAGGGGAAGGAGUAUCUUUUCAGAGUUACUGCCUGCAAUAAAUGUGGUCCAGGAGAGCCUGCUUACAUUGACGAGCCAGUCAAUGUCUCCUCUCCCGCCACUGUGCCAGACCCCCCUGAGAACCUGAGAUGGAGGGACAAGUCUGCUCAUGGCAUCUUCCUGACCUGGGAGCCCCCUAAAUAUGAUGGUGGCACUGGUAUCAGAGGCUACAACGUAGACAGAUGCCAGCGUGGCACAGACAAGUGGGAGCCCUGUGGCGAUCUUGUACCAGAACUCAAGUUGGAGGUAACUGGUCUGACUGAGGGACAGUGGUAUUCCUAUCGUGUUAGAGCUUUGAACAGACUAGGAGCCAGCAGACCCUGCAAGGCCACAGAUGAAAUCCUGGCUGUUGACCCCAAAGAGGCUCCAGAGAUUCUGCUUGAUGUGAAGCUACUUGCUGGACUGACUGUGAAGGCUGGAGCUAAAAUUGAGCUUCCAGCUGAUGUGCUUGGAAAGCCAGUACCUAAAGUGAAAUGGACCAAGGCUGACCUGGCCCUGAAGACAGAUGACAGAGUGUCUAUUGUUGACAAGCCUGGUCACUCUAUGGUGACUGUUGCCAAAACAGUGAGAGAGGACACAGCCACCUACAUCAUUGAAGCGGUCAACAGCAGUGGCCGUGCAGCUGCAACUGUGGAUGUCAAUAUUCUUGAUAAGCCAGGUCCUCCUGCUGCCUUUGACAUUUCUGAGAUCACCAAUGAGUCCUGCUUCCUUGCAUGGAACCCUCCCAGAGAUGACGGGGGCUCUAAGGUCACCAACUACAUUGUGGAGAGGCGAGCUGCAGACAGCCAGAUCUGGCACAAGCUUUCUUCCACUGUCAAACAGACCACCUACAAGGCCAUCAACCUGGUGGCCUUUAAGGAGUAUGUUUUCAGGGUGUUUGCAGAGAAUCAGUUUGGAAUUGGUGCAGCAGCUGAACAUGCUCCAAUCGUCGCUAGAUAUGCCUUUGACACUCCUGGGGCCCCCACUAAGCUCGAGCCCUCGGACAUUGCCAAGGACUCCCUGACUCUCACCUGGUAUGAGCCAGAGGAGGAUGGUGGUAGUCCCAUCACUGGCUACUGGGUGGAGAGGUUGGAACCUGACACUGACAGAUGGAUGAGAUGCAACAAACUUCCCAUUAGGGACACUACCUUCAGAGUGAAAGGCUUGCCUACAAGGAAGAAGUACAAGUUCAGAGUCCUGGCUGAGAAUCUGGCCGGACCUGGAAAGCCUAGCAAGGAAACAGAUCUGAUCCUAGUCAAAGAUCCAAUUGACCCUCCAUGGGCUCCUGGUAAGCCAACGGUCAAGGAUGUGGCCAAAACCUCUGCCUUUUUGAUGUGGACCAAGCCUGAGCAUGACGGAGGGGCUAAGAUUGAGUCCUACAUCAUUGAAAUGCUGAAGAGUGGAACGGUGGACUGGAUCCGUGUUGCUGAAGACAUCAAUAUUCUGGAGCACUUCCUAAAAAGCCUGAUGGAGAAGCAGGAGUACUCCUUCCGGGUCAAGGCUGUCAAUGCGGCUGGAGAAAGUGAACCUAGCGAGCCUAGCGACCCCGUACUUUGCAAAGAGAGGCUCAACCCACCAACUCCUCCUCGCUGGCUGGAGGUGAUAACAAUCACCAGGAAUAGCGCUGAGCUGAAGUGGACUGCCCCAGAAAGAGAUGGAGGGUCUCCUGUCACCAACUACGUCAUUGAGAAGAGGGAUGUCAGACGUAAAGGCUGGCAGGCAGUAGACACCACUGUAAAGGAGACCAAGUACACGGUGACUCCUCUAAACGAGGGCUCCCUGUACGUAUUCCGUGUGGCCGCUGAGAACGCUGUUGGACAAAGUGGAUUCUGUGAAAUGGAGGACUCCAUUUUGGCUAAGGACACUUUCACUACUCCUGGGCCACCCUAUAAUGUGGCCGUGCUGAGUGUGUCCAAGAGACACGUUGAUCUUCAGUGGGAGGCUCCACAGAAUGAUGGUGGAAGACCCAUACUGAGGUAUUCCAUUGAGAAGAAAGAGAAGCUGGGAACACGCUGGGUGAAGUGUGGUAAGACCUCCGGACCUGACUGCAAGUACAGGGUAACUGACGUCAUUGAGGGAACUGAGGUUCAAUUCCAAAUCCGGGCUGAGAAUGAGGCUGGUGCUGGACAUCCCAGUGAACCUACUGAGAUCCUUACAGUUGAAGAUCCUACAGGACCUCCCUCUCCUCCCAUUGAGCUUCAUGUGACUGGAGCCAGCCGAGACUACAUUUCCAUUGCCUGGAAGGCCCCUGAAAGGACAGGCGGAGCCUCUAUCUCUGGCUAUCAUAUUGAGAUGUGCGAGGCUGGCACCGAAAAGUGGAUGAGGGUCAACUCUAGACCCGUCAAAGAAAUGAAGUUCAGGGUAGAAGAGGGUAUCGUUCCAGAGAAACAGUACGUCAUAAGGGUCCGGGCCAUCAACUCUGUUGGCGUCAGUGAGCCCUCUGACAUAUCGGAGAAUGUCUUUGCCAAGGACUCUGACUGCAACCCAACUCUGGAGUUCCAGACCCUGGAUCUGGUGGUUGUGGAAGGUGAGAAGAUGCAUCUGCCAGUUCCCUUCAGAGCUGUGCCCCAGCCCAAGAUCACUUGGCACAAAGAUGGCAAGGAGAUGAAGGCUGAUGAGAGACUGACGUUCAGGUCAGAGUACACAUCCUGCCACAUGGAGAUUGAUAGCUGUCUGCACGCUGAUGCUGGCCAGUACAAGGUCACCUUGGAGAACAAUCUUGGAGCCUGCAGUGGGACCAUGAAUGUUAAAGUCAUUGGCCUUCCUGCUCCAUGCAAAGAGAUUAUUGCCACUGACAUCACUAAGAACUCCUGCAAGGUGUCCUGGGACCCUCCAGACUAUGAUGGAGGAAGCCCCAUCCUCCACUAUGUGCUACAGCGCAGGGAAGCUGGCAGGAGGACCUACGUCAACAUGAUGUCCGGAGAAAACAAGGUCAGCUGGCCCGUGAAAGACCUCAUCCCCAACGGAGAGUACUACUUCCGGGUCAAAGCUGUCAACAAGAUUGGUGGAGGAGAGUGUAUUGAGCUGAAAAACCCUGUUAUCGCAGAGGAUCAGAAACAACGCCCUGACCCACCUGUUGACGUUGAAACACACAACCCCACUGCCAAGACCAUCACUCUAACAUGGAAGCCUCCAAUGUAUGACGGAGGCUGUAAGAUCAUGGGCUACAUCCUGGAGAAGAUGAUGAAGGGAGAAGAUAAAUUUGAGAGGUGUAACGACUUCCUGGUCCCCGUGCUGUCGUACACAGUCAGGGGUCUGCGUGAUGGCAAGCAGUACCAGUUCCGUGUGAUCGCAGAGAACGCAGCUGGAGUCAGUGACCCAUCUCGUAGCACUCCCAUGGUGAAGGCCUCUGACGCCGUUGAACCACCCAAGGUGUUCCUGAGUGGUAAUCUGCAGUCUGGCCUGAAUAUCAAGAGAGGUUGUGAGAUCCGCCUGGAUGCCUGUAUCUCUGGCUCCCCAGCCCCUUCCGUCACCUGGCUGUGGAACGAUAAAAUCAUCAGACCUGAAGCCCUCAGGAAGAGAACAGAGAAACCCAUCGUCAAGAAGGUAGAUACAGAGAAAGAAAAGAAAGAAAAGGAGGACAAGGAAAAGGAGGUGAAGAAAGAGGAGGGUAAAGAGGAGAAGAAAGAAGAGAAAAAAGAGGAGAAGGCGGAGGAGAAAAAGGAGGAGAAGAAGGAGGAGAAGAAGGAGGAGAAGAAGGAGGAGAAAAAAGAGGAGAAAAAAGAGGAGCAGCCUGCUCUUGAAUUUGAGGAGCCAGAUUACCCCACCCUCAAUGAGCGUUUGACCAUUGAUGACCGUAAAAGGGGAGAGUCAUGUGCUAUCGUCAGGGAGACAAUAAGAGGUGACCAUGGUGUCUACACCAUCAAGGUGGAGAAUGAUCAUGGUGUGGCGUCCGCCACUUGUGAAGUCAACGUACUAGAUACACCUGGACCUGCUGUCAACUUCAGGUUUGAGGAAGUGAGAAAGAACACAGUUAUCUGCAAGUGGAAUCCCCCUCUUGAUGAUGGUGGAAGUGAGAUCUUAAACUACACCCUGGAGAAAAAAGACAACUCCAAGAUGGAGAUUGGCUGGGUUACUGUGACCUCAACCCUUAGGGGGUGUAAGUACCUUGUGACAAAGCUGAUUGAAAAGAAGGAGUACAUCUUCCGCGUCACAGCCGAGAACAAGUUUGGUGCCGGACCACCCUGCGUCUCUGCGCCACUCAUCGCAAAGAAUCCAUUCGAUCCCCCCGAAGCUCCUGAGAAGCCUGAAAUAGAGGACAUCACUGCUACCUCCAUGCUGGUGACCUGGACCCCACCCAAGGACAACGGCAGCCCCAUCCUGGGUUACUGGGUGGAAAGGAGGGAAAUCAACAGCAGCCACUGGACCAGGGUGAACCGCAACAUCGUAGAAGACAUGGAGCUCAACGUGGAAGGUCUGUUGGAGGGUCUCACCUACAUCUUUAGAGUUGCUGCUGAGAACCAGGCUGGCCCCGGGAAGUUCAGCGUCCCCUCGGAACCCAAGACGGCACAGGAACCAAUCUUGCCUCCUGGGCCACCCUUCCCCAGAGUGGUUGACACCACAGAGUCUUCUAUUGAUGUGGAAUGGGAUCCUCCUACUUACAAUGGUGGAGGGGAGAUCCUGGGCUACCACGUUGACAAGACGAUGGCUGGGACCAAGGACUGGUCCCGCUCCACCGAGAGGCCCUGGAAGAACCGAACCUUUACAGUCUUUGGGGUCCGAGAGGGCGCCAAGUACAUUGUCAGGGUGAUUGCCUGUAAUGCUGCUGGAGAGGGCACACCUGGGGUGACAGAGGCUGUCUUCGUCAGGGACCCUCAAGAAAUCCCAGUGGUGGAGUUAGACCUUACAGUGAAGAAUGGUGUUGUGAUCAGAGCUGGAGAGACACUGUCUCUGCCUGCCCAUGUGACUGGCAGACCUCCUCCAGACAUCAAAUGGACCAAAGAUGACGAAGCUCCAGAGAAAGAGCGCGUUGAGGUGGAGAACGUUGGAAAGGAAAGCCAUCUCCGCAUCAAGAACGUCCAGAGGAAGGACGUCGGCAAAUACCAGAUUACUGCCUCCAAUCCCAGUGGAACAAAGUCUGCCUGGACCAGGGUUGAUGUGAUGGAUGUGCCUGGGCCUGUACUGGACCUGAAGCCAGUUGUUGUGACUCGUAAAUUGAUGAUGUUGAAUUGGUCCGACCCUGAUGACGAUGGUGGCAGUGAUGUGACUGGUUUCAUUAUUGAGAGGAAGGACGCAAAGAUGCACACAUGGAGGCAGCCAAUUGAGACCCCCUCAUCUAAGUGUGAGAUCGUGGGCAUCGUUGAGGGACAGGAUUACAUGUUCCGUGUUGUUGCUAAGAACAAGUUUGGCUGUGGACCACCUGUGGACCUGGGCCCAAUUAAAGCAAUUGAUCCUCAAGGUCCACCAACCGCCCCUGAGAGGUUCCACUACACCGAGAGAACCAAGUCCUCCCUCAGUCUGGCCUGGAGACCUCCCCGUAAUGACGGUGGCAGUCCAAUCAUUGGCUACUGGGUUGAGAAGAAGAGGCAGGAUGCUGCGGCAUUCGAGCUUUGUAACAAAGAGAUGUGCACUGCUCUCACCAUGGAAGUAGACGGUCUCGAAGAGCUGCUUUUGUAUGAGUUCCGAGCCAAGGCUGUCAACCUGAUCGGAGAGAGUGAGGCCUCCAUUACAAUGACGGUUGUGAUUCAGGAUGAUGAAGUGGCCCCCGUUGUGACAAUGUUGAAGGUCUUCAAGGGUGACAACAUCACAGUUAAGAAGGGAGAGCCUAUUGAGAUCCCAGCUGAGGCCACUGGUCUCCCUCCACCCAAGGUGGAAUGGUUCAAGGAUGAGGUCAUCAUUGCGGAGCCCACUGAGACACUUCUGAUGGAGACAAAGGAAGUGAACAGGAUGAAGGUUGACACCAAACUCAGCAUUCCUGUUGCUGCCAGGAAGGACAAGGGCACCUAUACCAUAACAGCUUCCAAUCGCUUGGGAAAUGCUAGUCAUACCAUCACCGUCAUGGUGCUUGAUCGCCCUCUGCCACCUAGGAACUUAGAAGUCUCCAACAUCAGGACUGAGUCCUGUUACCUCCACUGGGAGGCGCCAUUGGACAAUGGUGGCAGUGAGCUGACAAACUACAUUGUGGAGAGGAAGGACAUCAACACAGAGAACCCAGAAGAGAACUCUGACUGGGUGGAGGUCACAAACAGCAUCAUAGAGAAAAGAUUUGGGGUGUGGAACCUUAUAACAGGCAAUACCUACCAGUUCCGCGUCAGAGCAGAGAACCGUUAUGGGAAGAGUGAUGCCUGUGAAUCAGAGGAGGUCCUGAUCAAGGAUCCCUUCGGUCUGCCAGGUCCCCCAGAAAAGCCCACCAUUGCAGAGUACUCCAAGACCUCCAUGGUGGUGACCUGGGAACCGCCUCUGGACAACGGAGGCUCUCUCAUCAGUGGCUACUGGCUGGAGAAGAGGGAAAAGGGCUCCUCUUACUGGGCUCGUGUCAAUAAGUCACCUGUGACCAAGAGAGGCCUGAAGGGCUGGGAGUUCCAGGUGACCCGUCUAAAUGAGGGCCUGGAGUAUGAGUUCCGUGUCAUGGCCUGCAACUGUUCCGGUGUUGGACCCCCAAGUGGACCCUCGGACUCGGCCUUCGCAGUAGAUCCUAUAACUCCUCCUGGUAUGCCGGCUGCUCCAGUGGUGGCAGACAAGAAUAAGCACAGUGUGACCCUGUCCUGGACUCCACCUGAGAAGGACGGAGGCAACCCUAUCAAGGGCUACAUUAUUGAAGCUCAAGAUGAGGGGACAUCAGAGUGGUCCAGAGUCACUGACCCAGAAAACCCACACCCCACCACAGAAUUCACUGUGCCAGGCCUGAAGGAGCUGAAACUCUACCGCUUCAGAAUCAUUGCUGUCAAUGACAUCGGAGAGUCAGAUCCAAGCCCCAAGACCACUGAGAUCCUGGUGGAGGAAGUUCACGUGGAGCCUAAGAUCUUUGUGGAAGUGAGCGCUCAUGACCUGCUAUGUAUCCGGGCUGGUGCUCCUUUCAAAAUCCCAGCUGUCAUCAAGGGACGACCUGUUCCUAAGGUGACCUGGGAGUUUAAUGGACCAGCCAAGACCCACAAGAAGAAUCGCCUCCACACACUCCCUGUGGACGCAGAGGUUGAGUCUACUGACACCACCUCGGUCAUCACUGUCCCAGAGAGCAAGAGGAACCACUCUGGCAGGUUCACCAUCACAGCCAAAAACAAAGCCGGACAGAAACACGUCAAUGUCUUUGUCAACGUCCUUGACGUACCUGGACCUCCUAAGGCGCUGAGAGUGACAGACAUUGCCAGGGCAACCAUGAGGCUGAUCUGGAAGCUGCCAGAUAACGAUGGUGGGGAGAGAAUAAAGAGCUACUUCAUUGAGAAGAAGACCUUGACGAGCAAAGCCUGGACCACGGUUAACCCUGCGUGUGCCAGCCAGGCCUUUGUGGUGCCAGACUUGCUGGAGGGACAGGAUUACCUGUUCCGCGUGCGGGCUGAGAACCGCCUGGGCUUUGGACCCUACACUGUGACCACUGAGCCUGCCAGGGCUAGAGACCCCAUCUACCCCCCUGACCCUCCAACCCAUGUCAAGGUCAACCUUGUGACCAAGAACACCGUGACACUGACCUGGGUUCCUCCCAAGAACAAUGGUGGUUCUCCUGUCAAACAUUACAUCAUCGAGCGCCUGAGCUGGGACACCAGUGGCAAGGAGAAGGAAACAUGGAAACAAUGCAACAAACGUAAUGUGGAGGAACUUACCUUCAUUGUAGAGGACCUGAAGGAAGGUGGCGAGUAUGAGUUCAGAGUCAAGGCUGUGAACGAGGCAGGCCUUAGCAGGCCCUCUGCCACAGCUGGACCACUCGCCAUCAAGGACCAGACAUGCGCUCCAUCCAUCGAGUUAAGAGAGGCCCUGGACGGAGAGGAGGGUUGUGAUGUUAGCCUUGUAGCCAAAAUCCAGGGCUGUCCUUUCCCAACUCUAACCUGGCAGAAGGCCGCCCUGGAUAAGCCAGAGGUGAAGGCUGCUGUUCACUAUGAUCAGCACGUCAACAAGCUGGUGUCUAACGACAAGUGUACACUGCUGAUACAGCAGUCAAAGAGAGAUGACAGUUCCCUCUACACCAUCACUGCCAGCAACAGCCUGGGCACAGCCAGCAAGGAUAUUAAACUCACUGUACUUGGGCGGCCUGGACAACCUGUUGGACCUAUCAAGUUCACUGAAGUGUUUGCAGAGAGGAUUGGGUUGUCAUGGAACCCACCCAAGGAUGACGGCGGCUCCAAAGUAACAAACUAUGUUGUUGAGAAGCGUGAGGAGAGCAGGAAGUCAUGGGUUCAUGUCUCUAACGACCCUAAAGAGUGUGCCUACAUCGUCCAGAGGCUAACAGAGGGACACGAAUAUGAGUUCCGCAUUAUGGCUCAGAACAAAUUUGGAGUUGGACCUCCACUGAUGAGCGAGCCUGAGAAAGCCAGGAAUCUUUUCACUGUCCCUGGCCAGUGUGAGAAACCCACUGUCACAGACGUAUGCCUGGAGUCCAUGAUCGUCAACUGGGAGGAGCCAGAGUAUGACGGGGGAUCGUCGGUGACAGGCUUCUGGCUGGAAAAGAAAGAGACCACAAGCAAGCGCUGGAGCCGAGUGAACCGUGACCAAAUCAGGAGCUCGCCUCUCGGUGUGAACUACGAAGUCACUGGUCUUCUGGAAGGAGCACUCUACCAGUUCAGAGUCAUUGCCAUCAAUGCAGCAGGAUGUGGCCUGCCCAGUGUGCCCUCUGACCCUAUCCUCUGCAGAGACCCCAUUGCUCCCCCUGGACCUCCCACACCCAAAGUGACAGACUGGACCAAGUCCACUGUAGAUCUGGAAUGGAUUCCACCUCUGAUUGAUGGUGGAUCUAAGAUCACUGGUUACUUUGUUGAGUUCAAAGAAGAAAAGAAAGAGGGAGAGAAAGAAAAAGAGAUUAAGGCAAUGUUGGAUGAUGGAGAGGAGAAAGAAGUGGAAGUAGAAGAGUGGGAAAAGGCCAAAGAUAAGGAGAUCAGAGGAACCAAGUUUGUGGUGAGUGGGCUGAAGGAGCUGGGGCUGUACCGGUUCCGAGUGAGAGCAGUGAAUGCUGCAGGAGUUGGUGAUCCUGGAGAUGUUUCUGAAGUCAUUGAGGUCAAAGACAGAACAAUUCCCCCAGAGGUAGACCUGGACGCUACAGUAAAGGAGAAAAUUGUGGUUCAUGCUGGUGGAACGAUUCGUAUCAUUGCCUAUGUGUCUGGCAAGCCGGUACCAGAGAUCUCUUGGAACCGUGAUGACACGGAUCUGCCUAAAGAGGCAGCUGUGGAGACCACAUCUAUCAGCUCUGCGUUGGUCAUUAAGAACUGCAGGAGACACCACCAGGGUAUCUACACACUGACUGCAAAGAAUGAAGGAGGCGAAAGGAAAAAGGCUGUUAUUGUGGAAGUGUUGGAUGUCCCUGGCCCAGUGGGUCUACCCUUCUGUGGAGUAAAUCUCACCACUGACUCUUGCAAGCUGACGUGGUGUUCCCCCGCGGACGACGGUGGCUCUGCCAUCACCAACUACAUCAUUGAGAAGAGAGAGUCAGACCGUAUGGGCUAUACCUCUGUCUCCUACACUGUCACCCGCCACAAUGCUGUGGUCCAGGGUCUGCUGGAUCAAAAAGGCUACUUUUUCAGAAUUGCUGCUGAGAAUAUCAUUGGAAUGGGUCCUUUCAUCGAAACAGACAAAAUGGUCCUCAUUAAAGAUCCCAUCUCCAUCCCUGAGCGUCCCGAGGAUUUGGAAGUCACAUCUAUCAAGAAGGACUCCAUCAGCGUUGCCUGGAGACCGCCCAAGUACGACGGUGGUUCUGAGGUCACCAGCUAUGUGCUGGAGGCUCGUCUGAUCGGAAAGGACAACUUUUCACGCAUUUCAGAGGACCCGCUGAUGGACAGAAAGUUCGCCCACGUGGGGUUGAAGGAAGCCUCCACCUAUGAGUUCCGCGUUAGCGCAGUGAACCAAAUUGGUCAGGGCAAGCCCUCCUUCUGCACCAAGCCCAUCACUUGCAAGGACGAAAUUGAACCUCCAACUCUGGACCUUGACUUCAGAGACAAAACUAUUGUGCGUGUUGGAGAUGCUUGCACUCUUCAGGGUCGUUACACAGGCAAGCCAGCACCCACCAUCACCUGGACCAAGAACGAUGAGGAGCUAAAGGCUGAGGAUGACGUCUCCCUCACCAACACCACAAGGACCUUGAGCCUGACCAUCAGCAAGGCAAAGCGUGAACACAGUGGCAAAUACACUGUAGCUGUGGAGAACAUCACUGGAACACGCAAGGGAUUCUGCAAUGUCACAGUUGUUGAUCGGCCCCAGCCUCCGGAAGGCCCGGUAGUGUUUGACGAGGUGUACAGGAACUACAUGGUGAUUUCCUGGAACCCUCCUCUGGAUGACGGCGGCUGUCCUAUCUCCACCUACAUUGUGGAGAAGAGAGACACCAACAGAGAGCUGUGGAUGCCUGUUACAUCAUCAUGUACCAGGACCUCUUGUAAGGUUCCCAAGCUGAUUGAGGGACGAGAUUACAUCAUCAGGAUCUGCGCUCAAAACAUUUACGGCAUCAGCAACCCACUGCUGUCUGCUGAGACAAAGGCUAAGGAUGUCUUCAAGGUUCCAGAUGCUCCUACACAGCCUGUAGUGAAGGAGAUUUUCAAGGACACGGCCUUGCUGACCUGGAUCCCCCCUGCAGUUGAUGGUGGCAAGCCCAUCACUAACUAUGUCGUUGAGAGGAAGGAGACAAUGUCCACUAGGUGGAUACGUGCUGGCAAGGACCGUAUAUUCCCCACACCAGAGUACUGGGUGCCAGACCUCCUCCCGGGAUGUGAAUAUGAGUUCCGUGUCAUGGCAGAAAACGUUGUUGGAGUUGGCGAUCCUAGCCCUUCGUCUAAACCUAUCUUCGCUAAAGAUCCAAUUGUGAUUCCAAGCCCACCAGAGCUCGUUGAGGCCAUAGACAAUACCAAGGAGUCUGUCUCUUUGUCCUGGAAACCUCCUAAGGACUGCGGCAGGGGAAAGAUCUUCGGUUACUUGGUGGAGUUCCAGAAAGCUGGGGAUGAGGAUUGGCAAAAAGUAAACCAAACUCCAGAUUCCUGCCAGGAGACCAAGUUCAAGGUGAUCAACCUGGAAGAUGGGUCCCUGUACCGCUUCAGAGUGACGGCUGUGAAUGCAGCCGGAGAGUCUGAAGCAGCAUACGUCAAGGAGCCAGUCAGAGCACUGGACAGGCUUGAACCCCCGGAGCUCCUGCUUGAUGCUGGUAUGGCCCGUGAGAUCAAGGCCAUGGCAGGAACCCACAUCAGCCUGAUUGCUGGCAUCAAGGGUAUCCCCUUCCCCAAGGUCACCUGGAAGAAGAACGAGGCAGAUGUGCCUACCAGGGCUGAGAUUGAGGUCAACCAGACAGGAACCAAGCUUCAGAUGCGUUACUGCAACCGUGAUGACUGUGGUGACUACACCCUAACUGUUGAAAACGCAGCUGGCUCCAAGACUGCCACCUGCACCGUGCUUGUCCUCGACAAACCUGGCCCUAUCCAGCACCUGAGGAUCUCUGAGGUGAGGAGCGACUCUGCCUACAUUUCCUGGAAGGACCCGGAAGACAAUGGGGGAGCUCGAAUCACCAACUUUGUGGUGGAGAAGAAGGAUGCAGCAGCCCCACAAUGGGUGCCUGUCUGCUCCUCCUCCAAGAAGCGCAGCAUGAUGGCCAAACAUCUGAUGGAGGGCACCUCCUAUUUCUUCCGUGUGGCCGCUGAGAAUCAGUUUGGCCGGAGUGAAUACAUUGAAACCACCAAAGCUGUCAAGGCCAUGAACCCUCUCUUCCCACCUGGACCACCAAAGGACUUGCAUCAUGUUGAUGUGGACAAGACAGAGGUGUGGUUGGUUUGGAACUGGCCAGAUCGCAAUGGUGGAAGCGACAUCUCAGGAUUCCUGGUUGAGUACCAAGAGGAAGGAGAGAGAGACUGGAUUAUCUUCAAGAAUGUCAGCAUCCCUGAGAGUCAUGUGACUGGUUUAGAGGAAGCAAAGACCUACAGGUUCCGUGUUAGAGCAGAAAAUGCAGUCGGCUUGAGCAGGCCUGACACCACUCUACCCGUCCUCUGCCAGGAGAAACUGGUGGCUCCUAUUGUUGAGAUGGAUGCAAAGCUUAUUGAGGGCAUUAUUGUGAAGGCAGGAACCACUAUCAGACUCCCAGCCAUAAUGAGAGGUAUUCCGGUGCCCACUGCCAAAUGGUCAAUUGAUGGAACCGAGAUCACCACAGAGGGAAACAUCAAGGUUGACACUGACAACUUUUCCACUGUCCUGAGUGUCAAUGAAUGCACUAGAAACCACACUGGCAUCUAUCUCCUGACUGUGUCCAACCCAGCUGGUACCAAGACCAUGGCUCCGAAUGUGACUGUUUUGGAUGUGCCUGCUGCUCCCAUUGGACCAGUUAACAUCCUGGAGGUAACCCCUGAUUCCAUGGAGAUAGACUGGCGUCCACCUAAGGAUGAUGGUGGAAGUCCUGUCAUAAAUUACAUAGUUGAGAAGAGAGAGUCUAAGAAGGAGACGUGGGGAGGAGUGAGCUCUGGCAGCACAGCCACCCAGCUUAAGAUAACCCGUCUGCAGAAGGGAGUUGAGUAUGUGGUGCGUAUCCGUGCAGAAAACAAGAUAGGGAUUGGUGCACCUCUUGAGAGUGCACCAACUGUUGCACAACACUCGUUUGAGGCACCUGCACAUCCAGGCAAACCAAACACAUCAGACAUAGCAGAGGAUGCUGUGACUGUGGGUUGGACCAUGCCACUAUUUGAUGGUGGUAGUCCCAUCAGUGGAUACAUCAUCGAGCGUCGACACAAGGGUGGAAAAUGGAUCCGUGUCAACAAGACUCCAUGCAAGGAUCUUAGAUACAGAGUGCUGGGGCUCUUUGAGGGAAAUGAAUAUGAGUUCAGAGUUUUCGCUGAAAACAUUACUGGUUACAGUGGACCGUCUCCUACCUCAGACCCAUGCAAACCAUGUCGUCCAAUCACAGUCCCUGGACCUCCAGUUAACCCUAGAAUCAAGGACUACAGCAAGUCAAAUGCAGAGCUGGUUUGGAUUAAGCCAAACAAAGACGGAGGCAGUUCCAUCCUGGGCUACAUUGUUGAAAUACAGAAAGCUGGUGCACCUGAGUGGGAGAAAGUAAACAAGGAUGAUAACAUUAAACUGUGUGCCUACACAGUGAAAGGUCUGGAAGAGGGCCUAGAAUAUAGAUUCCGUGUCAGGGCUUGCAACAUGAUAGGAGAUGGAGAGUCAAGAGACAUCCCUGAAUCCGUUGUUGCACAGGAUAUUCUCAUCCCUCCAGAGAUUGAAAUGGAUGCUACAUGCCGUGACCGUCUGACUGUCCGUGUCGGACACAACAUUAACAUUAUUGGCUAUGUGAAAGCCAGACCUGACCCUGAGAUCACCUGGAAGAAGGGCGAGACUGUGCUGGAGACGGAGAAGCGCACAACUGUUAUUCUCAAUUUACCUGUUGUUCAACUGAAAAUCAAGGAGGCAACUAGGGGAGACCACGGCAAAUACAUUCUGAGGGCCAACAACUAUAGUGGUGAGGCCGAAGCUAUAAUCACUGUGAAUGUUCUGGACAGGCCUGGGCACUGUAAGAACCUAAAGUUAACAUAUGUGACCAAAUCAUCUUGCAUGGUAAACUGGGAUAACCCUGAGGACAAUGGAGGCUCGGAAAUCACCAAUUACAUUGUUGAAUGUCGUGAACCCAGCCAGAGGUUGUGGGCCAUGAUCUCCUCAGAUUGCUCAAACCGCAUGGUUAAAGCCAAACUUAUGGAGGGUCACGAGUAUUUGUUCCGUGUUUGUGCUGUGAACAAAUGUGGCCUUGGACCAACCACUGAAACAAAAGUACCAAUCCUCGCUAUUGACCCCAUCGAGAAGCCUGGCGAGCCAGAGAACUUCCACAUUACUGACAUUGGAAAGAACCAUGUUUUCCUGAAAUGGAGAAAACCAGACUAUGAUGGAGGUAGCCCUAACAUUUCAUACAACCUGGAAUUUAAGACUAAAGAUGCUGAACAAUGGGAAGAAUUGAACCCUGAUCUUCUCACUAGCACAUUUUUCAUGGCUGACAAAUGCACAGAAAAACAGAUUUAUCAAUUCAGAGUGCAGACUUGCAAUGAGGGUGGAGAGAGCGCCUGGGUAAAGACUGGAGACGUUCUCGUUAAGGAAGAUAUUCAGAAACCUGUGCUUGACAUGAAGAUGGUUGGCACUCUUGUGGUGAAGGCAGGUGAUUCCAUCAGGUUUGAAGCAGGCCUGAGAGGAAAGCCUCAGCCUGAAGUGAAAUGGGCGAAAGACAGGUCAACAGGAGACAACCCCAGGAUCACCGUAGAAACUGGCACAGACUACUCCAAAUUCCUUAUGAUCAAAGCUAAGCGCUCAGAUACUGGAAAGUAUGUGGCCACUGCUACCAACUCUGCAGGAACAUUCACCGCAUAUGCUUCUGUCAAUGUUCUUGACAUCCCCGGAGCCGUGAGGGAUCUGAAGAUUUCAGGUAUCUCUGUAGACAAGUGCAGAGUGGUCUGGGAUCCCCCAGAGGAUGACGGCGGAUGUGAGGUCGACAGCUACAUUCUGGAGAAAUGUGAGACCAGGAGAAUGGUCUGGUCCACCUACUCUGCCUCAGUCGUCACCAACUACUGCAACGUCACUCGCCUGGUGGAAGGAAACGAGUACAUCUUCAGAGUGAGAGCAGAGAACAAGAUGGGAACUGGUCCAGCUAUUGAAAGCAAAAACGUCACUGCCAGGACUCAGUUCAACAGGCCUGGUCCCCCAGAGGCACCUGAGGUCACCAAGAUUGGCAAGGAGGAGAUGACUGUGGUUUGGGCUCCUCCUGAGAAUGACGGUGGCAAGUCCAUCACAGGCUACAUCCUGGAGAGGAAGGAGAAGAGAGCAGUUAAAUGGGUCCCAGUUACCAAGAGUCCCAUCUCUGAGAGACGCUUGAAAGUGACCAAAUUGAUCCCUAAUCAUGAGUACCAGUUCCGUGUCAAAGCAGAAAAUGAGGUCGGACUGGGAGAUCCAAGCAAACCAUGCAGACCAGUGGCAGCCAAAGAUCCAAUUGAACCCCCUGGUCCUCCUGGCAGUCUGAAGGUUGCGGACAGCACAAGGACAUCCAUUACCUUGGGCUGGGUCAAGCCUAUGUACGACGGUGGAGCUCCCAUCAUUGGCUACAUGGUUGAGAUGAGAAUCAAGAGUGAAAUUGACCCUGAAAAGCCAGAUGAAGGAUGGAAGAAGUGCAAUACUGGUGGGCAGCUGGUGCUUACCGAGUUUUCCAUUCAGAGUCUGGAUGAAAAGCAGGAAUACGAGUUCAGAGUUUCUGCUCAGAACCAGGUCGGUAUGGGCCGUCCUGCUACGCUAAAAGAAGCUGCUUCUCCCAAGGAGGUUCUGGAGGCCCCAGAAAUUGACCUAGAUGCCAGUCUGAGGAAGGGCUUCUCUGUUAGGGCAGGCUGUCCAAUCAGACUGUUUGCCACAAUUAGAGGCAGACCUUCCCCCAAGGUGACCUGGAAAAAGAUUGGGGUCGACAACGUCGUGAGAAGAGGUCAUGUGGACCAGAUUGAUACCAUGUCCUUCCUUGUCAUCCCUGAGAGCACACGGGAGGACUCUGGCAGAUACUCUCUGACUCUGUCUAACUCUGCUGGGGAGAAGGCCGUAUUUGUCCGUGUGAAAGUACUUGAUACCCCUGGUCCUGUUGGAGGCCUGGAGGGUACUGAUGUCACCAAGACAUCUUGUCAACUGGCGUGGUUACCCCCUGAUAAUGAUGGUGGCAGCCCCAUUCUGAAUUACAUGGUUGAGAAACGUGAAGUUGACAGGAAGACAUGGACGAAUAUCAUCAAUGACUUGAGGAAAACAAGUUUCAAAAUCACCAGUCUCACACCAGGCAUUGAAUACUACUUCCGAGUUAUGGCUGUGAAUAAGUAUGGCAUUGGCGUUCCACAAGACUCUCCCAAGUCUUAUCUGGCAGUUGAUCCCAUCAGUGAGCCUGACCCACCCAAGAAGAUGGAUGUGUUGGAAAUUACCAAGAACAGUGCCACUCUGGGCUGGCUGAAGCCUCUAAGAGAUGGAGGAGCCAAGAUUAAUGGAUACGUUGUGGACUACCAAGAGGACGGCCAGCCUGAAGAUAAAUGGACACCAUACUCUGUGGUCAAAGAUAUGACAAUUGUGGUGGUUGGACUGAAGGAAAGCACCAAAUACAAAUUCAGGGUCGCAGCCAGAAACUCAGUUGGGGUCAGUCUUGCCAGAGAGGCUGAGGGAAUCUUUGAGAUCAAGGAACAGCUGAUGCCCCCGAAGAUCAUCAUGCCAGAUAUCGUCACAGCACGUGCAGGAACAAAAAUGGUGAUCGAAGCCAUUGUGUCUGGAAAGCCUCCACCAUUCUGCAAAUGGAAACAAGGAAGUGAGGAUGUGCUGACAUCUGACCGCCUGUCUGUGCAAAAAACCACAACCACCUGUAUGAUGAUGAUCAAGAAUAUCACCAGACGGGACAGUGGUUACUACAGUCUGUCUGCUGAAAACAGCACAGCCAGGAUCAACCAGAUCCUUAGAGUGGUCGUCAUGGACAUUCCUGGGCCACCUGAAGGUCCUAUUGAGAUUAGUGAGUGCGACAUCGAUGCCUGCACCCUCCUUUGGAACGCCCCUGCAGAGGAUGGUGGCACCAACAUCACCAACUACAUUAUAGAGAAGUGUGAUGUAUCCAGAGGAGACUGGUUGACUGUUUCUGCUUCCUGCACUAAGACCAGUUUCAGGGUGACCAAGCUCACCCCUGGAAAGGAGUACGGCUUCAGAGUCCGUGCUGAGAACAGGUUUGGCAUCUCUGAGCCUAUCUACUCAGAGAAGUGGAUCGCCAGAUAUUCCUUUGACCCUCCAAGUGAGCCAAGGAACCUCAACAUCAAAAAGAUCAACAAAGACUUUGUGAUCUUGAACUGGGAGAAGCCAUCAAGUGAUGGUGGCAGCCCCUUGACCGGCUACUGCAUCGAGCGCAAGGAAAGGAACAGCCUGCUGUGGGUGAAGGCUAACGAGUCACUAAUCCGUUCUUUGGAGUACACCUGCUUCGGCCUGAUUGAGGGUCUGGAGUACACCUUCAGAGUGUCAGCUCUGAACCAAGCUGGCCAGGGCAAACCUUGCAAACAGUCAGAGUUUAUCACCGCAAGAACUGCAAUUGAUCCACCUGGCAAGCCCGAGGCCAUGGAUGUUACCAAUAACUCAGUCUCAUUGGUCUGGAGUCGUCCCAGACAUGAUGGAGGCAGCAAGCUGAUUGGCUACUACGUUGAGUUCAUGAAAAUCCCAGGGGAAACAUGGACUCGCUGCAAUGCCAACUGCCAGAAUGUCCAGAAGGAGGACUAUGUGGUGACAGGGCUGGAGGAAGGAAUGCAGUACCAGUUUAGAAUAUUUGCUAAGACUGCCAUCAACAUCAGUUCAUCCUCUGAACUCUCAGACCUCAUCCCUGUGUUUGCUGAAAAUGUUCCACCUAGAGUUGAUACUGGAAUCAACAUGAAGAACUUAAUUGUGGUGAAAGCUGGAGCCAACGUCUGUAUGGAUGCUGAGGUGUUUGGUAAGCCUCCGCCCAAGGUCAGCUGGCAGAGGGAUGGUGCCCCCCUGGCCAUAGUAGAGGGCAUGAAGAGGACCCAGAAGAGACAUGUGCACCUGCUGGAGCUUUUCUGUGUCAGCCGAAAGGAGUCUGGAGACUACACUAUCCAUGCUGAAAAUAUUAACGGAUCCAAGUGUGCAAGCAUUAAGCUAAAAGUUCUCGACAAACCAGGCCCUCCUGCCUCAAUUAAGAUCGGCAAGGUGUUUGCUGACCGUGUCAAACUGAGGUGGGAACCCCCAGUGGCAGAUGGUGGGUCAGAGAUCACCAACUAUAUCGUUGAGAAACGAGAGACUAGCAGAGCAAACUGGGCCCUGGUAAGCUCCAACAUCCACGGCCAGCUCACAGACUGCACCGUAGAGAAACUUAUAGAAGGUCAUGAGUACCAGUUCCGUGUCAGUGCUGAGAACCAGUAUGGCAUUGGAGACCCAAUCAUGACUGACCCUGUCAUGUCCAAGAACCCAUAUGAUGUCCCUGGACCAUGCGAUCCUCCAGUCAUCACCAAUAUCACUAGGGACCACAUGACUGUGAGUUGGAAGGCUCCUGCUGAUGAUGGUCGUGCUACUAUAUUGGGUUACAUGCUGGAGAAGCGUGAGUCUACUGAACUUACCUGGGCUAAGGUUAACCGCAAACCAGCGAUUGACAGGACUAUCAAAGCUGGUGGUCUGACAGAGGGUUCAGAGUAUGAAUUCAGAGUCAUUGCCAUAAACAAAGCCGGUCUGGGAAAACCCAGUGAUGCAUCCAACGCUGCCCUUGCGGUGGAUCCUGUAUACCCUCCUGGGCCCCCUGCCUUCCCCAAGGUGGUUGACACAACCCACAGCUCUAUCAGCCUGAGCUGGACAAAGCCCGCCUAUGAUGGGGGCUGUGAAAUCAUUGGCUACCUGGUGGAGUGUAAGAGAGUUGAGGCUGAAGACUGGAACAAGUGUAACGUUCCCCAGAAACUCAAGGAAACCAAGUUACUGGUUACGGGUCUCAUGGAUAGUUAUGAGUACCAGUUCCGUGUAACAGCCGUGAACAAGAUUGGUUACAGUGAGCCCAGCGACGUCCCCGGCAACCACACGCCUAAGGAUAUCUUAAUUGCUCCUGAGGCAGAGCUUGAUGCCGAUCUUCGCAAAGCACUGGUCCUCCGUGCUGGUGUCACCAUGAGACUUUACGUUCCUCUGAGGGGACGUCCUGCUCCCAAGGUCACCUGGUCCAAGGUGGAUGCCAACCUGAAGGAAAGACAGGGACAUAUGAUCAAGACCUCAGAAUGGGAUACUUUCCUGUACAUUGAAGAUAUAAACAGAUAUGACGCUGGAAAAUAUGUUCUGGCACUGGAGAACAGCAGUGGAUCCAAGUCUUACACUAUUGUUGUGAAGGUUCUAGAUUCACCUGGACCACCCCUUAAUCUGAUUGUAAAGGAGACCUCCAGGAGUCAUGCCUGCAUCUCCUGGGAUGCCCCUCAGAUUGACGGAGGAAGCCCAGUAAAGAGCUAUGUUGUUGAGAAACGUUUAGCGGAGAGGAAGGCAUGGACUUGUGUUGCUGCAGAAAGCCCCAAGUCCUCCUUCAGGAUAACCAAUCUUGAGGCAGGUCAAGCCUACUGUUUCAGAGUUCUGGCUGAGAAUGCUUAUGGCAUUGGAGACGGUUGUGAGACUGCAGGCAUGGUCAGGGCCUCAGAACAACCUGGGCCAGUGAUGGACUUCAAGCCACACCUCAUCACUAAAGACUCCUGCACCCUGGGUUGGAAGAGACCUGUCAGUGACGGAGGAAGUCAUGUCACUGCCUACGUAUUGGAGGUGAAUGAGGGAGAAGACAAGUGGAAGCAGCUCAUAAAGUCCAAGACCCCCACACAUAGUGUGACUGAUUUGGAGGAAGGGAAGGAGUACACCUAUAGAGUCAAGGCAGUCAAUGAAUCUGGAGAGGGCCCACCCACCGAUAUUGUGGUGCUGGCUAAAGACCAGAUAGUUCUGCCGGACUGUGACUUGAGCGCCCUGCCUGACCUGUGCUAUGUGGCAAAGGAGGGGAGCACCAUCCGUAUCCAUAUCCCUGUCAUUGGAAAGCCAACUCCUUCCGUCCUGUGGAAGAAGGGUGACCUCACCUUAGGUGAUAGUGGCAGGAUGUCUGUGGAGACAUCUGGUGGCGUAACCACCCUGCUCAUCCGUGAUUGCCAGAAAGGAGAUGCUGAACAGUACACCAUCAAUGCGAGGAACAGUGGAGGAGUCAAAGAUUGUAAGCUUAAACUCAAGGUGGUGGGAAAACCAGGAAUACCAACAGGACCAGUCAAAUUUGAUGAAAUCACUGCUGAUGGCAUCAAUCUGGAGUGGGGUCCACCAAAGGAUGAUGGCGGUUCGGAGGUAUCCAACUACAUCGUGGAAAAGAGGAGGACCACAGACAGCAAGUGGGCUACUGUUGCCUCAGCUAUCCAGAAAAACGCCAUGAGAGUCACCAGACUUCAUGAUGGCAUUGAGUACAUCUUCAGAGUAUUUGCAGAGAACAAAUAUGGGAUUGGAGAGUGUCUCAGAUCUGACCCAGUGAUCGCUCAGCAUCCAUUUAAUGUGCCUGAAGCUCCAGCUCCUCCUGAGAUUGUAAGCAUUCGUCACGAGUCAGCCAUUCUGACCUGGGAGGAUCCUAAAGAAACUGGAGGCUCCCCUAUUACUGGAUAUCAUGUUGAAUUCAAGGAAAGGAACAGUUUGAUGUGGAAGAGAGCCUCGAAGACCCCACUGAGGGUGAAGGAUUGCAGAGUGACUGGCUUGAUUGAGGGACUAGAGUAUGAAUUUAGAGUGAUGGCCAUGAAUAUGGCUGGGUUAGGAAAGCCAAGCAGGACCACUGAACCCGUGGUUGCUCUGGAUCCCAUUGAUCCUCCUGGCAAACCUGAUGUGAUUAACGUGACAAGAAGCAGUGUAACACUAAUGUGGACUCCCCCCAAGUAUGAUGGAGGACAUAAGCUGACUGGUUACAUUGUGGAGAAACUGGAGGCGGGAGAGAAGGCCUGGAUGAAGGCCAACCAUGUCAACAUUCAGGGCUGUGCUUUCACUGCAACAGAUCUCAUAGAGGGCUCAAGCUUGGAAUUCAGAAUAAGAGCAAAGAAUGCAGCUGGUGCUAUCAGCGCUCCCUCUGAGCAGACUGACACCUUGGUGUGCAAGGACGAAUAUGAGCCACCAACUAUCACCAUUGACGCUGCGAUGAAGGAAGGCGUGUCUGUCAGAGCCGGUGGCACCAUUGUGGUAUGUGCUGCCAGCAUCCUCGGAAAACCUCCACCCACCACUGUGUGGUCUAAGGCUGGAAGAGAGUUUAAGAAUUCAGAUACAGUCCAGAUCACCAGUACUCCUACAUCUUCGACACUGGCUAUUAAGUAUGCCAGCAGGAAGAACACUGGAGAGUACACCAUCACAGCCAGCAACCCCUUCGGUAUUAAGGAGGAACAUAUUAAGGUCAAGGUUUUGGAUAUUCCUGGACCUCCAGGCCCCAUUGAAGCCAGCAGCGUUUCUUCUGAGAAGUGUACAUUGACCUGGUUGCCACCAGAGGAGGAUGGCGGUUGCACCAUCAAGUCUUACAGUCUUGAGAAGAGAGAGACAAGUCGUCUACUUUGGACAAAACUGGCUGAAAACAUAAUGGACUGCAGAUACGUUGCAAGCAAGCUGAUUAAGGGCAAUGAGUACAUCUUCCGUGUGUCAGCUGUGAAUCAGUAUGGCACAGGUGAUAGUUCUCUGUCCGGCCCAGUCAAAAUGGUUGAUAGCUUUGGCCCACCAGGCCCACCCUCAACACCAGAAGUCGACAAUGUGAGCAGGAAUGCUGUUACAAUUUCAUGGAAGAGACCAGUAGUGGAUGGCGGAAGUGACAUUAGAGGUUACAGUGUAGAAAGGAAAGAGAGAAAGGGUAUGAGAUGGGUGAGAGCUUGUAAGAAGACCGUCUCUGAUCUCCGCUACAAGGUCCAAGGCCUAAGUGAGGGAGUUGAGUAUGAGUUCAGAGUGACAGCAGAGAACAAAGCUGGCUUUGGAGUGCCCAGUGAGCCAUCGCAGCAUGUAAUGACCAAGGACAUUGUCUAUCCACCUGGACCUCCCUCCAAUCCAAGAAUUUCUGAUACAACUAGGACAACAGCCACCUUUAACUGGGGUAAACCUCACUAUGAUGGAGGCCUGGCUGUGGAUGGAUACAUUGUUGAGCACAAGAAAGCUGGACAUGAUGACUGGGAAACAGAUACAACCUCUCUGUUGAGAAUCACAGAAUAUGUGAUACCUAACCUUCAGAAGGGUGGCAAAUACCACUUCAGAGUCAGAGCAGUGAACUCAGAAGGAGUUGGGGAGCCAGCUGAGGUAGAGGAAGUCAUUGAACUGAUAGACCGUGAGACAAUUCCAGACUUUGAGCUUGAUGCUGAGCUGAGAAGAACCCUUGUUGUCAGAUGCCGUGGGUCCAUUCGUAUAUUUGUACCAAUUAAAGGCCGUCCAACUCCUGAGGUGACCUGGUCAAAGGACGACAUUCCUCUCAAGGGCCGUGCUCAUAUUGAUACAACAGAGUCAUACACUCUUGUGGUAAUUCCUGAUUGUACCAGAUAUGAUGCUGGAAAAUAUAACUUGACGUUGGAGAAUGUUGCUGGGAAGAAGACUGGAUUUGUUAAUGUACGAGUACUGGAUUCUCCAGGACCUCCAGUAAACCUGAAACCAAGAGAGAUUACUAAAAGUAGCAUCACACUUCAGUGGGAAAUCCCCAUUAUAGAUGGUGGAUCUAAGAUCCUUAACUACAUCAUUGAGAAGAGAGAUGCCACAAAGAAGGCUUACACAGUACUCACCACAACUUGGCAGAAAUGCUCCUACAAAAUUCCAGACCUGGUAGAAGGUGCUGAAUAUUACUUCCGUAUCUCUGCUGAGAAUGAACUUGGAGUUGGUGAGCCUGCAGAAACCCCAGAGCCAAUCAGAGCUUCCCAAGCCCCGACUGCCCCUGAAAAUCUUUAUGUCACAGAUGUAGGCCAGGACUCGGCCAGCCUUGCAUGGACGAAGCCAAACCAUGAUGGUGGCAGCAGGAUAACAGGAUACGUUAUUGAAGCACAGAAAAAGGAUACAGAUCAGUGGGUGCAUGUGACAACUAUCAAGGCUCUUGACUAUGUAGUAACAGAGCUGACUGAAAAUGCUGAAUACGUAUUCCGCAUCAUGGCAGUGAAUAGCUCUGGCAGAAGUGACCCACGUGAGAGUAGACCUGCUAUUAUCAAAGAACAAACUGCUGCACCUUCAUUUGACCUGCGUGGAGUCUACCAACAGAUAGUCAUUGCCAAGGCUGGUGAUAAUGUUAAAGUGGAGAUUCCUGUUCUGGGUCGCCCAAGGCCUGCGGUUACAUGGAAGAAGGCGGAUCAGGACCAUGACCUCAAACAGACACAGAGAAUAAACACUGAAACAACAUCAACCUCAACUAUCAUCAACAUUGGUGAAAUCAAGAGGAAAGAUGGAGGUCAGUACUCUAUGACUGGGAAGAAUAUCAUUGGAACAGUGACAGAGACCAUUACCAUCCAAGUGCAUGAUAUUCCAGGCCCUCCCACUGGGCCAGUCAAGAUUGAGGAAGUUUCUUGUGACUACAUUCUGAUAUCCUGGGAAGGCCCUGAAAACGAUGGAGGCGUACCCAUUAACAAUUACAUUGUUGAGAUGCGGGAGACAACUGGCACAUCUUGGAUGGAGUUGGCAGCUACAGUCAUCCGUACAACAUUCAAGGCAGCUCGCCUCACAACUGGAAUUCAGUACCAGUUCCGUGUCAAAGCCCAGAACAGGUAUGGCACCGGCCCCUGUAUAACCUCAGAGGCAGUGGUGGCAGCAUAUCCAUUCGAUGUACCAGGACAACCAGGUAUUCCUCAAAUCACUGCAUUCACCAAGGAUGCCAUGACCCUCAGCUGGAAUGAGCCAUCUUCUGAUGGAGGCAGCCCAAUUUUGGGAUAUCACAUUGAACGAAAAGAGAAGAAUAGUAUCUUGUGGCAGAAGGUCAACAAAGCUGUUGUAGUAGGAAACAUUUUCAAAUCAACUGGUCUAGUGGAUGGAAUCGCAUAUGAAUACCGUGUUAUCGCUGAAAACAUAGCUGGCAUGAGCAAAGCCAGCAAAUCAUCUGAAACAACAUUUGCUUUGGAUCCUGUUGACCCACCAGGCCAACCAGUGGCAUUAAAUGUAACAAGACAUGAGGUGACUGUUCAAUGGACAAAGCCUGAAGGGGAUGGUGGAUUCUCCAUCACUGGGUACACAGUGGAGAGAAGAGAGCUACCCGACGGACGUUGGCUCAAGGCCAAUUUCAGCAAUAUCCUUGAGACAAUAUUCACUGUCAGUGGUCUCACAGAGGAUUCUUCCUAUGAGUUCCGCAUUUUUGCAAGAAAUUCAGCAGGAGCUGUCAGUAACCCAUCUAUACCUUCAGAGCCUGUCAUAUGCAGAGAUGAUAUUGAAGAGCCAAAGAUUGAAGUUGAUUCUUCCUUCAGCAGUGGAGUAGUAGUCAAAGCAGGAGAUGUCUUUAAACUUGAUGCCAGUGUCACAGGAAGACCGCUGCCAUUGUUGGUAUGGACCAAAGAGGGCAAGGAACUUGAAGACACUGGAAAGUUAGAGAUCAAAUCAUCCGACUUCGCUACAACCCUGGUCAACAAGGAUUCUCUGAGAAGAGAUGGAGGUGCUUUCACAUUAACUGCCAGUAAUCCAGGUGGAUUUGCAAAGUUUGUGUUCAACGUUAAAGUUCUGGACAGACCUGGACCCCCCGAUGGCCCUCUUGCUGUUACAGAUGUCACUUCAGAAAAGUGCAUUCUUUCAUGGCUGCCUCCGUCUCAUGAUGGUGGUGGUAAGAUUGAGCACUACAUUAUUGAAAAACGUGAGACUAGCAGGCUGGCAUGGACCAACGUUGCAUCAGACUUACAAGUUAACAGAUUCAAGGUCUUAAAGCUGCUUAAGGGUAAUGAGUACAUCUUCAGAGUGAUGGCUGUCAAUAAAUAUGGAGUUGGAGAGCCUCUUGAGUCUGACCCAGUUGUCUCCGCAAAUCCAUAUGUUCCAGCUGAUGCGCCACAAACUCCUGAAGUGACAACAAUCACCAAGGACUCUAUGGUUGUCUGUUGGGGACACCCAGAGAACAAUGGUGGAAGCAAUAUCUCCAAUUAUGUAAUUGAGAGAAGAGACAAAACAGGUCUGCGCUGGGUAAAAUGCAACAAGAGAACUGUGUCUGACCUGAGAUUCAAAGUGUCUGGCCUCACACCAGGACAUGAGUAUGAAUUUAGAAUUAUUGCAGAAACGUCUGCAGGACUUGGUGCGCCAAGUGCCUCAAGUCCAUUCUACAAAGCUAUCGACACAAUCUUCCAGCCUGGACCCCCUGGAAAUCCAAGAGUAUUGGAUACAACAAAAUCCUCCAUUACACUUGCAUGGAACAAGCCCGUAUAUGAUGGUGGCUCUGACAUAACUGGAUAUGUUGUGGAGACCUGCCUCCCAGAAGAGGAUGAAUGGACCAUUGUCACUCCUAAGAAGGGCCUUACAGGGACCUCAUUUACAAUCACUAACUUGAAAGAGAAUCAAGAAUACAAAAUAAACAUUGCAGCUGUUAAUUGUGAGGGUAUUGGAGAGCCAGCAACAGUGCCUGGAUCACCCAAAGCAGAAGACAGGUUAGUUGCACCUGAGAUUGAUCUUGGUGCAGAACUCCGCAAAGUGGUCUGCAUCAGGGCCUGCAGCACAUUGAGGUUGUUUGUGCCUCUCAAGGGACGACCAGCACCUGAUGUGAAGUGGUCCAGAGAUAAUGGAGAGCCUCUGACAAAGGCAACCAUUGAUACCACCUCAUCAUUUACCUGUGUUGUCAUUGAGAAUGUGGACAGAUUUGAUGGUGGAAAGUAUUUGUUGACAGUUGAAAACAGCUCAGGCAGCAAAACAGCAUACGUGAAUGUCAGAGUUCUGGACACACCUGGAGCACCACAGAACCUCAUCAUCAAAGAGAUUACCAGAGACUCAGUGUCUCUUUUGUGGGAUGCACCGCUGAUUGAUGGAGGCUCCAGAAUCCGUAAUUACAUUGUGGAGAAACGUGAGUCUGCCAGGAAAGCAUACUCUACAGUUUGCGCUAGCUGCCACAAAUCCAGCUGGAAAAUUGGUGAUCUGGAAGAGGGAAAGAACUACUUCUUCAGAAUUCUGGCUGAGAAUGAAUAUGGUGUAGGCCUCCCAGCAGAGACAAUUGAGUCAAUCAAAGUGUCAGAGAAGCCACUUCCACCGGGCAAAGUUUCUCUCGGUGAUGUCACAAGCCACAGUGUUACUCUGUCUUGGGAAAAACCAGACCAUGAUGGAGGAAGCAGAAUUUCAGGAUACAUUGUUGAGAUGCAGGGCAAAGGAAGUGAGAAAUGGACACAGUGCAUGGUUGUUAAAGCCACCGAGGCCACUGUUGCUGGACUGACACAGGGUGAAGAAUACUUGUUCCGUGUAUCUGCAACUAAUGAGAAGGGAGUUAGUGAUCCUCGUCUGCUCAGCAUGCCUGUAGUAGCCAAAGACCUUAUUAUUGUUCCCACAUUCAAGUUGUUGUUCUCCACUUAUAGUGUGUUGGCAGGUGAUGACCUUAAGAUUGAUGUGCCUUAUUCGGCUCGUCCAAAAGCAACUGUGGCAUGGCUCAAAGAAGGUGUUGCACUCAAAGAAACAACUAGAGUAAAUGCAGAAACUACUGAUAAUCACCUAUAUUUAGUUAUCAAGGAGGCCAGCAGAGAAGAUGUGGGAAAGUAUACCAUCAAGCUCUCAAACACAGCCGGCGAGGCAACAACAGACAUUGGAGUAGUUGUUCUUGAUAAGCCUGGGCCACCAACAGGCCCCAUUAAGUUAGAUGAGGUCACAGCUGACAGUGUUAUUCUAACCUGGCAGCCACCAGAGUAUGAUGGUGGAUGCACAAUUAAUAACUAUAUUGUGGAAAAGAGAGACACAUCUACCACAAACUGGCAGAUUGUGUCAGCAACAGUUGCAAGAACCACCAUCAAGGCUGCCCGCCUUAAGACUGGAUGUGAAUAUCAGUUCAGGAUUGCUGCUGAGAACAGAUAUGGAAAGAGCUCUCUGCUCGUCUCAGAGACUAUUAUUGCUCAGUAUCCAUUUGACCUUCCAAGCAACCCCGGCACCCCAAUUGUUGUGGCUUCUACUAAAGAGAGCAUGGUCAUUGAAUGGACAAAGCCUGGUAGUGAUGGUGGAAGCAAGAUCUUGGGAUAUCACCUUGAGAGCAAAGAAAGGAACAGUAUCCUUUGGAUGAAACAAAAUAAGCAACUGAUACCAGAGACACGGUUCAAAGCUAUUGGUCUUGAAGAGGGUAUUGAAUAUGAGUUUAGAGUUUAUGCUGAGAAUAUUGUUGGAAUUGGAAAACCCAGCAAGCUGUCAGAGAUUCAAGUGGCAAGAGAUCCAUGUGACAGUCCUGGAAGACCUGAGGCUGUCAUUGUCACAAGAAAUCAAGUCACUCUCAAAUGGACAAAACCUGAAUCUGAUGGUGGAAGCAAAGUGACUGGAUAUCUUGUUGAAAAGAAAGAGCUUCCUGAGGGUCGCUGGAUGAAAGCCAGUUUCGCCAAUGUUAUGGAAACUAAGUUUGUUGUAACUGGUUUAGUUGAGGAGCAAGAGUAUGAGUUCCGUGUCAUUGCCAGAAAUGCUGCUGGGGUCUCUAGCAAACCCUCUGAGAGCACAGGAGCCAUCACUGCAAAGGAUGAGGUGGAUCCUCCCAAAAUAGACAUUGAUGCUAAAUUUUCACAGACAGUUGUUGUCAAUGCAGGAGAAGCCUUCCAGCUCAAUGCAAAUAUUUAUGGCAAACCAGUUCCUUCAGUCCACUGGAUGAAGGGUGGCGAGGAAAUAACAAAUGCAGCUCGUCUUGAGAUAAAGAACACUGAAUUUACAGCUCAUUUGAGUGUUAAAGAAGCAAUCCGUGUUGAUGGAGGUCAGUAUGUACUUUUACUGAGAAAUGUUGGUGGAGAGAAAUCUGUCAACAUCAAUGUCAAAGUUCUAGACAGACCUGGUCCCCCUGAGGGCCCUAUCUCUAUCUACGGUGUCACAAGUGAAAAGUGCUGCAUUUCCUGGAAACCACCCCAACAAGAUGGAGGCAGUGAUGUUUCUCAUUACAUUGUUGAGAGGAGAGAGACAAGCAGAUUGGUCUGGACUGUAGUUGAACUCAAAGUACAAACCCUAAAUUUGAAGAUCACCAAACUUGUUCCUGGUAAUGAAUACAUCUUUAGAGUCAUUCCUGUGAACAAAUAUGGAAUUGGUGAACCUCUCGAGUCUGAGGCAGUGAUUUCCAGAAAUCAAUUUGUAGCACCGGGCCCUCCAACUGAGGUUGACGUCUCUACCAUAACUAAAGAUUCAAUGGUAAUAACCUGGGAAAGGCCCACAGAGGAUGGUGGUAAUCCCAUCAGUGGAUUUGUUGUUGAAAAACGAGACAAGGAAGGUGUUAGAUGGACAAGAUGCAACAAGCGCACAGUGUGUGAGUUGCGCUUCAGAGUAACUGGUCUUCUUGAAAAUCACAGUUAUGAAUACAAAGUUUCUGCUGAAAAUGCUGCUGGAAUUGGAACACCAAGUGCACCAACAAUAUACUACAAGGCUCUGGAUCCCAUCUUUAAACCAGGGCCUCCAAAUAAUCCCAAGGUAACAGACAAAUACAGGACAUCUGUUUGUCUGUCCUGGGGCAAGCCUAUUUAUGAUGGUGGUUGUGAGGUUCAAGGAUACAUCGUUGAGGCCUGCAAUGGAACAGCUGAUGACUGGGUAAUGUGUACUCCCCCAUCAGGCAUCAAGGAGACCUCAUUUAAAGUAACCAGACUUCUGGAGAAGCAUGAGUACCAGUUCAGAGUAUGUGCAAUCAACAAAGUUGGUGUUGGGGAGCAGGCAGAUAUCCCAGGAAAAUUCUUUAUGGAGGAAAAACUGGAUGCACCAGAUCUAGAUCUUGACGCUGAUUAUCGAAAGAUGAUCAACAUCAGAGCUGCAAGCACUCUCAGACUUUAUGUUCCAGUAAAGGGACGCCCAGCUCCUGAACUCAAGUGGGGCAAAAGUGAUGGGGACAUAAAGGAAACAGCCCAGAUUGACAAUACAAGCAGCUAUGCCUCACUCAUGAUUGAAAAUGUUGAUAGGUUUGAUAGCGGCAAGUACACCCUUACUGCAGAGAAUGGCAGUGGAGUAAAGUCUGUCUUUAUUAGUGUCAGAGUUUUGGAUUCACCUAGUGCACCUGCCAACUUCACUGUGAAGGAGAUCACUAAAAGCUCUGUAACUCUAACCUGGGAACCCCCAACACUGGAUGGUGGCUCAAAGAUCAAGCACUACAUUGUAGAAAAACGAGAGAGCACAAGGAAAGUGUAUUCCCCUGUCACCACUUGUAACAGGAUGUCAUGCAGGAUUGAACCACUUCCAGAGGGUGGUAUUUAUUUCUUCAGAGUCCUGGCAGAGAACGAAUGGGGCCUUGGGUUGCCUGCAGAGACCCCUGAGCCAUUGAAAAUCUCAGAAGUGCCUCAACCUCCUGGUAAAGUCAGUGUUGUAGAUGUCACACGCAACACUGUCGCCCUAUGCUGGGAGAAACCCAAUCACGAUGGAGGCAGCAGAAUCAGCUUUUACGAGGUUGAAAUGCAGGCCAAGGGCAGUGAGACAUGGACUGUUUGUACUCAGGUAAAAUCACUUGAAACUGUUGUCACUAAUCUGGCUCAAGGGGAGGAGUACACUUUUAGAGUCAGUGCUGUCAAUUCCAAGGGUAAGAGUGACCCAAGACUUUUGGCCAAUCCAGUGGUGGCUAAGGACCUUGCUAUUGAACCUGCUAUUAGACCUAAAAUAAGCAACUAUAGUGUACAGGUUGGGUAUGACCUGAAGAUUGAAGUACCUAUUGCUGGUCACCCUAAACCUGUUAUUACAUGGACAAAAGAUGGUGUUGCCUUGAAACAAACCACAAGAGUUAAUGUAGUCGACAGUGCACACCACACAACAAUCUCCAUUAAAGAGGCAACACGAGAUGAUGGUGGUAUGUAUGGCAUUAAUGUGGCUAAUGCUCUUGGACAGAAAGAUGCAACCAUUGAAGUUAUCACCCUUGAUAAACCUGGGCCACCUACAGGCCCAAUCAAGUUGGAAGAAGUCAGUGCGGAAAGCAUCACACUUGUCUGGGAACCUCCAACAUACACAGGUGGCUGUCCAAUUUCAAAUUAUGUUGUUGAGAAGAGGGAUACAACCACUACAAACUGGGUUGUAGUUUCUGCCACUGUAGCCAGAACUACAUUGAAAGUUUCCAAUUUGAAAACUGGUGCUGAAUACCAAUUCAGGAUCUGCGCUGAAAACAGAUAUGGCAAGAGCUAUGCCAUUGACUCAGAGCCGGUCCUUGCCCAGUAUCCCUUCAAAGAGCCAGGUCCACCAGGCACACCCUUCAUAUCCUCCUACACUAAGGAUUACAUGGUUGUGGAAUGGCACAAACCCCUGUCUGACGGAGGCAGUGUUAUUCUCGGCUACCACCUUGAGAGAAAAGAAAAGAACAGCAUCCUCUGGACAAAGAUCAAUAAAUCUCUGAUCCAAGAUACAAGGUACAAAUCUACACCUUUGGAGGAGGGAAUUGAGUACGAGUACAGAGUGGCUGCAGAAAAUAUUGUUGGCAUUGGAAAAUGUAGCAAACUCUCUGAGGGGUGGGUGGCACGUGACCCCUGUGAUCCUCCGGGCACACCAGAAGCUAUCAUUGUAACCAGGCACUCCGUCAAACUGAGAUGGACUAGGCCACAGUAUGAUGGUAGUAGUCUGAUCACUGGAUAUGUUGUUGAGAAACGCGAUCUCCCUGAAGGAAGGUGGAUGAAGGCUAGUUUCACAAAUAUCCUUGAAACUGAAUUUACAGUUCUUGGCUUGACUGAAGACUGUAUGUAUGAUUUCAGAGUCAUUGCUAGGAAUGGAGCUGGAGCUAUCAGUAAGCCCUCUGAGAGCACUGGUUCCAUCACAGCAAAGGAUGAGGUUGAGACACCAAAAUGUGAAGUUGAUUCCAUGUACAAUCAAGUAAUUGUUGUCAAUGCUGGGGAAACAUUUACACUUGAGGCAAAUGUCGAAGGAAAGCCCAUACCCACUGCUCAGUGGUUCAAGAGUGAUGCUGAAGUUGAAAACUCUGCAAGAUUGGAGAUCAAGAACACUGAUUUCAAGGCAGUGGUUGUUGUUAAGGAUGCUAUUAGAGUAGAUGGUGGCCAAUACACAUUGCUUCUGACAAAUGUCGCAGGUACAAAAUCAGUAUCAUUCAACGUGAAAGUGCUGGACAGACCAGGACCCUCUGAAGGACCCCUCACCAUUGGCAAUGUCACAUGUGAGAAAUGUUCUCUUUCUUGGCUUCCACCCAGACACGAUGGUGGUGCUAGUAUUUCCCAUUAUAUUAUUCAAAAGAGAGAGACUAGUCGUUUGGCUUGGACUUUGGUUUCUGGUGAUUGUGGAGCAACAAUGUUUAAAGUCACCAAGCUUCUUAAAGGAAAUGAAUACAUCUUCCGUGUCAUGGCAGUCAACAAAUUUGGUGAUGGUGAACCUCUGGAGUCAGCCCCAGUCAUAAUGAGAAAUCAAUUUGUUCCUCCUGGUGCUCCUCAAGAGCUGGAGAUCACCAAUAUUGCUAGAGAUUCCAUGACUGUAUGCUGGACCCGUCCAGAGGUGGAUGGAGGAAGCGAAAUUGCUGGCUACAUUGUAGAGAAGAGAGACAGAGCAGGGGUCAGAUGGACUAAAUGCAACAAACGCAGAGUUACAGAUCUCCGUUUCAGAGUAACUGGUCUGACAGAGGAUCAUGAGUAUGAAUUCAGACUCUCAGCAGAAAAUGCUGCAGGAGUUGGCCAACCAAGUCCAGCCACUCCUUAUAUGAAGGCCUGUGAUCCAACAUUUGAACCCGGCCCCCCCACUAACGCCCAUGCGGUUGACACUACAAAGAACUCCAUCUCACUUGCCUGGGGCAGGCCCAUCUAUGAUGGUGGCUGUGAUAUUCAGGGUUAUGCUGUGGAGAUAUGCAAAGCUGAUGAGGAGGAAUGGACUAUAUGCACCCCACCAACUGGAUUGAAUGCAACUACAUUUGAAAUUACCAAACUUAUUGAACAUCAGGAGUAUAAGAUACGAGUAUGUGCCAUGAAUAAGUUAGGUGUGGGUGAGCCUGCAGAGGUUCAAGGAACAGUAAAACCAGCUGAUACAAUUGUUCCCCCGGAGAUUGAGCUGGAUUCUGAGUUGAGGAAAGGAGUCGUUGUACGUGCAGGAGGAUCGAUGAGAAUAAAUAUUCCAUUCAGAGGACGCCCUGUGCCAGAAAUUAAUUGGUCUAAGGAUGAGGGUGACCUACCUAGUAAAACUCAAAUUGAGAGGGGUGCAGAUUACACACAAUUGUCAAUUGAUAUCUGUGACAGAAAUGAUGCAGGAAAAUACAUUCUGGCCCUGGAAAACAGCGCUGGUUCAAAAUCAGCUUUUGUCUCUGUUAGAGUGCUUGACACACCAGGAGCACCACUGAACUUUACAGUAAAAGAAAUCAAGAGGGAAUCUGUCAUUCUCACUUGGGAGGUCCCACUGAUUGAUGGUGGAGCAAGGAUUAAGAACUAUAUUGUGGAUAAGCGUGAAUCAACCAGGAAAGCCUACUCCAAUGUCAAUAACAAGUGCACAAAGACCAGUUUCCGUGUGGGAGGUCUCACUGAGGGAGCUAUAUACUACUUUAGGGUCAUGGCUGAGAAUGAGUUUGGAGUUGGUCUGCCAGCUGAAACACUGGAUGCAGUGAAGACGUCAGAGGCACCUCUGCCUGUGGGAAAGAUCAGUCUAACUGAUGUAACCAAGACCACUGCUUCCUUUUUAUGGGAGAAACCAGACCAUGAUGGUGGCAGCCGAAUCAUGGGGUACUACAUUGAGAUGCAGCCCAAAGGAUCAGAAGAAUGGGUGGUAGCAACAACCACAAAGACUUGUGAUGGAACCGUCACAGGCCUCAGUUCAGGGCAGGAAUACCUCUUCAGAGUGUCUGCCUUCAACGACAAGGGAAAGAGUGAUCCCAGGCCACUAGCGGCCCAUGUCACAGCCAAAGAUGUUACUAUUGUGCCCCAGUUCAAAAUGACCGUCAACACAUACAGUGUGCAAUGUGGGGAAGAUCUGAAGAUAGAAAUACCCGUAAUAGGUCGCCCUGCACCAAAGAUAGCAUGGGCUAAGGAUGGACAAGCAAUUAAAGAGACAACCAGACUGAAUGUCUUAAGCACAGCAUCAGCAACAUCUCUUCGUAUCAAAGAGUCUAACAAAGAAGAUUCCGGCAAGUACUCCAUCACAGCAACCAGCAGUGCUGGUACAGCCACAGCGGACAUUUCUAUUGUUAUCCUUGAUAAACCAGGUCCACCCAAAGGGCCUGUGAAUAUUGAUGAAGUUAGCUCUAACUUUGUAACAUUGUCCUGGGAACCACCUGAGUACACCGGAGGUUGUCAGAUCAACAAUUACGUUGUUGAGAAGCGUGACACAACAACCACAGCAUGGCAGAUAGUGUCUGCCACUGUGGCAAGAACAACCAUAAAAGUUUGUAGACUGAAGACUGGUGUUGAAUAUCAGUUCAGAGUGUCUGCAGAGAACAGAUAUGGAAAGAGUCCAUGCUUGGAUUCUGCUACUGUCGUUGCUCAGUAUCCUUUCAGUGAGCCAGCUGCACCUGGUACUCCAUUUGUGUCAUCAGUUACAAAAGACUACAUGGUUGUGGAGUGGAAACCACCAGCCAACAACGGAGGUAGUCCUGUCUUGGGCUACCACCUUGAACGCAAAGAGAAAAACAGUCUCCUCUGGACAAAGUUGAACACACUUCUUAUCCCUGAUGCUCGAUUCAAAACUUCUGAACUUGAGGAGGGCAUUGAAUAUGAAUUUAGAGUAUAUGCUGAAAAUAUUGCUGGCUUGAGUCCAUCUAGUAAGGUUUCACAAUGCUGUGUGGCUAGAGAUCCCUGUGACCCACCUGGCACCCCUGAGGCUAUUGUCAUCACCAGGAACUAUGUCACUCUGCAGUGGACAAGGCCCCAGUAUGACGGUGGAAGCGCCAUAACAGGCUAUAUUGUUGAGAAGAAAAAGCAUCCUGACAACCGUUGGAUGAAGGCUAGCUUCACAAACAUAAUUGAAACACAGUUCACUUACUCUGGCAUGACCGAGGACGGAGUGUAUGAGUUCAGAAUCAUUGCUAGGAAUGCAGCUGGUAUUUUCAGCGCGCCUUCUGAGAGCACUGGAGAGAUAAAUGCUAAAGAUGAGAUUGAAGCCCCAGAUGCAACAAUGGAUCCUAAAUUCAAGGAUGUAACUGUUGUUCAUGCGAGUGAGACGUUCAUUAUUGAUGCUGAUUACUCUGGAAAACCUCUGCCUGAUAUAAUGUGGCUGAAGGAUGGAAAAGAGAUCGACAAUGCUACCCCAAGAAUGGAGGUCAAAACAAGCCUCACACGUACAGUGCUGACAGUUAAGGACUGCAUCAGGGUAGAUGGUGGACACUUUGUCUUGAGCCUCACCAAUGUUGGUGGAAAAAAGUUGAUACCAGUUACUGUUAAAGUACUGGAUAGGCCUGGUCCUCCCGAUGGCCCUCUGAAGGUAACUGGUGUCACUGCAGAGAAAUGCUAUCUACAUUGGAGUCACCCCUUACAUGAUGGUGGUGCGAGUGUUUCUCAUUACAUCAUUGAGAAGAGAGAAACCAGUCGACUUUCAUGGACAGUAGUUGAACCCCAAAUCCAAGCUGUCAGCUACAAAGUAACCAAACUCCUGCCUGGCAAUGAAUACAUUUUCAGAGUCACUGCAGUGAAUAAGUAUGGCAUUGGAGAGCCUCUGGAAUCUGACCCUGUAAUUGCACGCAAUCCUUUCAAGGCGCCCAGUGCUCCCACCACACCAGAGCCAAGCUAUGUAACACGUGACUCAAUUGUGCUUGUUUGGGAACGCCCAGAGGAUAAUGGUGGUUCAGAGAUUGAUGGCUAUGUCUUGGAGAAACGUGACAAACAGGGAGUUAGAUGGACUAAGUGCAACAAGAAGAGACUAAAUGACCUUCGGUUUAGAGUCACUGGACUCACAGAAGGCCACUCUUAUGAGUUUAGAGUAUCAGCUGAGAAUGCAGGUGGUGUGGGGGUACCUAGUAAAACAACAGAGUACAUCACUGCCUGUGAUGCCACAUAUCCACCUGGUCCUCCUAACAACCCCAAAGUGACAGACACCUCUAGUACCAGUGUGUCGCUCUCGUGGUCUAGGCCCAUCUAUGAUGGUGGAGCAGCCAUCACCGGAUACGUAGUGGAGGUUAAAGAGGCAUCGGAAGAAGAUGAAUGGCUUGUGAGCACACCACACACUGGUGUUCAAACCACACAUUUCACAGUGAAAAAACUAAAGGAAAAUGCUGAAUAUAAUUUCCGCAUCUGUGCUGUUAACAUUGAGGGAGUUGGAGAGCAUGUGGACUUGCCAGGAACUGUGGUUGCAGCUGAAAAACUUGAUCCCCCUGAGAUUGAAUUGGAUUCUGACCUAAGGAAAAUGGUUUCAGUUCGUGCCAGUGCAACUCUCCGUCUGUUUGUCCCAAUCAAAGGAAAACCUGAGCCUGAGGUCAAAUGGUCAAAGGCUGAGGGAUCUCUCAGUGAGCGAGCCCAAAUAGAGGUGACCAGCUCUUACACAAUGCUUGUCAUUGAUAAUGUCAACAGGUCCCACACAGGCAAGUAUGUGUUGACCCUGGAAAACAUCAAAGGUUCAAAGUCAGCGUUCAUUAAUGUCAGAGUGUUGGAUUCACCUAGUGCACCUACCAACUUUGUGGUCAAGGAUGUGAAGAGAGACUCUGUUGCCCUCUCCUGGGAACCCCCACUCAUUGAUGGUGGAGCCAAGAUCACACAUUACAUUGUGGAAAAGAGGGAAACUGCUAGAUUGGCAUUUACAAGUGUUUCUAACAACUGCGUAAGAAAUUCAUGUAAGAUUGAUGACCUUGUAGAGGGUGGUGUCUACUUUUUCCGUGUUCUGGCCGUCAAUGAGCUGGGUGUAGGACUGCCUGUUGAAACAACAGAGCCUAUUAAGGUUUCUCAGGCUCCUUUGCCUCCUGGCAAAAUUAAUCUAGUAGAUGUAACUCGCCACACUGUGAGUCUUUCAUGGGAUAAACCUGACCAUGAUGGUGGCAGCAAGAUCCAAUGCUACAUCGUAGAGAUGCAACUUAAAGGUGAAGAUAAAUGGACUGUGUGCACUGAGAUUAAAGCACUGGAGACAACUGUCGAGGGCCUCACCUCAGGAGACGAAUACUCAUUUAGGGUCAUUGCUGUAAAUGACAAGGGAAGGAGUGAUCCCAAACCCCUAGCAACACCUGUUGUGGUGAAGGACAUUACAAUCGAACCAGUGAUUAACCUGUUAUUCAACACAUACAGUGUUAAGGCAGGAGAUGACCUGAAGAUUGAGGUUCCAUUUAGAGCCAGACCUGAUCCUGAAGUUUCAUGGAAAAAAGAUGGUCAUUCUUUGAAGCAGACCACCAGGGUGAAUGUUUUGACAUCUAAAACGUCUUCCAAGAUUACUAUCAAAGAUGCAACCCGGGAAGAUUUAGGAAAAUAUGAGAUCACUUUAACCAACUCAAUUGGCAAAAAAUCUGCCAGAAUAGCUGUUAUAAUCUUGGACAAGCCUGGCCCACCAAGUGGAAUAAAGGUAGACGAAGUUAGCGCUGACUUUAUUUUACUUUCAUGGGAGCCUCCAACCUACGAUGGGGGAUGUCAAAUUAAUAACUAUGUUGUGGAGAAGAGAGACACAACCUCCACAAACUGGCAGAUUGUCUCAGCUACAGUUGCCAGAACAUCAAUUAAGGUCUGCCGCUUGACACAGGGCACUGAAUAUCAGUUCCGUAUUGCAGCAGAGAAUCGCUUUGGUAAGAGCCAUGCCAUUGAUUCUGCACCUAUAGUGGCCCAGUAUCCAUUUGAGCCACCUGGCCCUCCAGUGAACAUUCAUGUUUCCCAUGCCACAAAGUCUGGCAUGCUGGUUGAGUGGAAUAAACCAGCCAGUGAUGGUGGAAGUCCCAUAAUUGGUUAUCACCUUGAGUGCAAAGACCAAAGCAGCAUUCUGUGGACCAAGAUCAACAGAGGUCUCAUUGCGGAAAAUCAGUUCAAAGCGACAGGCAUUGAGGAAGGCCUGUUUUAUCAGUACCGUGUAUAUGCUGAGAAUAUUGCCGGAAUCGGACCCAGCACAAAACCAUCGGAGCCUGUAGCGGCAAAAGACCCAUGUAAUCCUCCAUGCAACCUCACAGUAACUAACAUUACCAGAACAUCAGUAUCGCUUUCAUGGGAAAGGCCAGAGUUUGAUGGUGGAGCCAAAAUUACAGGUUACAUUGUUGAGCGCAAAGAGCUUCCUGAUGGUCGUUGGCUGAAGUGCAAUUUUGCUAAUCUCCAAGAGACAUACUUUGAUGUUACUGGCUUGACGGAGGAUGUACAAUAUGACUUCCAUGUCAUUGCCAAGAAUGCAGCUGAGCUCUUUAGUGUACCAUCAGAGGGCACAGGGGCAGUCACUGUCAAAGAUGAUGUGGAUCCCCCCACUGUCAUCCUUGAAGACAAAUAUAGACAAUUGGUGGUCGUCAAAGCUGGAGAAAUUUUGAGUAUUGACGCAGAUCUCACUGGCCGUCCACAUCCUGUUGUGUCAUGGACAAAGGAUGGAAAAGAGAUUGAUGCCAAAGCAAGAGUGGAAGUUACAUCCACAAACACCCACACCACAUUACUUGUCAGAGAUAGCAUCAGAAGAGACUCUGGUCAGUACGUUUUGACUCUACAGAAUGUUGCUGGAACCAGGUCCAUGGCUGUGAAUUGCAAAGUUUUGGACCGUCCUGGGCCUUCAUCUGGACCUUUGGCAGUGUCUGGCCUCACAGCUGAAAAAUGUACCAUUACCUGGGGACCACCCCAAGAAAACGGUGGGGCUGAAAUCAUGCACUACAUUGUUGAGAAACGUGAAACUAGUCGCCUGGCCUGGACUUUAGUAUAUGCUGACAUGAAGGCCACCACAUGCAAGGUCACUAAACUGCUGAGAGGAAAUGAGUAUAUUUUCAGAGUGAGGGGAAUAAAUAAGUAUGGUGAUGGUGAGGCCCUGGAGAGUGAUCCCGUUACAGCGAGGGAUCCCUUCACCGUCCCUGUUGCACCAACAGAUGUCCAGGUGACCAGUGUGACAGGCGGAGCGAUGACCAUCUGCUGGGAGAGGCCUGUCUCUGAUGGAGGAAGCAGCAUCUAUGGCUAUGUGAUUGAAAAACGAGAGAAAACUGGACUUCGUUGGGUGCGUGUGAACAAAAAGCCUGUUUAUGACCUUAGGGUCAAAGCAUCCAACCUGCGUGAGGGGAGUGAAUAUGAGUACAGAGUCUAUGCUGAAAACGCAGCAGGACUAAGUGCCCCAAGCAUACCGUGCCCCCUGACCAAAGCAGAGGACCCACUGUUCCUGCCAUCCCCACCAGCUAAACCCAAGGUGAUCGACUCAACCAAGUCUACUGUCACUCUGACAUGGAACAAGCCCCUGUUUGAUGGUGGUGCUGCUGUGAAAGGUUACCGUGUUGAAUACAGGAAUACCAUGGAAGAGGACUGGAAUGUUGGUGUUCAGAACACAAAGAACACUGAAUUCACAGUUGUGAAGCUUACACCUGGAGCUGAGUAUGUGUUUGUUGUUAAAUCCAUAAACAAGAUUGGCGUCAGUGAACCCAGCCCUCCCACAGAUCCUCAGGUUGCAAAAGAAAGAGAGGACGAGCCAGUAUUCGACAUCAGCAAUGAGAUGCGGAAGACACUUAUGGUAAAGGAUGGCAGUUCAUUCACCAUGAAGGUACCAUUCAAGGGGAAGCCGGUUCCUAAUGUCAUGUGGAACAAGGCAGAUGUGGACCUAAGAGUGAGGGCAAUCAUCGAUACUACAGAUACAUUCACAUCUAUUACAGUGGAAAAAGCAACUCGUGAUGACUCUGGAAAAUACACAGUGACAUUGCAGAACACCGCUGGAACAGCCACACUGACACUGAAUGUUAGGGUUCUGGACUCCCCUGGCCCACCAUCUCGUGUUGAGAUCAAGGAGGUUACCAAGACGUCUGCAACAGUCACCUGGGACACCCCCGAGAAUGAGGGUGGUGGAGCUGUCAAGAACUACCUUGUCGACCUGCGUGAGGCAAGCAAAAAGGGAUGGACCAGAAUCACAGAUACAUGCCACCGACUGACUUACAAGCUGUCAGACCUUGUGGAGGGAGGCGUCUACUACUUCAGAAUCAUUGGUGAAAAUGAAUAUGGAAUUGGUGUACCCGCUGAGACUAAAGAGGGAACCAAGAUUACAGAAAAACCAAGUCCACCACCUAGUAUGGGUGUCACUGAUGUCACCAAGGACAGUGUGUCACUGUUGUGGGGCAAGCCAGAGCAAGAUGGUGGAAGCAGAAUCACCAGUUACCAGGUGGAUGCUCUGGAAAAGGGGGAGACAAAAUGGGUGACAUGUGGCGUGACCAAGACUACCCACCUUGUUGUCUCAGGCUUGAGGGAGAACGCUGAAUACUUUUUCAGAGUCCGUGCUGAGAACCAUGCUGGUUUCAGUGAAUCUAAGGACAUGACUAUGCCUGUGAUGGUUAAAGAUCAGUUUGAAUCACCUGAAUUAAUCAUGAAGAACAUCCCUCAUAAUACGGUCUACGUUAGAGCUGGAUCCAACUUGAAGGUUGACGUCCCCAUGACUGGCAAACCUCUGCCCAAGGUGUCUCUGUCUAAGGACAAUGUGGUUCUGAAGUCCACAAUGAGGUUCAACUCUGAGAUCACCCCUGAUAGUAUUAAAAUCACACUCCGUGACAGUAUUGCUGGAGACUCUGGAAGAUAUGACAUUACUGCCUCUAAUGCCAGUGGUACCACCAAAUCUUUUGUCAACAUUGUGGUCCUGGAUAGACCCAGUGUCCCAGUUGGACCAGUUGAGAUGUAUGAUGUAACAGAAGACAGCGUGAGCCUGAAGUGGCUACCUCCCUCAUACGAUGGCGGCAGCCCCAUCACCAACUACAUCAUCCUCAAACGACAGACAACCACAGCAAACUGGACCGAGGUCUCCUCUGCUGUAGCAAGAUGUACCAUGAAGAUCAUGAAGCUCACUACCGGAAAGGAGUACCAGUUCAGAAUAAAGGCUGAAAAUCGCUAUGGAAUUAGCGAGCACAUUGACUCUCCAACUGUCACUGUGAGCCUACCUUACACCGUCCCCGAAGCUCCAUCUGCACCAGUGGUGACAGCGGUUACCAAGGAGAGUAUCACGGUGACCUGGAAGGAGCCUGCCUCUGAUGGAGGCAGCCAUGUCUUUGGCUACCACCUGCAGAUGAAGGACAGAAACAGCAUUAUGUGGCAGAAAGUCAACAAGACUGUUAUCCGUGCCUGUCACUACAAAGUGAUAAAUAUCAACCCGGGUCUCAUCUAUGAAUUCAAAAUAGCUGCUGAAAAUGCAGCUGGAUUGAGUGCCAUUAGCAAGAUAUCUGACGCAGUACUGGCCAUCGAUGCCUGCGAGCCUCCAAACAAUGUCCGCAUUACUGAUAUCACCAAGAAUACCAUCACCCUGGCAUGGCAGCAGCCUUCUGAUGGUGGCAGCAAGAUCACAGGCUACUUCAUUGAGAAGAGAGACGAUCCAAAAGGAAGAUGGACAAAGGCUCAUCUGACCAACAUCGCAAACAAACAUUACACUGUGACAGGCUUAACUCAAGAUGAAUCUUAUGAGUUUAGAGUAAUGGCAAAGAACGCUGUUGGAUCAGUCAGCAACCCAUCCAUCGUUGCAGGUCCAGUUACUUGUGUGGACACAUUCGGUGCACCCGAGAUUGAAAUCCCCCAGGAGUAUCUGGAAGUAGUGAAACACAAGGCUGGAUCUAUUGUUGAACUUACAUUUGGUAUCAUAGCUAAGCCGCCACCUACCAUUGAGUGGUUUAAGGAUGGAAAGGAGCUUAAGUCAGGGGCUCAGCAGACAAUCAAGCACACUGCUGACUCUACAAGUAUCAUCAUCAGGGACACCACCCGUCUCAACACAGGAGCAUAUGAGAUCAAGGUCAAGAACUCUCUGGGCUCAGCCUUUGCCUCUGUCAGACUGCAAAUUCUUGAUAAGCCUGGACCUCCUGCUGGAGAGAUUCAGUUCAAGAAGAUCACAGCUGAUAAUGUCACCAUCAUGUGGGCCCCACCUGAUGACGAGGGUGGAGCCUUGGUUACUCACUACAUUAUAGAGAAGCGUGAGACCAGUAGGAUUAUGUGGUCCAUCAUAUCUGAGAAACUGGAAGAAUGUAUUGUCAAUGUCCAGAGAUUGAUCCAAGGCAACGAGUACAUCUUCAGAGUCAGAGGCAUCAACAAAUAUGGAGUUGGUGAUCCACUGGAGUCUGAGCCAGUGGUUGCCAAGAAUGCAUUUGUUCCUCCCAGCGAGCCCUCCAAGCCCACGGUCAGCAUGAUUACCAAAUCCACAAUGACAGUGAUCUGGGAGAGACCUGCUCUUGAUGGAGGAAGUGACCUUGAUGGCUACUACCUGGAGAAGCGUGAAAAGAAGAGCCUGCAGUGGUUUAAGGUGGUCAAAGGCACCAUCCGUGACACCAGGCAGAAAGUCACCAAUCUUACAGAAGGAAAUGAAUAUCAAUAUCGUGUCUGUGCCAUCAACAAGGCUGGAGCUGGAAAAUACUCACUGUGUUCUGAACUCUACAAGGCCUAUGAUCCCAUUGAUCCACCAAGUGAGCCAACUAAACUAAGAGUGGUUGACUCCACUAAAACCUCCAUCACCCUGGGCUGGGUGAAGCCUGUGUAUGACGGAGGCAGUGAGAUCACCAGCUAUAUCGUAGAGCAAAUGAACACAGAGGACAGGGAAUGGGUUGUGAUCAGCUCUAACGGUGAAGUACGGACAACAGAGUAUGUUGCGUCACAUCUGAAACCAGGAACCUACUACUUCUUCCGUGUCUCUGCUGUCAAUUGUGUUGGGGCAGGAGAAAACAUUCAGAUGUACCAGCCUGUACAACCCAAAGAUAUUCUUGAGGAAGCAGACCUUGACUUGGAUGUUUCCAUGACCACCCAGUACACAGCUAAAGCAGGAAGAGAUGUGGAGAUUAGGAUCCCUCUGAAGGGCAGACCUGCUCCUAACGUCACCUGGAGGAAGGGAGACAAGAACCUUGCCAGUGAUGCCAGGUUCACUAUCAACAACACAGAGUAUUCAACCCUCCUCAUCAUUCCAAAGAUUACACGCGAUGACUGUGGCAAAUAUCUCCUGGAAAUUGAGAAUGGUGUUGGUGAACCCAAGAUCAUCACUGUGUCUGUGAAGGUGCUUGACACACCAUCCACCUGCCAAAAGCUGAUUAUCAAGAAUGUCACCAGAAACAAACUCACUCUCAGCUGGGAAGCUCCUCUGAUAGAUGGUGGUUCCCCUGUUACCAAAUACAUUGUUGAAAAGAAAGAUUCCACCAUGAAGGCAUACACUGUUGUGACAACAGAGUGCACUAAUACAACAUACAAAAUUGAUGGUCUGUCUGAGGAGAUUGCCUACUUCUUCCGUGUGUCUGCUGAGAAUGAGUAUGGAGUUGGUGACACAUGUGAGACUACAGAGCCUGUCAGAGCAACCGAGACCCCCGGUCCAGUAAAGGAGUUGGUCAUGACAGACUCUACCAAGACAUCUGUGAUGCUGAAGUGGACUAAGCCUGAUCAUGAUGGUGGCAGCCACAUCUCAGACUAUAUCAUUGAGAAGAAGCUAAAGGAAGAGACCACAUGGACCCUGGGUGGAACAAGCAAGCGUUGCACAUAUGAAGUUUCAAACCUUAAGGAGAAUACUGUUAUGGACUUCAGAGUAUUCGCCAAAAAUGAGAAAGGAAACAGCGACUUCUCCCUGAUUGGACCUAUCACAGUGAAGGACUUUAUUAUCCCACCUGAGGCCAACAUGAUUGAUUAUCCAAAUGGUGAUCUCAGUGUUCGCCUUGGCCAAAAUAUCCACAUUGAGCUUCCAUUCAAGGGCAAGCCAAAACCUAUCAUUAGCUGGAUGAAGGACAAUGUACCAUUGAAGGAAAGUGAGAAGAUUCGCUUCCGCACAACUGAUAACAAAACUGCAAUGACAAUCAGAAGCUCCAAGAAGGAAAAUGCUGGCAUGUACACACUGGUGCUGGACAAUAGACAGAUCAAGAACUUCUUUGAUAUUAAAGUGGUCAUUCUUGCACCACCCUCUGUACCUGUUGGACCUAUUCGAUUUGAUGAGAUCAAAGCACAGGGCAUUAUCAUAUCAUGGGAUGAACCACAGGAUGACGGAGGUGGAGAGAUCACCUGCUACAGCGUGGAGAAAAGAGAGACCUCCCAUGCUAACUGGAAGAUGGUCUGCUCCAGUGUUGUAAGGACCACAUUCAAGAUCCCCAACCUUGUCAAAGGAACAGAGUACCAGUUCAGAGUGCGUGCUGAGAACAAAUACGGAGUAAGCGAGGCAUUGAAUUCAACAGAAGUUAUGGCCCAGCACCAGUACAAGCCCCCAGGUUCCCCAGGAAAGCCUGUGGCAUACAAUGUCACCAGUGAUGGCAUGACCAUUCAGUGGGAAGCACCUGGUUUUGAUGGUGGCUCACCAAUCUCUGGCUAUCACGUGGAGAAGAAGGACAGAAAUAGCUUGUUGUGGACCAAAGUAAAUUCCAGCAUCAUUUCUGCAAGAGACUACAGAAUCAUUGGUUUGAUUGAGGGUUUGGAGUACUCAUUUAGAGUCUAUGCUGAGAAUAAUGCUGGCCUGAGUCCUGUCAGUGAGCAGAGCAAGCAUGCGCUUGCCAUCUCUCCAGUUGACCCCCCUGGCACUCCCAACUGUAUUGAUUGCACAAGAGACUCUGUGACUCUCAAGUGGGGCUUACCCAAGAGAGAUGGAGGCAGUAAGAUUGUGGGUUACAGCGUGGAGAGACGCCAAGGCAGAGCCCGUUGGCUGAGGUGCAACUUCACUGACAUCUGUGAAUUACAGUUCACCGUCACUGGACUCUCUGCUGGUGACCGCUAUGAGUUUAGGGUGAUCGCCAGGAAUGCUGUUGGAACUGUCAGUCCACCUUCCCAGUCCUCAGGCUACAUCAUGACCAAGGAUGAGAGUGUUACUCCUGACAUUGAGUUUGCUGCUGACCAGGCCGUAACCCUCAAGGCUGGUGAGAACAUCAAACUAAAGUGCAGCAUCACCGGGCGCCCCGUACCUCAGGUCAUAUGGUACAAGGACGGUACAGAGAUUGAUAAGAAGAUGAUGAUUGACAUUACAACAACCAUCGGAAGCAGCUCACUCUUCGCCCGUGACGUAGACCGUAGUCACCGUGGCAUCUACGCAGUGGAGGCCAGGAACAGCUCAGGAACUAAGAGAGCAGAAGUUAAUAUCAGAGUCCAAGACACCCCUGGGCCUCCUGAGGGUCCCAUCCGUUUCACAGGCAUCACUGCAGAGAAGUGUACAGUUUGGUGGAACCCUCCAGAGAACGAUGGCUGCUCUGCCAUCACUCACUACAUAGUAGAGAAGAGAGAGACCUCCAGGAUCUCCUGGGCAAUGGUGACCAGCAAGUGUGAAGCCUGCUCCUUCAACGUCACUAAACUGAUCAAGGGCAAUGAGUAUCAGUUCCGUGUCUCUGCCGUCAACAAGUUUGGUGAUGGCAGACCUCUGGACUCUGAACCAGUCGUUGCACAGAUGCAAUUCACUGUGCCAGAAGCCCCAGGUACACCAGACGCCACACAUAUUACAGGCAAUAGCAUCACAAUGUGCUGGACUAGGCCCAGGUCAGAUGGUGGUAACGAGAUCAAACACUACAUCCUGGAACGACGUGAGAAGAAGAGUCUGAUGUGGGUGAAGGUGUCAUCCAAGAGACCCAUCACUGAGCUCCGACACAGAGUCACCCACCUGACCGAGGGAUAUGAGUAUGAGUUCCGUGUGAUGGCUGAGAAUGGAGCUGGAAUAGGACCUUCCGGCAGCACAUCCAGGCUUUUCAAGUGCAGAGAGCCUACCAGCACACCAAGUGCCCCCUCUGUGGUCAAAGUUAUUGACUCCACCAAGUCCUCUGUCACCCUGGAUUGGAUCAAGCCUGUGUUUGAUGGUGGCAUGGAGGUUAUUGGUUACAAUAUUGAGAUGUGCAAGGCUAGUCUGGAGGAAUGGCACAAAAUCAACACAGAGUUAUGCAUCAAUAACGUCUACACAGCUAAAGGUCUGGUUGCUGGUGAGAUGUACAAGUUCCGUGUUAGUGCAGUGAAUGGAACAGGACAGGGAGAAGCCUGUACAAUUCCCAAUCCAGUGCAAGCUGUGGACAGACUGACGUCUCCAGAAAUUGACAUUGAUGCUAGCUUCAAACAGAACCACAUUGUGAGGAAUGGUGGCACUGUCACUCUCCAUAUUCCUUUCCGUGGCAAACCUAUUCCUCUGGCUACCUGGACCAAGGCUGAUGGUGAGGUGCCAGUAAUGGCAGAUAUCAACACUACUGACUCAUUUAGCACCUUGACUAUUGAAGGCUGCACCAGAUACGAGGCUGGAAAAUACACCUUGUCUCUAGAAAACAACAGUGGGCGGAAGUCUAUUACCUUCACUGUGAAGGUUUUAGAUACUCCUGGACCACCAGGUAAAAUCUCCUUCAAGGACGUGACCAGAGGAGCACUGACCCUCAUGUGGGACGCUCCCAGCAAUGACGGAGGAGCUCGCAUUCAUCACUACAUUGUGGAUAUGCGUGAGGCCAGCCGUCUCAGCUGGCAAGAAGUUAGCACUAAGUGCACACGUCAAAUAAUUAGAGCAACCAACAUGGAGAUAGGUAUUCCAUAUGUCUUCAGAGUUAUUGCAGUUAACCAGUAUGGUCAGGGUGAGCCACAGGAGAUGUCUGAGCCUGUGGUUGCCACGGAGGAACCUGCUCCACCCAAGAGGCUGGAUGUCAUCGACACAAGCAACUCCACAGCUUCUCUGGCCUGGCUAAAGCCUGAACAUGAUGGUGGCAGCCGAGUCAGAGGCUACAUUGUGGAGCUUAGGGCCAAGGGGUCUGACCGCUGGUUAAUGGGUGGUGAGACAAAGUCUCUGAAAAUGGUUCUGGAAGGCUUGAUUGAAAACACAGAGUACAAUUUCCGUGUCAAAGCCAAGAACGAUGCUGGCAUCAGUGAGGCAAGAGAUGCCUUUGGUUCUGUUGUCAUCAAGGAGCCCCGUAUUGAGCCUACUGCUGACCUCAGCAGCAUCAACAACCAACUCAUCACAUGCAAGACCAGUGACAAGUUCAUCAUUGAUAUUCCUAUCAGUGGCAGACCAGCUCCAAAGGUAACAUGGAAACUGGAAGAGAUGAAGUUGAAGGAGACUGACAGAGUGUCUAUCAAGUCCAACCAUGAAAAGACAACCCUGGUUGUAAAAGACAGCAAGAGAGGAGAUAGUGGAAAGUAUUACCUAAUUCUGGAAAAUGCGGCAGGAGUGAAAACCUUCACUGUGACAGUUGUGGUGUUUGGUAGACCCAGUGCACCAACUGGCCCUGUGGAAAUAUCCUCUGUCUCAUCUGAGUCCUGCACACUGUCAUGGGCAGACCCCUCAGACGAUGGCGGCACUGAAAUAACUAACUAUAUUGUUGAGAAGCGCGAGUCUGGAUCGACAUCCUGGCAGGUUGUGAACUCCAGUGUCAAGCGCACCACAAUUAAAGUCACCCGUCUGACCAAAUACAUGGAGUACACCUUCCGUGUGUGUGCUGAGAACAAGUUUGGCGUGAGCAAGUCCAUUGAGACUACACCUGUGAUUAUUGAACAUCCAUUUGUUCCCCCAAGUCCUCCAACACGCCCAGAUGUGUUGUUUGUCUCUGCUUCUGCCAUUGGCAUCAAGUGGGACCUGCCAUACCAUGAUGGAGGCAGUGGAAUAACAGGCUACUGGAUAGAGAAAAAAGAGAGAAACACCAUCCUGUGGGUGAGGGAGAACAAGAUCCCAUGUGUCGACGCCCAAUACAAAGUAUCCAGUCUUAUUGAGGGCUUGGAGUACCAGUUCAGAGUUUACGCAAUGAAUAUUGCUGGUCUGAGCAAAGCCAGCGAAGCCUCCAGGCCAGUGGUGGCACUGAAUCCUGUGGAUCCUCCUGGCAAACCAGAGGUGACAGAUAUCACUAGAUCCUCAGUCACAAUCGCCUGGUUUGUACCUGAAAAUGAUGGAGGUAGCAAGAUUGUUGGCUAUGUUGUUGAGCGCAAGCCUUACAGCACAGAUGAAUAUGAUGACACACGCUGGUUGAAAUGCAACUACACCACAAUCACAGACACAAAUUUCACCGUGGCUAAUCUGGGAGAAGAUGAAGUGUAUGAGUUCCGUGUUAUUGCCAGAAAUGGAGCUGGUGUACACAGUGCUCCAUCAGAGUCCACAGGACCCAUUACCUGCAAGGAUGAGUACACCCCUCCAAAAGCUGAACUUGACAAAACGCUGGUUGGAGAGACAGUCACUAUUCGUGCUGGGUCAGACCUGGUUUUGGAUGGGGCAGUGGGAGGUAAACCAGAGCCUAAAGUGUUCUGGUCCAAGGGUGAAAAGAUUCUAGAACUGGGAGAGAAAUAUUCUCUGACCUAUACCAGCUCCAGAGCCAUGGCCAUCAUCAAAAGCUGUGACAGGAAUGACACUGGCAGGUACAUCCUCACUGUGAAAAAUGCCAGCGGCACCAAGACAGCAGCGGUCAAUGUUAAAGUACUAGAUACGCCUGGGCCUCCUGCUGAAAAGGUUAUCAUCAGCAGAGUCACAGAGGAGAAGUGUAGUGUAUCCUGGAAGAUUCCGUUAGAGGAUGGUGGAGACUUAGUGUCUCACUACAUUGUAGAGAGACGCGAGACCAGCCGCCUCAACUGGGUCAUUAUGGAGACAGAAUGUAAAACCUUGGCAUGUGUCAGCAGUAAACUCAUCAAGAAUAAUGAGUACGUCUUCCGUGUCAGAGGAGUCAACAAGUAUGGACCUGGAGUACCUCUGGAGUCUGACCCUGUUAUUGCAAGAAACGCAUACACUAUCACUUCACCUCCUGGAGCACCAGAGAUCACGGCUGUUGGAAAGGAACAUGUCAUUAUUGAAUGGAUGAAGCCAGAGAGUGAUGGUGGGAGUGAGAUCAAGAACUACCUUGUUGACAAACGUGAGACGAGCAGUCUCAGGUGGACCAGAGUGAACAAGACCUUCACCAUUUAUGACACGCGUCUGAAGAUUUCCGGAUUGCUGGAGGGCAGCGACUACCAGUUCCGUGUCACAGCUGUGAAUGCUGCUGGAAACAGUCAGCCCAGCGACGCCUCCCAAUAUGUUCUAUGCAAAGAUCCAACCUACACUCCUGCUCCACCUUCCAUACCACGGGUGACAGACAGCACUAAACAUAGCAUCAGCCUUGCCUGGACCAGGCCUAUGUAUGAUGGUGGUUCUGAUGUGACUGGUUAUGUAGUUGAGAUUCUGGAGGAGGGAACAGAGCAGUGGUAUAGAGCUCACCAAAAGGUUCUGAAGACUAACAACUAUGUUGCCACUGGUCUGGCCAGCAACAAGAAGUACAGCUUCCGUGUGGCAGCUGUUAACAACAAGGGCACUGGUGAAUUCAGUGAAGCAAGUGUGGAAACCGAGCCUGUGGAGAAAGUUGAAAUCCCAGAUCUUGAACUGGGUGAUGACCUGAAGAAGACUGUGUGUCUGCGGGCUGGUGGCACUCUGAGGCUGUUUGUGACAGUGACUGGGAGACCCACGCCAAUCAUCACCUGGAGGAAGAAGGGAGUGGACCUUCAGAGCAGAGGCUUCAUUGACACCACUGACAGCUACACAUCUCUGGUAGUUGAGAAGGUCCAUCGUUAUGAUGCUGGAAAAUACAUUGUUGAGGCAGAGAACCCAUCUGGCAAGAGGACAGCAACUGUUCUCGUCAAGAUUUAUGACACUCCUGGACCACCUGGGGCCGUUAAAGUGAAAGAUUAUACCAAGGAAUCUGUGGUAAUUACUUGGGAUGUACCUAGUGUUGAUGGCGGAGCUCCUAUCAACAACUACAUCAUUGAGAAACGAGAAGCUUCAAUGAAAUCGUACAAGACAGUUACAACGGAAUGUAGGAAAACAUUGUUCAGAAUCACUGGUCUGGAAGAGGGAGUUCACUACUUCUUCCGAGUAUUACCAGAGAACAUCUAUGGUAUUGGAGAAGGUUGUGAGAUUCCUGAGUCUGUCCUGCUCUGUGAAGUUCCAUCAAUUCCUCAAGAUAUGGAAAUUGUGGAUGUGACAAAGACCACAGUCAUUCUGAAGUGGGAGAAGCCUCUUUCUGAUGGUGGCAGCCGAGUGACAGGCUACGUCAUUGAGGCCUGCAAGGUUGGAUCAGACAGAUGGACUGCUGUGUCAACUGUGAAGUCAUCAGUGUCUCAGCACACUGUCACUUCCCUGACAGAGAAUGAGCAGUAUCUAUUCAGAAUCAGAGCCACCAACAGCAGGGGAGUCAGCGAGGCUAGAGAGAUCAUGAGUCCUAUCACUGUUCAGGAACAGAAAGUGGCACCCAAGAUUGAUCUGGCUGGAAUUCCACAGAAGAUUGUCAAUGUCCCAGCAGGCAAACCAAUUGACAUCAACCUGCCCAUUAAGGGUAAACCUUUGCCUGUCUGCUCAUGGUUCUUUGCUGGUGUUAAGAUGAAGGAUAGUCUUGAGCGUGUCAAGAUUGAAAGCACAGCAAAAUACACAAGACUAAUUGUCCGUGAGACCACAAUUGAUGACACUGGGGAUUACACUCUGGAAGUAAAGAAUGCAACAGGAAUUGCCAAAGAGGUUAUCAAAAUCGUUAUCCUUGACAAACCUGGAAUACCCAUCGGACCGAUGAAAAUUGAAGAGGUUGAUGGCAGCUCUGUGACUGUUAGCUGGGAACCACCAGAGAAGGAUGGCGGUGCUAACGUUAGCGGCUAUGUGGUUGAGCAGCGUGAUGCACACCGUCCUGGCUGGUUGUCUGUGUCCGAGUCUGUAACCAGGCCCACUUUCAAAUUCACAAGACUGUCAGAAGGAACUGAAUACGUGUUCCGUGUUGCUGCUACAAACCGCUUCGGCGUUGGUGGAUUCAUGCAGUCAGAAGUUGUGGAGUGCAAGAGUUUGAAGACCAUACCCGGACCACCCAGCACACCAGACAUUGUUGAUGUAACUCAUGAAGGCAUGACCGUAACAUGGCAGCCACCAGAGGAUAAUGGUGGCUCCACUCUGGCCGGAUACAUCAUCGAGCGAAAGGAGGUCAGGUCUGACAGAUGGAUGCGCAUCAACAAGAACCCAGUGACAAUGACCCGAUACAGAUCUACAGGUCUGAUUGAAGGCCUGGAGUACGAAUACAGAGUCACAGCCAUUAACUCCAGGGGUGAAGGAAAACCAAGCUUGGGCUCCAAACCUGCUAUCGCCAUGGAUCCCGUCGAGCCCCCAACUGCACCUAUGCAUCCUCGAGUGACCGACAGCACCAGGACCUCUGUGUCUCUGGCCUGGCUUCCUCCUGAAGAUGAGGGUGGAGCCAUUGUCACUGGCUACCUGAUUGAGAUGCAGAAAGUGGACCAGGUGGAAUGGACUAAGUGCAACACAACACCUACAAAGAUCUGUGAAUACACACUGACACAUAUGCCCCAGGGAGCAGAGUACAAAUUCCGUGUCAUGGCCUGCAAUGCUGGAGGAUCAGGAGAACCAGCUGAAAUACCAGGGGUGGUCAAGGUUACAGAAAUGCUUGACUAUCCUGACUAUGAGCUGGAUAGCAAGUAUGAGGAAGGCUAUGUGGUCCGACAGGGUGGAGUUAUCAGACUGUCUGUGCCAAUCAAGGGAAAACCAGUUCCUACCUGUAAGUGGACCAAGGAAGGCCGAGAUAUUUCUCACAGAGCCAUGAUUGUCUCCACUGAUGACAUCACUGAGCUGGUGAUCAAGGAGGCCCACAAAGAGGAUACCGGCACCUAUGACCUAAUUCUGGAAAACAAAUGCGGCAAGAAGGUUGUCUACAUCAAGGUGAAGGUAAUCGGACGCCCCGAUGCCCCAGAAGGUCCUCUCGAGUUUGAUGAUAUCCAGGCUCGUUCUGUCAGAGUUAGUUGGAGACCUCCAUCAGACGACGGUGGCUCAGAUGUCUUGGGAUACAUCGUUGAGAGACGCGAGGUUCCUAAGGCAGCUUGGUGCACUGUGGACUCCAGGGUCCUUGAGACAUCUCUGGUGGUCAAAGGACUAAAGGAGAAUGUUGAGUACCACUUCAAGAUAUCAGCAGAGAACCAGUUUGGUGUCAGCAGAUCCCUAAAAUCUGAUGAGUCUGUCAUACCAAAGACACCUCUCUGUCCUCCAGAACCACCAAGCAACCCACCAGAAAUUAUGGAUGUCACCAAGAGCACAAUCUCUCUGUCCUGGUCCAGGCCCAAGGAUGAUGGUGGCUCCCGUGUCACAGGCUACUUUGUUGAGAGAAGAGAGGUGUCCACUGAGAAGUGGGUGCGUCACAACAAGACACACAUCACCACCACCAUGUACACUGUAACUGGACUCAUCCCUGAUGCUGAAUACAAGUUCAGGGUAGUCGCUCAGAAUGACGUUGGUAAGAGUGAGGCUGGACCCGAAUCCGAUUCAGUUGUCUGCAAAGAUCCAUUCGACAAACCAAGUCAACCUGGAGAGAUUGACAUAAUCUCAGUUGCCAAGGACUGCAUCACUAUCCACUGGUUGCGUCCAGAGUGUGAUGGUGGAAAGGAGAUCCUGGGCUACUGGAUAGAGUUCAGAGAGGCCGGUGAAAGUGCCUGGAAGAAAUGCAACAAAGAACGUUCCAAGGACAGACAGUUUACAAUGGGUGGUCUUAUGGAGGCUACAGAGUACGAGUUCCGUAUUAUUGCUGAGAAUGAGACUGGAUUGAGCAGGCCCCGCAGAACUGCCAUGGGCAUUAAGACAAAACUGAGCGUUGGAGAGGCUCCAUGUCUGAAGGAGGAAAUAAAAGACGUCACUACAAAACUAGGUGAAUCUGGAACUUUGGUGUGCCAGAUCAUUGGCAGACCUCUACCAGAGAUCAAAUGGUACCGGUAUGGCAAGGAGCUGAUCCAGAGCCGCAAAUACAAGAUGAGUUCUGAUGGUCGCAACCAUUCUUUGACCGUGGCCACAGAUGAACAGGAAGAUGAGGGUCUGUAUACUUGCAGAGCUGUAAAUGAGGCCGGAGAGGUUGAGACCAGCGGAAAACUUUUCCUACAUGCCGCUCCUCAGUUCCACCCCGGCUUCCCUCUGAAAGAGAAGUACUAUGCUGGCUGUGGAACCAGCCUCCGUCUCCAUGUAGUUUACAUCGGCCGUCCUAUUCCACAGAUUAUGUGGUUCUAUGACAAGAAGCCUUUAAAUCCAUCUGAGAAUGUCAUCAUUGAGAAUACAGAGAGCUACUCUCAUCUGGUUGUUCGGAAUGUUCAACGUAAGACCAAUGCUGGCCGGUACAAGGUGCAAAUGAGCAACAAAUUCGGCACUGUUGACACCUUCCUUCGUGUUGAAAUUCAAGAUAAACCUACUAUCCCAGAGGGGCCCAUUGUUGUGGAUGCACUGUUGAAGAGCUCUAUAAUCAUCAGCUGGAAGCCUCCAAAGGAUGAUGGUGGCUCAAUGAUCACCAACUACAUUGUAGAGAAACGUGAAGCAAAGGAGGGCGAGGAGUGGCACCUGGUGUCAUCCUCUGUCUCAGGAACAACUUGCCGCGUUCCCAACCUGACUGAGAGUGCUGGAUAUUACUUCCGUGUUUCAGCUCAGAACCAAUAUGGUGUCAGUGCUUCUCUGGAGAUUCAAUCCGUUCUCAUCAUUAAGAGUCCAUUCGAAAAACCCGGAAUCCCACAGCAGCCCGUUGUUACUGGUGUCACAAAGGAUUCCUGCGUUGUGUCUUGGAAACCACCAAGCAGUGAUGGAGGUGCCAAGAUUAAGAACUACUUCCUGGACAAACGUGAGAAGAGGCAGAACAAAUGGAUUUCAGUGUGCACUGAAGAGAUCCACGAGACCACCUACAAUGUCACAGGCCUAAUUGAGGGCUUUGAGUAUGAGUUCCGUGUCAAGUGUGAGAAUAUUGGUGGUGAGAGUGAUUGGAGUGAAAUAUCCGAAGCCAUCAUUCCCAAAUCAGAACACGCUCCACGACCCCCUGUGUUCAGAGACGAACUUAGAGACAUGACCGUGAAGUACAAGGCCAAUGCUACAUUUGUAUGCAAGGUUGUUGGACAUCCAAAACCUGUGAUCAAAUGGUACAGGCGUGGCAAAGAAAUUCAGCCUGAUGGACAGAAGAUCAAAGCACAAGAAUUCAAGGGAGGCUAUUACCAACUUGUCAUUACUGCUGCUGUUGAAGAUGAUGCAACAGUGUAUCAAAUUAGAGCAACAAACCAAGAAGGAUCCAUCUCUACAACUGUUAACUUGGAUGUGGAGGUUCCUGCAAAGAUUCACUUGCCCGAAUAUCUCCAGGGCAUGGGUGCAGUCCAUGCAGUCCGUGGUGAUGUGAUUACUGUAAAGAUCCCUAUCACUGGCAAACCUGAACCAGCAAUCAUCUGGCAGAAGGGGCAAGAAAUCCUCUCCAACUCUGCCUACUAUCAAGUCAUCACCACCCGAUCCUUCACUUCACUUGUUUUCCAGAAGGGAGUCCAAAGAAAGGAUACUGGUUAUUACAUUAUAACGGCAAAGAACAGAUUUGGCACUGACAAGCAAACUAUUGAGGUUGAUGUGGCAGAUGUGCCAGAUCCUCCCAAGGGUAUCAAAAUCAGUGACAUCUCCCGUGAUUCAAUCACUUUAACCUGGGACCCUCCAGCCAAUGACGGUGGUAGCCCUAUCAUCAACUACAUUGUGGAGAAAUGCCCCACUACAGCUGACCGCUGGAUCCGCGCAGCCCAAACCACUGAGACUCAGUAUACCAUGAUUAAUGUCUUUGGCAAGACAAAGUACCAGUUCCGUGUGAUUGCAGAGAACCAGUUUGGGGUCAGUGAGCCAACUGCACCAACUGAGGCAGUUACCACAAAGGAAGAUAAGUCUGUUAUCAGAAACUAUGAUGAAGAAGUUGAUGAAGAAAGAGAAAUCACUAAGGGGGAGGCCCCACAACAUAAGAUCAAGACCUUGGCAUCCAUGUACACAAUCUCUGAAGAGCUGGCUAGAGGGCAGUUUGGUAUUGUCCACCGCUGUGUUGAAAUCAGUACCAAAAAGACAUACAUGGCCAAGUUAAUCAAAGUAAAGGGCACAGAUCAGGAGCUGGUAUACAGGGAAAUUGAGACCCUUAACCUAGGUAGACACAAGAACCUAAUGUAUCUACAUGAGUACUUUGAGAGCUUGGAUGAGAUGGUCUUGAUCUACGAGUUCAUGUCAGGAGUUGAUAUCUUUGAACGUCUUGGCACAGCCAACUUUGAGCUUACAGAACAGGAGAUUGUUAGGUACUUGAGGCAGGUGUGUCAAGGCAUCAAGUUCCUGCACAGUCAGCACUAUGGUCAUUUUGAUAUCAGACCUGAAAACAUUGUCUACUCCACGAGAAGGAGCACAAAUGUUAAGAUUAUUGAAAUGGGCCAAGCAAGACUACUGACCCCAGGAGACAACAUCAGAAUCCAGUUCACUUCUCCAGAGUACUGCGCUCCUGAAGUCCACCGCCACGAUCUGGUGAGCUCACGAACCGACAUGUGGUCAGUUGGCGUACUGGCAUAUGUACUCCUCAGUGGCCUCAAUCCAUUUGCUGCAGAGUCCACUACCAAAAUGAUUGAAAAUAUCUCAAAUGUUGAGUAUAUCUUCGACGCAGAGGCUUUCAAGGACACCAGUCAGGAAGCAAUGGACUUUGUAGACAGGCUUCUGAUCAAGGAUAGAAAGGUGCGUAUGACAGCUUCUGAAGCUUUGGAGCAUCCUUGGUUGAAGAUGAAGCUGGAAAACGUUAGCACAAAGAUCAUUAAAACACUGCGACACAGAAGGUAUUACCAGACAGUGGUAAAGAAGGAGUGGAACACCAUUGUAUCAGCUGCACGUGUAGCCUACGGUGGGGCUUUCAGAAGCCAGAGAGGAGUGUCUUUUGCCAGGGUGAAGAUUGCAUACCCCACCCAGGGUGUUCGUGCAGGCUCAGUCAUGCAUGGAACUGCUGAGGAAGGCGGACAUGUCAGAUUCACUUGCAGCAUUGAUAACUAUGACAAGACCACACAGGUGAGCUGGUACUUUGGUUCACGACAACUGCAUCCAAGUACCAAAUAUGAAAUUUCUUACAGCAAUGGAUUUGCCAGCAUUUAUGUGAAGGACAUCGAAGCGUCUGAUGAUGGUGUCUACAGGUGCAAAGUUGUUAAUGAGGACAGUGAGGCUAGUGCCUGUGGAGAACUCUUUGUUGAAACUGUCAGGUCAUACCGCGAAUACUUCUUGGGACGCACUGUCAAGAAACUGAGGGGAAAGCUUGACAAGACAAAACUGUUGCAGAGACCUCCUGAGUUCACUCUGCCUCUCUACAACCGUGCAGCUUACAUUGGUGAGGAUGUGCGUUUUGGUGUCACCAUCACUGUGCAUCCAGAACCCCAUGUCACAUGGCUGAAGGCAGGCCAGAGAAUCAAACCAGGUGACAAUGACAGGAAGUACACCUUCACUAGUGACAAGGGUCUCUAUCAGCUGAUGAUCCACAACCUGGAUCUUGAGGACGACGCAGAGUACACUGUCAUGGCUAACAACAAGUUUGGUGAGGACAGCUGCACAGCUCGUCUCACAGUAACUCAUCACCCAGUGACGGAGGAGACCAUGAGGCCUAUGUUCAAACGUCUGUUGGCUAACGUGGAGUGUGGUGAAGGAAACAGUGUCCGCUUUGACCUCAGAGUUUCAGCUAUACCAGCACCUACUCUCAAGUGGGAGAAGGAUGGUCAGCCUCUGCAGUUUGGACCACAGAUUACAGUUGUUCAAGAAGAUGUAGACUAUCAUGUUCUGCACAUCAGAGAAACUCUUAUUGAAGACUCUGGAGUCUACAAGGUUACUGCAACAAAUGCUGCUGGAUCUGCGAGCUGCCAAGCCACACUAAAGGUGGAGCGCCUCACAUACACAAGGAGAGAAUAUAAGAGUGAAGAGGAGAAACAGAGGUAUGUGCAGAAACAGAUUGAAAAGACAAUGAAGAUGGCCCAGCACAUCGCAACUACCGAAGAACACCUAGGACUCAACCCUGCGGCCCAAGAGGCCUUGAAACAUGCUGCAGAUAUCUACAAGCCUGCAGUGAGCACCAAACAUAUCCAGGGUGAGUUUGACAUUGCGAAGGAAACACAAGUCAAAAAGACAACUGUGGAGGAGAGGACAAUCCGAAUGCCCUAUGAGAUCCCUGAACCUCGAGUCCAUGAUGCUACAGCUUUCGAUGAGGAUAUGUUGAUCAAACACUUUGUGCCUCUCUCUGAUAUGAAGUGGUACAGGAAGCUCAGAGACCAGUACGAGAUGCCUGAGAAAAUGGAUAAGAUUGUCCAGAAGAGACAAAAACGCAUCCGUCUCUCCAGAUGGGAGCAGUUCUAUGUAAUGCCCCUUCCUAGAAUUACUGACCAGUACAGGCCAAGAUGGCGUAUUCCAAAGCUCACACAGGAUGACUUGGAAACUGUCAGACCAGCCAGGCGCUCACCUUCCCCUGAGUCUGAGGCUUCAUUCAGAUCAAGAAGACGUUCUCUGGGUGACAUGAGCGAUGAGGAGCUUCUAAUGCCCAUUGAUGACUACAUGUCCCUGAAAAGAUCUGAGGAGAAGAUGAGACUGGAGGAUGAGCUGGAGCUUGGAUACUCUGCCUCCCCACCUAGCGGCAGCCCAGUUCGCUUUGAGUUAUCUUCCUUGCGACGCCCUUCACCACGACAUGUGGAGCAUGUUGCCAGAAAAGUGAGAGAAAUAAAAGUAGUUGAGGGAGCCAAGACAACAGAAGUCCGCUCUCUCUCCCACUACAUGAGAAGGAGGAGAUCACUCUCUCCCACAUACAUUGAGCUGAUGCGUCCUGUGUCUGAACUAAUAAGAACUCCCCGUGCACGUCCUCCAGUGGAGUUUGAGGGUGAAGUUGUGGAGAGAAGGUCCCCGACUCCUGAAAGGACACGCCCACGCUCUCCCAGUCCUGUCUCUGACGAACGAUCCUCUAGGUCGUCCUCCAGGUUUGAGAGAUCAGCCAGAUUUGACAUCAUGUCUAGAUACGAGUCCAGAAAAGCUGCCCUGAAGUCAGAGAAGAAGUAUCAAGUUGUGAGCCAGACACCUUUCAGCCUGGACCAUACCCCUCGCAUUACUGUUAGGAUGCGUUCUCACCGUGUGCCAUGUGGUCAGGACACCAAGUUUACUCUGAAUGUCCAAGCUAAACCCCAAGCUGAAAUUACAUGGUUCCACAAUGGACAACAGAUUCUGGAAAGCAGCAAAUACCAGUUCACCAACAUGAGUGGAGUGCUGUCCAUCCAAAUCUUUGAAUGUCAGGCUGAGGAUAGUGGCACAUAUCGUGUUGUGUGUGCUAAUGCCAAGGGUGAGGCUUCAGACUAUGGCACCCUGGAUGUGUCUGGAGGGGAAUUCACAACUUACUCAUCGCGACGUAAAGAUGAAGAGGCUCCAAAACCAUUUGUCCCUGAUAUCACUAAGACAGAUCAUUAUCACACAUCAUCUUUCAAGGUAGCUUCCUCCUCGAAAACGCACUUGGAGGUGCAAGAAACCAAAUCUAAGCUGACUGAGACACGUGAGGUUGUUUCACAUGACAGAUACUCAGCUACGUCUGACAGAUACUCAUCAGCUGAAAGAUAUGCCUCCUCUAUCAAAUACGCUUCAACAGAAUACUUGUCAUCAUCUUAUUCAUCAGCAUCGUCUGAGAGGUUUUCUGAGAGAAAAGCAGCUGAGGCCAAAGCCAAGACUCUGAAGUCCACUGCUGCCGAUGAGGUGGCUGUUCGCAAAGUGAAGGCUACUCUGCCUGCAAGAAUACUCACUAAACCGCAGUCUGUUACAGUCGCAGAGGGAGAGUCUGCUAGGUUCACUUGUGACAUUGAUGGCGAACCAGCACCAAGUGUGACAUGGAUGCACGAGGGUCAAACUAUUGUCUCCUCUUCCCGUCACCUCGUGACCACAACUCAAUACAAGUCCACUUUUGAAAUUUCCUCUGUUCAGUCUUCUGAUGAGGGCAACUACAUUCUGUUGGUCGAGAACUCUGAAGGCAGACAGGAAGCUCAAUUCACUGUUACCAUUCACAGGCCUGCUCCUAAAGAGGAGGUUACUGUGAAGUCCCCAGAGCCAUCCAUUAAAUCCCCUGAACCAUCAGUAAAAUCCCCUGAACCGUCAGUAAAAUCCCCUGAACCGUCAGUAAAAUCCCCUGAACCGUCAGUGAAAUCACCUGAACCGUCAGUGAAAUCACCUGAACCGUCAGUGAAAUCACCUGAACCGUCAGUGAAAUCACCUGAACCGCCAGUGAAAUCACCUGUACCGUCAGUGAAAUCACCUGUACCAUCAGUGAAAUCACCUGAACCUUCAGUGAAAUCACCUGUACCAUCAGUGAAAUCACCUGUACCAUCAGUGAAAUCACCUGAACCAUCAGUGAAAUCACCUGUACCAUCAGUGAAAUCACCUGAACCAUCAGUGAAAUCACCUGUACCAUCAGUGAAAUCCCCUGAACCAUCAGUGAAAUCACCUGUACCAUCGUUGAAAUCUCCUGAGCCAAGGAUCAAAUCCCCAGAGCCAGAAGGAAUCAAAUCUCCAAGGAGUGUCAAGUCACCUGAACCAAUAACUUCACCCCCCCGAGUAAAAUCUCCUGAGCCAAUCACCUCUCCUCAAAGAAUGAAAUCUCCUCUCACAGUUAAGUCCCCAGAGCCAAUCACCUCUCCACAGAGGAUGAAGUCCCCUCCCCCAAUUAAGUCUCCUGAACCGAUCACCUCGCCUCAACGAGUGAAAUCCCCCCCCACUGUGAAGUCCCCAGAGCCAAUCACCUCACCUCUCAGGGUAAAGUCCCCUCCUACUGUCAAGUCCCCAGAGCCAAUUGCUUCACCUCCCAGGGUGAAAUCUCCACCAACUGUCAAGUCCCCAGAGCCAAUCACCUCACCGCCCAGAAUGAAAUCCCCUCCACCAAUCACUUCUCCAAAAAGAAUGAGGUCUCCCCCAACUGUCAAAUCUCCAACUCCUUCAAAGGCACCCAAGAUCGUAAAACAAGUCACUGCAGAGGCUUACGAGAACAAAGUGAAAAUAUAUUGUGUUGCUGAAAGCAGUGUUCUAGAAGUCGUCUGGUAUAUGAAUGGAAAGAAACUGACACAGAGCAGCCGCUAUGAGUUCUGUAGUUCUGCUGAUGGAACCUGCUAUCUCUACAUCAAUGACCUCUCAGAUAGUGACCAGGGUGAAUACACCUGUGAAGUCACCACUGAAGGAGGGGUCUCCAAGUCUUCCUUCUCUUUUGUUGGCCAAGUGUUUCAGUCCAUCCGCACCAAAAUAACAUCUUAUGUGGAGCAGCAAAUGGCCAUCAGAGGAUCAAUGAAAACACAAGAACUUCAAAUGACAAGUCAAAAGGAGGCAACAGCGAUGGCCUCCCUGAUGAAAUCAGAACAGAUGAUGAAGAAAGAAAUCCACGGAGAGUCCAAAAUGGUUAUGAUGGAGCAAAGCAUGAUGGAACAUGAGAGCUUCUCCUCCCAGGCUGUCCAAAUGUCUUCCUCCAUGCAGGAGACCUCCUUCAGUAGCUCCAGCUUAGCUGAGGUCAAGUUUGAAACAAUGUCAAUGUCCAGUAUGUCCUCCUUAACCUCAGAGACAUAUGCUAUGAGCUCCAGCAGCCUGACCGAGAUGUCCAGCCAUAUUGAGGGAUCCUCAAUGACAGCCAUUAGCCACAGCAGUCAAGGUUCUGCACCAAGAAUUGAGGCUCUCCCAGAAGACAUCAGCAUUGAGGCAGGAAAGGUCCUGACUGUUGCCUGCGCCUUCUCUGGAGACCCAACACCUCACAUAGAGUGGUCCCGCUCAGGAAGAACCCUGCCAGGCGAACAAGAGAGUGGCAGGUUCCAUAUUGAGACAAUGGAUGACCUCACCACACUCAUCAUCACUGGUGUAAGACAGGACGAUGCUGGGGCAUACACCCUUAAACUGUCAAAUGAGCUUGGAUCUGACACAGCAACAGUUAACAUUAGCAUUCGAUCCAUGUAAAAACAGCCAAUUUAAUUUCUAUCCUCCCCUUUCCCUCCUUCAAUGCCUUUUUAUUUAUUAAUUUAACAAAAUAAUCUUACUAGAUAAAGACCUGGAUUUCUGUUCUUGUAAAUAUGAACUAUUUUUAUACCAAACUUGACAUUAAUUUAUGCCAAACUAGACUUAAGUCUAAAGUUGUUAUAAAAUGUGCCAUAUUGGAUAAUUAUGACUUAGGAUUUUUGAUCCAUUUUUCUGUGACAUGUACAUAAUGUAUAUAGCCGAAUUUAACGGUUAUGGGAAAUGUAUGAAUUGUUAUUUAUGACAAUAUUAACUGAAACAAAUGAAACUGAUGUUUAAAAGGAGAAAGUUUCACAUGAAACGAAUACCCUGUUAAACCUGAAACGAAACUCUGUGCCUCAACAAUAAGUUGAAGUCUUAAGAUUGCCUCAACAGGUAGAGAGGCUCCCUGUUGAAGUUUACAAAAUCAGAGAGACAAUAUUAUACACUGUAUGUUUCUAUGUGCAGUGAUAUUACAGUACUCCUAUGAAUUGUAACAUGAUCAUAAGACCCUGAGUGCUGUUUGCAUAUUACCCUCAUGGAAGCAGCAUAAACUGGUCUUGUGAUCUGACUGACUAUGUCAUACCACCAUUUUAAUGACAUGCUCACAGUGCGAGCGGCCUGCACUCAGUGAGCUAAAAUGUUUUUUUUUGUGCUCUAUUUCUGGCUAAUGACUGUUUGAAUACAUUUUCAGAAGUAACAUCACCUGGCCAUUCACAAAGAAAGUCCAUUCUGCGCUUGUUUGCAGAGGUAGAGCCAUCUCUUGGAGGACUGCAGUGUGUUUGUGUGAUAGCUUUAGAAUUUCACCGUCAGUUGCAUGGGCAAACAUCAAGCAAGCGUACCGCAGUGACACCAUCCACUGUGUUAAGUGAAGAAAAAUAAUUUUUUGCCCUGCACUUUGGUUUGAUUGAAAUUAGAAUUGUAGCUAUAUCUAUUUACGCAACCUCCUUGAGUUUUAUUCAUUAUUGAUUUAAUAAAGCAUGAUAUCAGCACCACAAAA